AUGCCGCUGGCGUUCUUUUGGUGCUGCUUCUGCUUCUCCUUUUGGGGAUGUACCCUCGGGACGGGAUUCCUCUACCAGUUCCCAGCGUCGGCCUUGCAGCACAACUACCCGGAGCCGAGUUCCGGAGGGCCGUCGGGCAAUGGCUUUGCCAAUCGCCGGUGAGUGACUCAAGCUUCCCUUCCCAGCAAAUCCCAGGGUGGUCUGUAGGAGCGAGGAAAGGCGAAGUUCAGGAGCACUGCUGGGGAUGGGAGGCUGCUAUUCUAGCUUACCGAGGAGUAAGCUCCAGAACUCCAUUGAAGUGCGACUUACCUCUGAGCAGACAUAUACUAUAUAUAUAAGAUUGCAUUAACUUUCAUGGUGGCUUUUCUUUUGGUGAUGAGGAGACAGCCUGGGGGUGGUGUUGUUUUGAAAACUAGCAAAACCAUGAGAAUAAAAACUUUUGCAGAAAAAACCCCAUGUAUAUAGUCAGUUGGGCAAGCCUGCAGUAGAUAAACUGAGCUGUAUUGUUGUUGUUAAUUAUCCAGCGGUUCUCUCCAUUUUAAUUCUUGCAACAACCCUUUGAGGUAGACUGGACUGAGAGGCACUGAUUGGCCUAAGUUCACCCAGUGAGCUUUCUUACUUUGAGAAAAAGCAGGAUAUGAAUUCUCCUCUCCCAGGGUUCUUAGUCUGGCUGGCACUCUAACCACUAUACCACACUGUCUCUCAAUAAACCUGAAGGGGGUUGUGUUGUGAAUCUUAUCCUCAAUUCAAAUAGAUCAUAAAGAAGGCUUUGCUCCUAAACUGCUCAAUCCGGGAUGGGGAUGCUAUUGUUGCUUUGUGAGUCUCUGUAUUGAACCACCACCAGUGUCCAUCUUUGUCAAGAGCAAAGGCGUCCAGGUCUUACCUACAUGAUCAUUUGACCCCCUCCACUCAUUCAUUUCAAUUCCUGGAGGAAAUAGUGGGGAGUUCCAGGCACAGGGAGUGACAAAGGAGAAUGGGCGGGGUUUUUAUAGGAGCAGGUGACCUUCGAUUGGCUGAGAGCAGUAGAGGUGGAGUUAUUUUUGUGUUGUAAAAAGUGUGAAUGAAGCCAUGUUUUAAGAGUCUGGUCAUUAUUUAUUAGGGAUGGGUGGCUAUGUCUAUUUUUUAUUAUCUCAGUUUCUCUGUUUUCCAGUCCUAAAUUCAAGUCCUUUCCAUUUCUGCAUCAGUCUGUGAUUAUUAUUUUUGAAGUCCUCAUAAAGAAUUCAUCAGUGUGUUAGUAUUAAUUUCUCCCAACACACACAUUUUUAGAUACAAUUUUGCCUAAAAUGUGAGUAUUUUCACAGAACAAUUUCCCCUUAUAUAAUCACAGAAUCAUAGCACUGUAGAGUUGGAAGGGACCUCAAGGGACAUCUAGUCCAACCCCCCUGCAAUGCAGGAAUCCAAUGGAUUUUAAAAUGUUCUUUACACAAAUGCAUGUACAGUGGUACCUCGGGUUACAUAUGCUUCAGGUUACAUACACUUCAGGUUACAGACUCCGCUAACCCAGCAAUAUUACCUCGGGUUAAGAACCUUGCUUCAGGAUGAGGACAGAAAUCGUGCUCCGGAGGCACGGCAGCAGCAGGAGGCCCCAUUAGCUAAAGUGGUGCUUCAGGUUAAGAACAGUUUCAGGUUAAGAAUGGACCUCCAGAACAAAUUAAGUACUUAACCCGAGGUACCACUGUAUAGUAUUUUUGUGCACACUGUUUCAUGGUAUAUACAUGUUUGACUGGAGGAGCAUGAAUUUUGGAGGAUGGCUGGGUUUUGGUUCGCAUAACCUUUUGGAAAUGGCAGAUUAAAUAGAUUCUCCUUGAAAUCUUGAGAUGGGUCAAGUUUCUCCUCCAUCCCUAUCCCCAUUUUGGAAAGUGGUCUGUCUGCUCAUCUGCUCUCUGUGCAGUCCAAGGCCUCUUGAAAUAUCACCCCCAAACUUGGCCCAACAGUGCUCGAGAUGGGGGAGCCAGUUUUUGUCUUAACUUUGGAUUUCAUUGGGCACCAUUUUGAAUCAAGAUGGUGGACCAUACCAUUCCAAAUUGUGCUGCUCAGGAGGUUUCUGAAAAUAGAUAGAGGAGUGGGUUUUGUCCUAUGUUUGGAAAUCAUCGGGUGCCGUGUUAGAUCAAUAUGGUGGACGAAACUGUUCCAACCUGUGCGGUUUGGGACACCUCUGAAGAUACUGCCACUCAGUUUGGUGUGACAGUUCCUGAGACAGAGGAGCAGGUUGUGGGCUAGGAUACCGUCAAACGCCAUUUUGAUUUUAAGCAGAUAUGGCAGCAAAUGAAUAGGGUUGUACACUGGAUUCAGCCCAAGCCUGAUUCCCAAAACAAAAUGGGUCAAGUGGAUCCAGGCUCUGACCAAGUGGGAUCGAGACAGCCCCAGAUUAUUCCUGGUCAGGUGCCAAGAGGACUUUUAAACAACCCUGCACUGUACUUUGGCUGUGCAUGCCUGUUCCCAGCAGGGUAACACAUGUGCACAGUCAAACUGAGCAGGAUGGAAUCUUGCUGGUUGCAGACAUAUGCUUUGUCUGUGCAUUGUCUCGGUCCAGUAUACCUGAAGGAGCGUCUCCACCCCCAUCGUUCUGCCCGGACACUGAGGUCCAGCUCCGAGGGCCUUCUGGUGGUUCCCUCACUGCAAGAAGUGAGGUUACAGGGAACCAGGCAGAGGGCCUUCUUGGUAGUGGCGCCCGCCCUGUGGAAUGCCCUCCCAUCAGAUGUCAAGGAAAUAAACAACUAUCUGACUUUUAGAAGACAUCUGAAGGCAGUCCUGUUUAAGGAGGUUUUUAAUGUUUGAUGUUUUAUCGUGUUUUUAAUAUUCUGUUGGGAGCUGCCCAGAGUAGCUGGGGAAACCCAGCCAGAUGGGUGGGGUAUGUAUAAAUAAAUAAAUAAACAAACAAACAAAUAAAAUAAUUGUUAUCCACGUGUUUGUUUGCUAUGCAUUUGAACACUUUGUGUUGCCUAUUUUGGUGUGGCAUUUCCCGAGUUGGAGGAACUGGUUUUCAUCUAUGUUUGGUUACCAAUGGGGGCCAUUCUGAAUCAAAAUGGCUUACUGAACCAUUUCAAACAGCACUGAUUUGGACACCUCUGAAGGUAUGGUUGCCCAAUUUGGCACGAUGGUCCCCAAGAUCACGUGAUUCUUGCUCUACAUUUGGAAACCAUUGGAGGCCAUUUUGAAUCAAGAUGGGGCACCAAAUUGUGCUGGCUUGGACACCUCUGAAUAGACCACCCCCAAAUUUGGCAUGGUGGUUUCUGAGGUUGAAGAUGAAGAUAUGUUUUUUAUUUGGAUAUACUGUAACUGGUUGUUCGGGGUGGUGGCAGCAGGCAGAAAAAUUAAUAAUUACAUUAUCCGUUUACAAAUACUGUAUCAGUAUCUUUUGACUUCCAAGCAACAUCAAAAACUGCCAGCGAAGUGCCUUAUAUAUUCCCAGUAGGUCACUGUGUUCUGCAGGCAAGUUUCUCCUUCCAAGUCCCUAAAAUGGGUGAAGAAACUCUUGGCCACAGGCUAUUCUUGGCCUUCUGACACCCCCCCCACUCUGCUCCUUCUUCUCCCGCUGACCACUCAUUGUUGUCCCACCACCAGUUCCCUUGGGGGUUCCCCAGCUGCCCCCCCCUGCAUCCAACCACUCCAUGACACCUUAUAAAGGAUGGUUGAGGGAGCCAGGUAUGUUUAGCCUGGGGAAAAGAAGACUGAUAGGUUAUAUGAGAUAGGGUUGCCAAAUUUCAAAAAGUAAAAACCAGGACACCCCAAAAGUUGUUGAGCUUUUUAAAGGAAGACCGCAAAAUUGUUCAGCUUUUUAAAGGGAAACCCAAAAGUUGUUGAGUUGUUGUUGUUUUUUAACAAAUAUGCCUGAACCACUGAAUUCAGGUUACAAGGAUAUUCUGACUAACCAUUAUGAAGAAUUUCUGAUGCUAAGAAGAAGAGAAGAAGAAGAGUUUGGAUUUGAUAUCCUGCUUUAUCACUACCCGAAGGAGUCUCAAAGUGGCUAACAUUCUCCUUUCCCUUCCUUCCCCACAACAAACACUCUGUGAGGUGAGUGGGGCUGAGAGACUUCAGAGAAGUGUGACUGGCCGAAGGUCACCCAGCAGCUGCAUGUGGAGGAGCGGAGACACGAACCCGGUUCCCCAGAUUAUGAGACUACCGCUCUUAACCACUAUACCACACUGGCUCUCAAUGGCUCCCAAUGGCAGAAUAGACUCCCUCGGAAGGUAGUGGGUUCUCCUUCAUUGUAGGUUUUUAAGCAGAGGUUGUUGGAUGAUCAUCUGUCAGGAAUUCUUUAGCUGUGAUUCCUGCGUUGCAGGGGGUUGGACUAGAUGACCAUUGGGGUCCAUUCCAAAUCUAUGAUUCUAUGAUUUUAUGAUUAAGGCAACAGACCAAUAAAAGUUGAUAUACACAGUAAGGUAUGUUGAGUUUUUGAGCUUGCAGCUUCCAAAAACGAGGGGUGCUAAGAAGUUGUUGUAACAUGACUUGGGAAUUCAAAAGAUAUUUUGGUUAUAGUUUUCCUUGGUAAGUAAAACGUCUGUAAAAUUACAUAGAAAUCAUUAAAAAUGAUUGCCAAGUACUUGCAGUUAUAUAUUAAUAUUAUUUUUAUUGUUUAUUAUUAUUAUUUAGCAUUACCUGACAUUUUCAGAAGGUAAAAUUCUUUGGUUUUCCAAAAGCAGUUUAUGUGCAUCUUCAUUAAAUGUAGACUGACCAAGCUAAAUGUUCUCCCAAGCUAACUGUUGUCCAUUCACAAAAAAUAAUAGCAAAUUUGAAAUCCUCACACUCAAAAAUCAAAUUAUUGAGUCCCCUCACCAAAGAAAUUUGCAAAAAUGAAAUUUCACCCACUAAAAUAACAUGCCCUAAUGCACAGGGUCAUUAACAAAAAAUAAAAUAAAAUAUAUAAAUUGAUAUUAAAUACAUUUGUGUCACCCCCCCCCUUUUAAAGGAGAAUAAAAAUGUAAAAAAAAAACCUUUAAAAUUCUCAGAUAGGAGGGACGGAGGAGGUUAGUAAUGUCAUUGUUCCUGCUUCUGAUUUAAAACACGGAAUCAAUCAGCCAGACUCACCGAUAACAGUUCUGCACACAGGUUCUUUCCUUUAGAUCAGUAACUUUCAAUCUGUUAGGGCAACCUUUGCCAACCUGGUGGCCUCCAGGUAUUUUGGGACUGAUGGGAGUUGUAGUCCAAAACAGCUGAAGGGCAACACAUUGACGAAGACUGUAAUUUAUAUAUUUGUAAGUAAUAUAUUUAUACAGAUUUAUAUACUACUCACACAUUUGGGUCCAUUCCAACUCCACAAUUAUAUAUGAUUGAUUACUCAGUCACUCACUCAAGUAUUUCUUCCUAUGUUUCCCAGUGUGCCAUUGUCCCAAGGCAUUAUGGGAAUUUUAAAACGGUGGCUUAUAGCCAUCUGCUGGAGGGUGGGCAGUUUUCAAUACUGAUGGGCCUUUGUGAGGUGCAUUCGAGGGUGCUGGGUAUUGUCAUCGGCCUGGAUGUGAUCUGCAAAGAGUUUCUCCAAGGUGGAAAAUGUGGACGUCGCUGUAGUGGAAGUCACAAGCCUGGAAUAUCAUUUCUUCCAGUAGAGGGAGCACCUCUAAUUUCCAGAACAAGCAUUACCAACAUUUCGGAGAACAGCUGUGAAUCUGGACCCCAUACCUUGCUUCCGAAGAGAUCUAAGUUCCCCAGCCUAAAUGAACCAGCCUAAAGUUGUCAAUGACCUGGAGCUGAGGAAGCCUCGUCCGAAGGCUGACCCGCUUUGGGAGGAAAAGACGAGAAUCGAAAGUACAAACUGAUUGUACAAAUGUACGAAUCUUCCAUCUUUAAAUGCAAAUGUGGCCUGUAUCACCAGAGGGAAGGGAGAAGCCGGCGAGUGCAAGCCAAGGAUUUUGUGCCAUUGUCCACACAUUUACAUCACUCUUCCACCCACUUUAAACAGUCAUGACUUCCCCCCAAGAAUUCUGGGAGCUGUCGUUUGUCGAGGGUGCUGAGAGUUGCGCGGAGACCCCCUAUUCCUCUCCCAAAGCUAUCAUUCCUGGAGCGGUUUAAGCAGUCAAUCCCUCUUCACAGGGAAUUCUGGGAAUUGGAACCCUAUGAGGAGAAUAGGUUUUUUUCCUAAGAACUCCCCUAAAAAUAAAAAAGGAAGAAAACCACUUGACUGUCCCAGGGGGGAAAUGGUCCCUGCCAGAAAUCUCAUAACCAAAAGGUCUAGAAACAUUAUACUUUUUGACAAAAAGUUAGCGUGUGUCUGUGUGUGAGAGACCCACCUACCCAAUUCAGAGCUCUUAUUAUAUGCUGGCACGGGACGGCUUGGCUCCUGUUCAGGUCUGGCUCCAGAAUAAAUAAACGUAAAGCUUGCCUCGUUUCCUUCUCCCCCCAUCUGCGCCUGCCAGACUUGAAGGCUUGCGGGGUGGUGGGCCUGGGGGAGAGACCUGCUGUUUCUUUUCUUUUCUCUCCCCCCCCCCCCGCCUUCCCUCCUUUCCUUCCCAGUUCCUUGAUGUGGUUUCUCCCUUCUGGGAGUCAGUCUUUGCAUUUGACCUUUCCACAGUUGGCUUGAGUUAGUGGGUCAAGCUGAGCAUGUCAGGAGAUGGAGAGGGAGGUCGGGGCGGGGGCAGCGAGGGAAACAUUAGGAGCUGCCGCUUUGGGGGGCGGCUCUGUCUGAACGGGCGCGGUGGCUGCGCGGACCUGAUGGGAAGCAGUGGCUCGGCCUCCUGGGCGGCUUUAUCCUGGGAAUUUGUCGUGUUGGGGUUCUGCCAAUCUCUGCUGAUUUUCCUGCAUCCCUCUCAAGUCAUUAACGUAAUAGGAAAACACUACAAAAUGCAAACCCUUCAAGUAUUCCUAUUUUCAGGGGACAGUCCCGGAUUUACAGAAGCCGCCCCAGUUUCUGAAUUGAUCCCGGAAUGUCCUGCUUUCCCUUAGGAUGCCCCUAUUUUCACCAGAGAAAUGUUGGAGGGUAUGGAAGAUGAGCCCUGCUGGUUCAGGCCCAUUUUAACCCAGUGUCCUGUUCUCAAAGUGGCCAACCCACAAGUGGGAGAGCCCUCUACUUUCCCAUGGUUUCCAGCAAGAAGUGUUUCUGCCUCUGGGGUUGCCAGGUCAGGAACAUACCAGACCCUCAGAUUUCAGGCCCAAAACCUGAGAUUUAGGGAUGAGCCCUAUUGAUGCCACAGGGGUGGCCCCUGUGAUUCUUCCCCCUCCCACCACUGAGCCUUGGAGAUGGGGGUUAAUUGGGAGGAGGGAGCAGAGGAAAGCAGACCUGCUAAGGAGCCUAUGCAAAAAUCUGCAGCCAGCUCCUGCUGGGCUGAAGCUUGCAAGCUGCACAUAUAGUCUUCUUCAUUAAAAAGUGAAUUAAUUAAAGGCAUUCUUGCUCACCUGGAGAGUCAAGCCCCCCCCCCCCCCCGCCACCUGGAGGGGGCCAGGCGAUGCUGGAUAUUUCAGCUCAGCCCUGCUGGUUUGGCAACCCUAACUGCAGACACACAACAUUCUCUAUUAAAAGUAAAUUACAGUAAAUUAAAAGUAAAGUAUAUUUUAAACAAAUAUAAAGAGAUCCAGUGUGGUGUAAUGGUUGAGGUGUUGGACUAAGACCUGAGAAACCAGGGUUCUAGUUCCCCUUAAAUUAUGCAGCUCACUUGAUGAGCUUCGACCCGCCGCUGUCUCUCAUCCCAGCAUACAACACCUCAUAGGGUUGUUGUGAUGACAAAAUGGGAAGGGGGAGAACCAUGUACAUUGCUUUAAGCUUCUUGGAGGAAAUGUGAGAUGUAAAUGCACCAAACAAACAAUGCAUUCAGUAUUAAAUGCCCCAUUAGUAAUACAGCCGUGGCCAAAGAUGGUGAAAACAUAGCCUUUAGAUAAUGCUUUUGAGCGUCCAGAACUCUUUUCAAGUACAGCUUUGUUUCCAUUUUUACAAACGCUGUUCAAGGUAGACUAGUAUUGCCGUCUCCAUAUUGCAGAGACCUAUGUGUAGCUGAGGCUUAAGGAGAGCAUAAGAUUUGGGCUACAGUCACCGGGUUCUGUCCAACUUUUUUGGGGGGUGGGCAGCGUGCGCGUGUGAUGUCAUGCGCACAGCACACACAUUUGAUGUCAUGCAUUAGGAGGAGGUCUGGCAGGGCCUGCCACAGCUACGGGUAGGCCCGGCAAGGCCUGGCACAGCCGUGGGGAGGCCGGCCGCAGAAUAUGGAGGAGGCCUGGCUCUCUCCUUGAAUUUUGUUGGGGGGGUCUUUAGCUCCUCCCCCCCAUGGCACCCCUGGUGUAGCCCUUUUAUUCUGUUAACUGGGAGUUUUUGUUUUAAGAAGUUUGUCCUGAGCGGGACUCAGUAGAUGGGAGAAGCAGAACAGAAUAGGCAGAUGCGGUUUUAACCCAAGCGCUUAACCUCAGAGAUGCCAUGAACUUGUGAACCAAAUCACCUCAUAACUCAGCAGCAUGAAGAAAUACAGGAUGGGAACUUGCUUUUACACAAGCCAGUGCCUCUCACUUCACAUUUACAGAGAUAAGCUGCUCUUGAUUGCCCGUAAGCUCCGAGCAAACCUUUCUUUCUUUUUCUUUAAAAAAUGCAUUUAUUACAUAGUGCAGAAAUGUGGGCUGGACAGCAUUUGAGUAAGCCAGGCCAAGAAGAAAAAGCGAAGGGAGCAACUGUUUGAAGAAAUACAGCACCUUCCCCGCGACACCCUGGGAUUCAUUUAUUAUUUUUUUUUACAAAAAAGAGCUGCAUGGAAACACACUUUCAACCGGACCGUGAGCCAAGUUAAAUGGAUCAGUUGCUCAGGCUGAGCCAAAAAGCAAAUUAUCGGAAGGGCAGCAUACAAACGAACUUGGCUUCUGAAUCCGUCCAGCUUUAGGAGUUGGGAACUCCUGGGCACUGUGAAGGAAUGCUGUUUCCUGGUUCUGUAUAAAAUGUCCUGAAAAACAGAAAUCACUGUGGAAUCCUAUACAUUCCUGCUUAGAAGUCCUUGCUUAGAGUUUGGUGGUGUUUACUCCCAGCUAAGCAGGCAUCAGAGCCAGAUGGCAGGGUCUUCACCAAAUAUAGAACCAGGAAUAUAAAAUAGCACUUUAACAAAAAGUCUCAUCGUGUUUGAUCUAAGCAUCUCUUAUGUUUUGCAGUCCAUUCCUGGUAAAAUCACAGUCUCCUUCAGAAAGUGCUGUAUCUCCUCUUUUUUUUCUUUUACAACCAUAAACAGCUGCUAGGAGACCUUGAUUUUUGUCAGGACUGCAGGGAAUGGGAAAGAGGUUUCCCUCCACAAGAAACCUGGGGAAUGAUUUUGGUGCUCCCCUGCUGUUGCUAUGCAACAAACGGUAUUCAGAGGUACAGUGCCUCAGACUAUGGAGGUUUCAUUUCACCGCUGGUGCUGGCUUGAUAGAUCUGUCCUCUCCCACGAACACGUCAAAUCCUCUUUGAAAGCCUGCUUGUUUGAUUUCCGUCCCACCUUCCCAACAAUGAACUCGCCUCAAAAAGGGUAUUGAAGAAUUGGGAAAAGUUUCAAAAAAGGGCAACCAAAAUUGUCAAGGGGACGGAGCCACUCCCCCUGGAGGAAAAGUUGCAGAAUUGGGGGCUUUUUAGCUUAGUGAGUAAGAAGUGAUAUGAUAGAAGCUUAUACAAUUAUGCAUGGCACGGAGGAAGUGGGCAGAUAAAAGUUUUUCUUUAUCAUAAUACUAAGAACACGUGGACAUCUCAUGAAGCUGAAUGUUGGAAGAUUCAGGACAGAUAAAAGAAAGUACGUAAACUAUGGAACUCCCUCCCACAGGAAGCGGCGAUGGCCACCAGUUUGGAUGGCUUUGAAAGAAGAUUGGGCAAAUUUAUGGAGGGCACGGUUUCCCAAUGGCUACUAUUAGCCACAAUGGUGACAGUCUUUCUCCGGUGUUGGACUGGAGGCAGAAUUAUUUCUGAAUGGCUUUCCCCUCCGGCCCUAUUUCAUGCUCGCCACAGCUGUCUACGGCCAUACUAUUCUGAAUGCUCCCGCUGUUGUCUGAUCUUGGAAGCUAAGCAGACUCAGGUUUGGUUAGUACUUGGAUGGGAGGCCGCCUGGGAAUACGGGGCUUGCAACAACCCUGCGAGGUAUUUCCAUCUGAUAAAUUGUGACUGGCUCCAACGUCACAGGGCGUGCUUCAUGGCUGAGCAAGGAUUUCAAACUGGGCUCCCCACUCUGAGUCGGACACUCUAACCACUACACCACAUCUAGUCUGGGUAGUAAAAAAAAAACCCCAGAGUUUUUUCCUUGCCUCUCUUAAAUCUAUUUCUAAUGGGUUUAAGUGCAUGAUCCCAAGUUCUUGGAGACAGAUAGGCAAUAUUGUACCCCCCUGCCAGAUGUUGUUGGUCUCCCAGCUCCUGCCAGCCUCUCCCAACAUGACCAGCGUUCAAGCAUGAUGGGAGUUGGAAUGCAUAAGAACAUAAGAAGAGCCUGCUGGAUCAGGCCAAUGGCCCACCUAGUCCAGCAUCCUGUUCUCACAUUAGCCAACCAAAUGCCUGGAGGAAACCCAUAAGCAUCAUUCAAGCUCCUGAGGUUUCCAGCAACUGGUAUUCAAAAGCUUUGCUGCCUCCAAUUCAGCAACAUCUGGGGGCAUCCACCCUGGCUAUGGCUGGCCUAGUGUUUUGAAAGGGAGGGCGAAAAUAUCCCCCUUCCCCACAAUGCCUGAUUAUUAUUUUUUUGGACUAAACAAAUUUGGCUGAUUUUUCUUCCUAAACUAAAACAGCUAUCCACUCCCCUUGCCCACCUGAUAUUUUUUAUUGUCCCUUUCUGCCCCUUUUCCCAGCUCUAAGAUCUUUUCUUUAUUAUUAUUACCUUUCUCCAGCUCUAGGGUCUUUCUGAGAGGCUGUAACUUCUCCCAUACACUCACGCACACCUUCACUAGCACUCGAUGUCUGAAAUAAAACACUUGCUUUUAGCACAAGUGCUGCGUUCCCUGGUGUGUCUUGGAUAUUGCGAGAAACAAUUGUGGGGCCUGCCAUCCCUCCCUCCUCACUUUGGCAAGAACCGCUGCUUUUUGGCAAGGGUUCUUCUUCCUACGAUGCCUGUCUGUAUGUGUGUUUGUGGGUGCGUGUCAGUGUGUUGUGCUAUUGUGUGGCACGCUUUUCCGUUCGGCCUUAUUCCUCUUUGUUACCUUGCAGUGAGUGUGAAGGGGAGCAUAGCCAUGCCUUGUGACCAGGGAUUUUUAAAAAAUCAAGGGCUCUCUUGGUUGUUUCAGCAGGAUAGCAAUAGCCACAGGCUUAGAUGGUUUGUUUGUUUAAUUAAAGUAGUGGUCCCCAAACUUUUCUGGGCCACUGCUCCCUUGGUUCCAUAAACUCAUCUCCAGUGUCCUCUACCCUACCCUAUGAAAAGCAUUAUCCAGGAAACAAUUUGCACCACCCGUUUUAAGGAAGAUAGUAAUAAAAUUCAGAACAGGAACAAUUAAUUGUACAUUUAUAUAAAGUCCCAUUCAAUUUGGUUGAAUUAAUUCAACAAAAUCGAUGAAUGUGAUCCGGUGAUACCAGUUUUCAGUGCUUUUUUUCUGGGGAGACGCAGGGGCACACAUACCCCUAAACAUUUUGUGAACCUCAGUUUGGCCAGUGUGGUGUAGUGGUUAAGAGAGGUGGACUCGUAAUCUGGUGAACCGGGUUCGCGUCUCCACUCCUCCACAUGCAGCUGCUGGGUGACCUUGGGCCAGUCACACUUCUCUGAAGUCUCUCAGCCUCACUCACCUCAGAGUGUUUGUUGUGGGGGAGGAAGGGAAAGGAGAUUGUUAGCCGCUUUGAGACUCCUUAGGGUAGUGAUAAAGCGGGAUAUCAAAUCCAAACUACUUCUCUUCUUCUUCUUCUUCUUCUUCUGGCGGCAGUAUUUCAAUAUGAGUAGGAAAAUGGGAGUACCCCUAGACAAAAAAAGCACCGCCAGUUUUUCAAAGUCUGAUAGUCAUUUAUACCUCCAGCGCCCCCUAGGUAAUCCCACCAUUCCCAGGAGGCGGUACCACUCACUGAAAACCACUGCUGGGGUGUGUGUGAUUUGCACAGAUUUUUCGUCCAGCAAGAUAGUUCAAGUGCAAUAUCACUGCAAGAGCUGUCAUCUUUUACACCAAUCUGUAUCCUCCUAUCUAUCUGCAUACCCAACUACUGCCACAAUUUAAGAAAGGGCAAAAGACUGCUGUACUUAACAUUCUUGCACUUAAAGGACCAAGGAUAUUAAGCUGGGUGUAGUGCAAGCCUGUUGAGCUGCACAAUCUGUGAUCCCACCACUCGCUCCAUAUUCCCACUGCCCCCACCCUGUAUUUUUAAAGCAAAAGUUCAAAACGUCUUUGUUGAAUUCAGCCAGCCCCCUUUCCCCUCUCAGAAGCAAUGACCUUUGAGUUUUUAUUGAAAUUCCUCUCCCCUCUUGAAGAGAAAUGAGAUCUCUCUGGAAUGAAACACUAUGGAGAAGCUUGGGUGUGGUUGGGGGGGGGGGGAAGACCCUCUCCUUAUCAAAACACUCCCACUAUUUUCUGUGCCCUCAGAGCUGAUCUCCAUUAAAUAUCGCACAGAGACCUUUCCUCCUUAGGAAAACAAGGAGAUAAUUCGGUGCAGUUGUUUCGGCUGAUAACAAAAGCUUUAAAGGCAGCUCACAGCUCUGAGAUCCAUUCCAGCCAUGCAGAGUCACAGAACUGUGCUUCUUUGAGCAACAGAUCCUGAUAUUAUUUAUCUUUCCAUUUAUUUCAAGGAUCUUUACCUUGCUUGGAUGGAGUGGUCCUGCAUCCCCAUCUCUCCAUCUGCUUGAUGGAACAGACCUAUUCUCAUUGUACCGUUUCCAGACCCAAUUAUGGACCCAACACGCUCUGCAACUGAGGCCCAGAAUCUCUGUGUGCCCCCUCCACGGGAGGUCUGGAGGGUGGCAAUAUGAGAACAGGCCUUUUCGGUGGUGGCCCCCUGCUUGUGAUAUGCUAUCUCCCAUCCCCAUCACUCCAUACCUUUAACUGGCCAGCUAAGGCCAUUACUUAACAAAGGAAUUGGUCUGACCAGUUCACCAGCUUCCUCUUGUAGAUCCUGUCCCCUGUUACAGGGUCACAGGUUUGGAAGGGACACAAGAUAUCAUCCAGACAACCUCCCACCAUCCCCAUAACAGUAUUUCACUCUUGUUCUGAAUUGCUAUGAGACUUUACCUUUUGUAGGAAGUGGCUCAUAUGUCUGCUUAUCACACAAAUGCUCUCUAACAGUGGUUUACUACAUGAUUUAACAAUAAAAACAGCAAUAACAAUGCAUUUAAUUGUAAUAACGCUUUACCCUAGUGUAAGCAUUUCAGUGCACAUUGCUUGAUCGGAGAACUGCACUGUAAAAUUUAGGAAAGGGGUGAAUUUUGGCUAUGCUUUGGUUUGGGAAUUGUUUUGGAAAAGUGAAUUAGGCAGAUUCGCCUUUAAAUGUGAACUGGACUGAAUUCCUUCCCCUGCUCCUGCAGUGGCCCAGGUGAAGCAGAGAACCCCCAAAGGGGGCACAGUACUGAGACCCCCCCCAAAAAACCCCUGGCAGCCCUCCCACUUAUACUGAAGUAGCCCAGUCCAUAAAUAUAAACACUGAGCAGAGAGUGAACCCUGUAAGGCGUUUUUUUGUAAAGCUUUUGUUAAAUCAGUUGCUGAUGGACAUAGUUUUGAAAGACACAGCAGGCUUGUGCACUUGGGGAGUUGAAAUCUGAGCUGUUACAUUUUGCUCAGCGUAUCUGUUGCUAUCCUGGGCUCGGGCCAGCUGCGUUCCUAACUUUCUUGCACCAGUACAUCUGUAUGUAAUAGAGUUGACGGGGGUGGGGGGGGCAUCUAUAAUCUCUAAAACCUAAGAUGGAGGUCUUUUCAUUACCGUUUCGUCUUAGGGCUUUGGAACGCUUUUGCACAUCAGUGGGGCUGUUUUAAGAUAUUGGUUUAAAAGAAAGGCGAAUUCCCGCCCCCCAACUCACAGACGUCAUCAACCAGUAUCUUGCCUGUACCACUUCAGGCUGUGUAGCUCUUGUGGUUGUGAACUGCACCAUUCCUCCCACUCCAGGAAAAAAAAAAAGAUUCCUUGCAUAUAGAAAGCUAGCUGCCACUGAGAACUCGAACCCUUCUCCCUUCCCUUACAACUAGGUGUCUUUUGGAUGGGCUGUAAGUGGGGUUAUUCAGAUGUAUAGCUGCAUCAUCUUGACCCAAAGUCCACUAUAAGAACAUAAGAAGAGCCUGCUAGGUCAGGCCAGUGGUCCAUAUCGUCCGCCAUCUUGUUCUCACAGAUGCCUGUGGGAAACAUGCAAGCAGGAUUCAAGCUAGAGAGCACUCUCUGGCCUCCUGUGGUUUCCAGCUGCUGGUAUUCAGAAGCAUUAUUGCCUCCAACUGCGGAGGUUAGAGCAUAGCAGUCAGGGCUAAGAGCUGCCAGUAGCCUUAUCCUCUGUGAAUCUGUCUAAACUGGCUUUUAAAACCAUUCAAGUUGGUGGUCAUCCCUGUCUCCUGUGGGAGGGAGUUCCAUAGUCUAACUAUGUGCUGCAUGAAGAAGUCCCUAUUUUUCACCUGUCCUGAAUAUUCUGACUUCUUUGGGUGGCCACAAGUCCUAGUGUUAUGAGAGAGGGAGAAACGUUUUCUCUAUCCGCUUUCUCCAUGCCAUACAUAAUUUUAUAAACUUCUAUCAUGUCAUCUCUUUCUCGUCUUUUCUCUAAACUAAGAAGUCGCAGACACCUGCACUCCAUUCCCUUUAUCAUUUGAGCUGCUCUUUUCUCAACCUUUUUGAACUCUUCAAUAUCUUUUUUGAGGUGAGGUGACACAACAAAGAGUAGCUCUUAGCUGAAUUAAACAGUCUCAUUUUCUCUACACAAGCGCAUGAAGAAUACUUGCUUAUAAUGCGUUAAGUCUACACAGCUCCUGAUAGUACGACUGCGAGUUGUGUGGUCGUAUGUCCUACUAGGCAAAGGACAAGUUCUCUCUGUGAAGGGGUUUUCUGUCUGUAAGGCUGUCUGGUUUAAAGAACCCCAAGAAGGUAUGCCAAGCAUACUCCAGAUACUGAAAAACUAUACAGGUCCAAAAUUGGAUGGGCUGCACGUUGAGACUCCACUGUGAAAUCACGCUCUUUCCCUCUUACUUACCAGGAUGCAACCAUCAGGCCAUAGGUAGGUAGGGAACCAUGGUAUCAUGCACAGAUCCUGAGAGUCAUGGGAACUUCCAUAUCCAUGGCUCCUUGGAAUCCUGGACAUUGAUUAGGGUUGCCUGAACUCCAAGUCUGACCGAAAGCCUCCAAGUUUGCAAGUGUGCCUAGAUAGGACUCUCAGAAUCACACAGGAACAACUGGGGCACACAAAAAUCUAACAUAAAGGACGCUUCUUCCACGUGCUUUGUGAAAAUUCAGCCGACUCCAUUAUUUACUUGAAAGUUGUUGUUGUUAAAAAAAAGGCCUCUCUCUUAGUCUUAAAAUUACAGCUCUGUCUGGUCAAAGCCAUGUUACUCCCAUAAAGAUUAGAGGGUGCAUCUGACAGACUGAGAAGAGCUUUUUAAUUAGGUGGCUUGCUUUAUUGCUAGGAAAUCCUUUAUCCUGGGAUGCAGGCUUUGAAGUACGUUGGGCAAUGUAAACAAUGCUUGAGUGCCGUCCCCUCCAGCGGUAAAUCUUUUCAUGGAGUUUAAUUCUGCUUAGAUGAAGUUUCACCUUGUUUCCUUUCCUCCAGGUUCAUUGGCACAAAAAUGAUAGCUACCCUCUCAGUAGAGGUAGUGCUAGACGUCAGUUCUGUGGUUUCCUCCCAGUAGCUCUGUGCAUUCUCUAGCAUCUGAAACAGGGGCUGGCCAACAUUAUAUUUAUUUGGAUGCUCAUCCUAUCUCCAGGGAGAGCUGAAACAAGCUUGUUUCCCAAAUGCAGUCUUUGUGGGGCUGCCCUUCGACCUGGUUCAGAAGCUCCAGCUGGUGCAAAAUGUGGUAGCCAGAUUGCUGAGGGGGCCUUCAGGAUGAGAACAUGUGACAUCUUUAAUAACAACAACAGCAACAACAAUAAUAAUUUUAUUAUUUGUACCCGACCCAUCUGACUGGGUUGCCCCAGCCACUCUGAGUGGCUUCCAACAGAACACAGCAAAACAUCAUACAUUAAAAACUUCCUGAUACAGGGCUGCCUUCAGACGUCUACAGAAGGUUGUAUAGUUUAUCUCUUUGAUGGGAAGGCAUUCCACAGGGUGGGUGCCACUACUGAGAAGGCCCUCUGCUUGGAAAAAGGAAAAAAAAGACCCGCAGUGAGGUAGACGGAAGUCACCUUUAAAAAGUAGUAGUAGUAAUAAUAAUAAUAAUAAUAAUAAUAAUAAAUUUUAUUUAUACCCUGCCCUCCCCAGCCAAGGCCAGGCUCAGGGCGGCCAAAAAGCAAUAAUAAAAACAAAUUGAACGAAUACAACUUAAAAACAAGAUUAAAAUACAACAUUAAAAUAUUGAAACAAUAAAAUAUUAAAAUGCAGCCUCAUCACAGGAGGAGAAAGGAAAAAGAAAAAAGAAAGAGGGGGAGGGAAUCAAAUUGGCUCCAAACCAAAGGCGAGGCGGAACAACUCUGUCUUACAGGCCCUGUGGAAAGAAAUCAGAUCCUGCAGGGCCCUGGUCUCAUGAGGCAGAGGGUUCCACCAGGCCGGAGCCAGUGUUGAAAAGGCCCAUGCUCUGGCUGAAGCUAAUCUAACUUCCUUAGGGCCCGGGACCACUAGGGUGUUGCUAUUUAUGGACCUUGAGGCUCUCCAUGGGGCAUACUGGGAGAGGCGCUCCCGUAGGUAUGAGGGUCCUAGGCCGUGAAGGGCUUUAAAGGUCAAAAGCAGCACCUUAAAUCUGACCCUGUACUCCACCGGGAGCCAGUGCAGCUGGAAAAGCACUGGGUGAAUAUGCUCCCAUGGCAGAGACCCCGUGAGGAGCCUCGCUGCAGCAUUCUGCACCCGCUGGAGUUUCUGGGACAGAUUCAAGGGCAGCCCCACGUAGAGCAAAUAGACUAUCUAAUCAUGAUGUAAGACCCUGGAGACAUAUAGUGUUGAACAUUUUCAUUAACUGUGGGUGUUUCUUCAUGAUCUUUUUUUUUGUAUUUUGUGUACCUUGUGUUGUUUUGAAGAUGAAUGGAAUACUUGUAAUAUCUAAUGAAACUCAUAAAAAGCAUUGCACACACACAGAGAGAGAGACAAUGCCCUCUGCUUCCUUCCCCAUAACUUCACUUCUUGCAGUGAAAAGCAUGGUAAGGUAGAACCUUGGACAGCCCCAAGGGGAGCCUACACUGGCAGUGAGACAAGGCAGGCUUGAAUGUCGUUCUAACAACCGGCAAACUUAGGCAGAGCCUUAAAUUGGACCUCCAGCUUCCUUUGAGCAUCUAGCUCCUCCCUAAUGGGCGGAGCCUCUGCUCUUAAAGGGGCCCAGGCUAUUUCAGGAUCCAUGUGUUCUGGCAGUGCGGGGCUGGCUGUGGCUUAGCUAUGGUCUCUGCGCUGGACUCCUUGGGAGGGCUCUGUCCCAGCAGCCGCCCUAGUGGACCAGCCAGUACUGGAAUUUUUAAGAAUAUCUAGCCCCACUCUGUUCUGUGCUCGUUGUCCCACCUUCUUGAUUUGCAGCAGUCAGUGAUUUGGCCUUAAUGACAUCGAGUUUGCCUUCUGUUCCUCUCCGCAGGCACUGGUGUCAACACACGGUCACCCGGACUGUUUCCUGCCAGGUGCAGAAUGGCUCAGAGACUGUGAUCCAGAGGGUUUAUCAAAGCUGCCGGUGGCCGGGACCUUGUGCCAACUUAGUGAGGUAACCGCUGUCUGAAUAACUUCUCCUGGCUUGGUUGGAAUGCUGGGUUUUCUUCUCAGGGUUGUAGAGGCAGGCUGCUUGCCGUCACAGAGAAGGACCCACGUAGUUGACAGACUGCCUUGUACACCCACCAGAUCACUGCAGUCUGUGGGAGAGUUUCUCCUGCAAAGAUCUCAGAAGCCCUCUCUGCAGGAGCUCAGAGCAGGGCCUUCAGGGAGGCUGCCCCUGUCCUGUGGAAUUGCAUCCCUGUUGAGAUAUGAUAGUCGCCCCCUAGCUGCACUUUACAACUUUGUUGUUUUGAUGGUCUUUCCCAACUGGAUAAAGGUGUCUUUACUAUAAGUGUGCACUUGUUAAGGUUUUAGCCUUUGUUUUCAAUGUAUUGGUUGACUCCGCCCCCCUAUUUUUUAUCAUCUUAUAUGCAAAUUGCCUUGAGAUGGUGGUUUGGAAGGCGAUUAAUAAAUCAAUUGUAGUAGUAAUAAUAAUAAUUAAAAAAGUGGUUCUGAAGGGAGUGAAGAAGUUAAGAGUGUAUAAAAAGCCCUGCGAGUUCAGGCCAAGGGAUGUGGGUAGCGCUGUGGUCUAAACCACAGAGCCUAGGGCUUGCCGAUCAGAAGGUUGGCGGUUUGAAUCCCCGCAACGGGGUGAGCUCCUGUUGUUCGGUCCCUGCUUCUGCCAACCUAGCAGUUCGAAAGCACAAAGUGCAAGUAGAUAAAUAGGUACCGCUCUGGCGGGAAGGUAAACGGCGUUUCCGUGCUCUGCUCUGGUUUGCCAGAAGCGGCUUAGUCAUGCUGGCCACAUGACCCGGAAGCUGUAUGCCGCCUCCCUCUGCCAAUAAAGCGAGAUGAGCGCCACAACCCCAGAGUCGUCCGCAACUGGACCUAACGGUCAGGGGUACCUUUACCUUUAGUUCAGGCCAAAGGCCAUUCUCACAGUGGAAGCCCACAAGCAACAGCCAUCUCUCCAUUUAUGAAACCCAGCAGAAUACAGAGUUAACUGCACUGACAAUGGAGCCCCAUGUCUUUCAUUCUGACCAGUGUCUGACUCCAGCCCUGACAGUACCCACUGACAGGCACAGAUUUGUCUGAUCUUUUUAAAUUGGUGGGUCCUCGCCCCAUCCUGUGGGAAUGAAUGCCGCAGUUUACCUGUGCGCUGUGGAAAUGGAUACGAAAGCAGGUCCGACAUGGCAUGUUGAGUGUACAUGACGCAUCAUAGAAUCAUAGAACUGUAGAGUUGGAAAGGACCUCAGGGGUCAUCUAGUCUUAAUGCCCUGCAAUGCAGGGAUCGCAGCUAAAGACUGAGAUUCAGGGAUGGUGGGAGUAGGAACCCAAAGCAUCUGGAGGCAGCAGGCAAGGAAAGAAUGACACAGAGUUAAAAAGGAGAAGGUGCAGACAGGGCAAACACAAUGAGCCAAGCAGGGGAAAUGAUCAAGAGGCCACGCAACGGCCACCAUUAAAUAUCCUGAAGGGCUGUCAAAUAGACGAUGGAGCAAAUUUGCUUUCUGAUGCUCCAGAGUCCAAAUUGCAAGGAAGGGCAUUUCAGUUGGCCAUUUGGAAGAGCUUUUACGGACGGUGCACGAUCUUGAACAUGCUGUAUCGGAAGUGGGCGGGCUUAGGCUAGAUGACCUUUGAGGCCACUUCAAACUCUCAUGAUUCUAUGAUUUAUUUAUUUAAGGAACUGAUCCAUCUUUCUGAUAAAGGGAGGAUGAAACACUUGGGGCUUUUUUGUCGUGAAACAGAAGACGACUUAAAGGGAAGGAUAAAGGAUAAACUCUGUUUCACCCAGUGGAACUGUUUGGCAGUCGGUUUACUGGACUGACAGAAGGAAGUGCUUUUUCAGGCAACAGAUAAUUAACUCUGCGAAUUUCACUGGCCACACAAUGCGGGGAUGGCGGGUUUAGAUGGCUUUAAGAGGGUAUUAGGCAAGCUAGUGUCAGGAUCAGCCUCCAGCUUUUACUAAGGUGUGCCAAGGUGGUUGUUGGGGGUGGUAUGUGCAAGCUUGGAUCAGAUUAUGAUUUCUUCUUUUUCUGUGAGAGGGGGGGCAGUGUUCUUUUCUGUCUGCCCUCCCAACGUGUUACAAAGCAGAAUCAUAGAAUUGGAAGAGACCCAAAGGGUCAUCUAGUACAGCCCUUUGCAAUUCAGGAAUCACAGCUAAAAUCCAUUUUCCAGUUCUCAUAGAGGCUAACCAGAUACCUGUAGGUUAUCAUCUAGCAACUCACCCUGAUUUUAACAAGGCAUUUUAACAAGGCAAAGGUAAGGGCAAGGAAUCACCAGGGACCAAGAAAUCGAAACUGUCACUGGUAAAUAGUCACGGCUGGAAUGUUUGAACUUCACUUUUGGGGGCGGGGAGAGUUGUUUGUUUGUUUUAAGGGGAAUUCAAGCAUGCAACGAUUCCGAAUGCAGAACAUCAGAUUACACAUUUGGCACCAAAGGCUGAUUCUUCAGAAACAAGGACACUUUCAAGACCGGAAGCUGGUCAGGACAAUAUUUUUUUUGGGGGGGGGGAGUGGGGAGGGGUAGAGAUACGGCUUAUAGCAUCCUGUGACCCAAAUGGACUACACAGGAAAUGUCUUCCUCCUGUGUGUUUAAAGCAUUUGCCCUGCAAUGCGUAUAAGUUUUGCAAAGAAGCCAUUUGAGCGCACAAUUGCCUUCUCGAUUGUGCCAGCAGAAAGUUGACAGGCUCAUCUGGGGCGCUUUGGAGCCCAUUUGUGUGUGUUGACAGUUGAGGGAAUUAGGCAGGUUUAGCUUGGAGGAGAGAAGACUGAGAGGCGAUAGGAUAGCCAUCUUCAAAUAUCUAAAGGGAUGUCACACGGAAGAGGGAGAAAGCAUGGCCUUGUAUAGUAGGAGGGUCUUAUGUUCUCAUGAAACUGUGGUGAGGCUGCACUUGUACUCGCUUACCUGGGAGUCCGUACCCUUGUUAGAGUUCAUCCACGCUUCCUCUUGUCCCAAACUUCCACUUUCCCCUUGGGGGAAAACUGUUUUUUAGCACACAGUCUGUCAGAAUAAACAGCAGUGGUGUGCAGUCAGUGGACUAGACUAGUUCCCUAAAUGUUCAGGGUAAAUUAAGAGUAUUAAAGCCUGGCUUGUGCUCUUAUUUAGCACUAAAGAGUGGAUUUUCCCUGGGAAAGGAGCAGGACAAGUAGGAAACUGCAUGGACCCAUGCUUCCUAGGCCUAGGACCAAUGGGAAGUGUGGGUGAGUGUUUUGUGUUUUGUGCGGUGUCAGCCUUGCAUUAAAGCAUACCUGAGCUUACUUGCAAACAUGCAGUUUUUGAUAUUUGCAAGGUUGGCAGGUUUGGGGCAGAGCAGUCUGUGUGACCUCUUGCUUGUGUUAGUUACAGGACUCUCAUCAGACCCAUGUACAAGAUCUCCUAUAGAACACUGACUGCCCUGGAAUGGCGAUGCUGUCCUGGCUUCACGGGAAGGAACUGUGAGGAAGGUAAGCAUCUGUGAAUGAAAGUGUGUGGAGGUUCCUUCCCCUCCUCCCAUACCCCAGGUUUGCAGGACCUUCCAGUUGCACUGUUCAAAGUUGGAAAUACAGAUCUGUGGGAGUUCCUUUCCCAACCUUCUCUUGAAAUGAAAUCUUCUCUCUCUCUCUCCCCAUCCCUGGAAGACUCUUGCAUUCUACGAGAGGGUUUCAACCAUUGUUGAAACUUGCUACGGAGUAUAACAGAACGUCUUGACCCUUUGCUAAUAGGUUCAGGUUUCUGGAAGAGAAAAAAAAAGGAACCACUUAACCAUCACCAGCUGGCGGGCACCUCCUUAGUGCUGAUGGCUACAGAUUGUUUAAAUUAGAAUUAUCUGAGGAAUUUUAACUCUUAACCAGGCAGCCGACGAGGAAGGUCUCCAGCCUGCGAGGAAGUCUUGCUGGCAGCUAGCUAAACUCCGCUGUUUAGCUAAAAUCUUCGCUUUUAGAUUUUAUCUUUUGGAAGAAAACGGCUUGCCUUCUUCACGGGCUGCCUGUCAUUUGAUAUGCACCACGGCUGUGUUUACGUGGGGAAUUUGGAGACUGUUUGUGCUCCCCGGGGAGCACCGUUUGGGAUCCUUGCAUCCGAACCGCAGGCUUCCCUGCGCGAGAUGUCAUGCUUCUGAUUUGUUCUGAGUGGAAUUAUUUAUGAUUUAUUAUUGGGUCCCAGGGCAGGUUACGACAUUAAAGCACAACCAUGCAACAAAAUAUUAAAAACAGUUUAAAGCGUCUUUCAAUUAGAGAAAUAGGGUGAGUCCUAAAAAGACACACCUCAAGCGUUGAAAGGGUAGGGCGAAGAGGCGUCUCUUCAGAAUUUGCCAGAAGCUGUAUAGGGAAGGUGGCAUGGGAGUUUCACAACUGAGGGGCUGCCACAGAGAAGGCCCUUUCCCAGGCCACCCUCAUCAGGCCCUGCUUCACACCUUCCUUGGCUGGAAUGUGUCCUUGAACUCUGACGAUGCCUCUUGCUCACCUGAUAUGGUCCAACAUCCAGGGUUGGCCCUGAACUCCCUAAGCUGGGCUGCGACUCUCAGGUGCAGCAGAGGACUAUAUACCAUUGCCAGGGUUGCUGCAAGAUUCAGUUGCCAGUGCAGCUGCUCUCUGGUGGGGACACCAUCUUCAUCCUGGGCAGCAGAAUAUCUUGUGCAGGCCCCAAGCAGUGAUCAAAUCACUAAUUUGGGUCUGGCUACUGCAAACUUCCAAGUGUUCCUAUUUCCUGGGGACAGUCCCAGAAUUACAGAAGCUGUACUGGUUUCUGAUUUGAUCCUGGAAUGUCCUUAGAACGUCCCUAUUUCCAUCAGAGAAAUGUUGGAGCGUAUGUAGUUAUGCGACCCCGGAGCCAAGGAUGUAAGUAACUCUGCAGCCUUUAGAAGACAUCUGAAGGCAGGCCUGUACAGGGAAGUUUUUUUAAUGUGUAAUGUUUUGUUAUGUUUUUAUAUAUGUUGGAAGUAGCUCAGAAUGACUGGGGCAACCUAGUCAGAUGGGCAGGGUGAUACUAAUACUAAUUCAGCCAUACCUCGGAUUACAGAUGCUUCGGGUUGUGUUUUUUUGGGUUACGGACCUGCCAAAACCCAGAAGUACAGGAACGGAGAAGCGCCAAAUCGCAACCCCCGCGUGCAUAGAUGCGCUGCUGCAGGUUACGAAUGCUGCGGGUUUCGAACGUGCAUCCCACACGGAUCAUGUUCACAACCCGAGCGUCCACUUUACUAAUACUAAUAGAAUUGGUUGUCCCUGUUUUCACUGGAGAAAUGUUGGAGGGUAUGCUUCUAUGCUUCUGUUCUGAGGCCUCCAGUGCUUCCUGGUUUUAUUCCUAUGUCUCCCUGGGCCCAAAGAAGUCUCAGGUAAACCCCAAGUGAUGGAACAUGUCAGAUUCCCUGACAUUUGGAGUGAGUCUUAAGUUAAUUCCUGCCUUGUUUGGGCUUCUCUCUGCAUCUAGCUAAGUUGAUAAGAUAACAAAGAACUUAAUCGGAGCUGUUGCUUCAGCUUUGGAGGGACUUUAGUCAAACAGUUCUGCUGGACGAUCAGUCUCGCUUUGCUUUGUUUUCUUUCUCUCUUUUUGGAGCGAGGGGGAUUUUUUUAGCUGCAGCAGGAAAUGAGCCACCCAGCCUGCGGAAUCCUGAUAUAAAGACCAUAUGGAAAGGGGCAGCGCAGAGGUGAUGUGGGCUAGUUAUUGCAAUCAUGCAUCAGUCUGAUUGAUUUCAAUCCAAGAUGAUGCUGGCACCUCCAACUAGCCUCUUUCUCCUCCUCUCAUAUGCUUCGAAGUUCAAAGCCCAGGGACGCUCUCCUGGGAGGCAAAUGUGUGUCCCCCACCAACCCGGGAAACUUGGCGCCAAUUUGAGGGCAGCCAGAAAAUGACAACCUUGUUUUACUUUUGCUAAUAUCAGACGUCAUCUCUCUCUUCUCCCGUCUUUAGACCCAAGUUUUCUUUCCUUCUAAUGGAACGGUGCAAAUCCGGGAAACAAAAUUACCCCCUCCGCCAGGCUGAUAACGGGAAGGGCAGUUUGCAUGCUGCGAUUCUGUGGCAGUGUAGAAACUCUGUUCCUACGACUCACAUUGUUAAAAAAAGGUGUCUCGUGUCCUUAUGGUUGUGUAAUGCAUUCUGAUUUAGGUGCAUAGGAAUCAUCCUUAGACCAAGGCAGACCACUGAGCUUUCCAUCUCAGUAUUGUUAACACUGGCUGGCAGCAGCUUUCUAGGGUUGCAGGCAGUGGCAUGCAAUGAAUUUUUUUUGUAGGGGAACUGUUAGGGCCAGGGGUGACAGGUGGGCUCCUGGACCCAUCAGAGCAUCAUGCCUCCCAGCUGAUUGAAUCCAGCUGAGUUGUGUUUCCCCUAACUUCCGAUAAGUUCUGAAUUUCAUCUACAGUGGUACCUCAGGUUAAGUACUUAAUUCGUUCCGGAGAUCUGUUCUUAACCUGAAACUGUUCUUAACCUGAAGCACCACUUUAGCUAAUGGGGCCUCCUGCUGCUGCCGCCGCGCCGCCAGAGCACGAUUUCUGUUCUCAUCCUGAAGCAAAGUUCUGUAACCUGAAGCGUAUGUAACCCGAAGUGCCACUGUAUCUCUUUUUUUUAACACCAUACACAUGCACAGGUUUACAUUUUGGAGAAAUAAGCCAUAUGGGUACAAGGAAGGAGAAGUGGUGAAAUGUUUCUUUUCCAGAGAGAGGAUCACUAGAUGACCUAUUUAUGACAUAAGGUAGAACCCUUAAAAAACUACAGAUUUGUCCCAGUCAUUGUUGCCAGAAGCACCAAGCCCGUCAUCAGCAGCAUCAUUGACGGACUUCCAUCAUUAUUACUUUUUAUUUUGAUGUUUUGAUCUGUUUUGUAAUCCACUUAGAGUUUGGUUUUUUUUAAAAAUAUAAGCGGUAUAUAAAUUGUAGAAAUAAAAAAUAACAGUAAGUAUAAAUUAGAUCAGCUUGCUUUUAAAGGAGAACUGAAUCAAAUUACCGUAUUUUUUGCUCUAUAAGACUCACUUUUUCCCUCCUAAAAAGUAAGGGGAAAUGUGUAUGCGUCUUAUGGAGCGAAUGCAGGCUGCGCAGCUAUCCCAGAAGCCAGAACAGCAAGAGGGAUUGCUGCUUUCACUGCAUAGCGAUCCCUCUUGCUGUUCUGGCUUCGGAGAUUCAGAAUAUUUUUUUUCUUGUUUUCCUCCUCCAAAAACUAGGUGCGUCUUGUGGUCUGGUGCGUCUUAUAGAGCGAAAAAUACGGUAUAUAUACCUUGCCAUUGCAGCAAUCUCUUACACAGAAUGUUCUAGAACAGAGGGGUAAAUAUUUAGCCCCGAGGGCUAUAUUCCCUCAUGGGGAAUCUUUUGGGGUUCACAUGCCAGUGGUGGGCAUGCUCGGAGUCAAAAGUGGGUGGGCCCAGAGAUAAAGAUUGGUGGAGCAAUGGAUAUGAUGACCCUUACCUUUGUUCUAUAGUACACCUUCCAGUCUACCCCAAAUUUCUGUGCCCACACCAGUGCCUGAAACUCAGAUAUAUAAGCUAAUCAUCAAAUGCUACCUUAAACCUGGGUCACGGUUGCCACAAUGGAAUGUCUAGGUGCCAUUCCCCCCGCCCCCCGAUGAAAUUGAUGAUGAUGAUGAUUUUCAUUUCUAUACCUCUUUAUAUUUUAAAGGGGAAAAAAUCUCAAAGCGGUUUACAACACAUUAAAACAUCAAAUUAAACAACCCAGAAUAAAUCACAUUCAGGCUUCAAGGGAAAUAGUUCAGAUUCUUCUCCAAGUAACAUUUUGCUUUCCCCAUAUUUAUUUACCUGCUUAAUUUAUAGAGCUGCCCCAUAGCAGAAGGACUCUAGGAAGUGUGGUGUAGUGGUUAGAGUGCGAGACUAGGACCUGGGAGAUCAGGGUUCAAAUCCCCACUCAGUCAGGAAGCUCACUGGGUGACCUUGGAAUCACUCACAGCCUCCUAACCUCCCUCACAGGGUCAUUGUAGGAUUUAACCAAGGAGUGAACCAUGUAUUCCUUGCAGAAAAAGGUGGGAUAUAAAUGCAGUAAAUAAGCUCUUUUGCUUACCUGCUUAAGAAAGCUGGAGGUCGUCCAGUUGUCAGUCGCCAACCUGACAUACAGAGAGCUCCAUGUGGUCACAACCAGACUCGCGCCAGUCACAAAAUGUGCCUGGCACCUGGGGAAUUUCUAACACUGUCUCCACCCCUCCACCCAGGAAAGCAAGAACCACUAUCCCAACACUUGAGAGAGGGUUGGGAGCAGGGCUGCUGGUGGUUGUGUCCUGGGGGGAAGGCAUGGCCUGGAGCGUGGAAAGUCCUGAGGGCCAGGCAGAGAGGGCCACAACGUCCCCAGCCAGAAAUUGCAGCUAGUCUCAACCAAUCAAGGCUUCAGGCCAGGGAGAACCUGAAACUAUACACAUAUAUCAAUCAAGUACCAAAGUUUUACUUCUCAUGCAUUUAAUUUUUCUCCCCUCCAACCCCACAAGUAGGAUGCUUGUGAAAAGGACUUGUGGUCCUUGCAUCAGCAGCUCUCUGUUGCCGAUGGCGAACCGUUCUCUUGUUGGGCUGGGCUGCGCGGGGUCUCCGAGUAAAAUGGCUCCAUCUCCACAGCCUUUUCAGUUUCCCUUUGCUCUGAAGUAGUCCGCCAGCUUCUCCACGGCUUCCACACACACGCUGGGGUACAUGCCUUGGGCGUAAGUGCCGACCACGAUGAAGGUCCCUGUUUUGGCCAAAAUCACCCCGUUGUCUUUCCCUUUGAGGUAGAUGGAGUGGUCGUCUGCUCUGACACACUUGUAAUACCGGUCUUUGAAGUAGAGCCCGUCUCUUCUGACUUGGAGCAGCUCCUUAAAAAAAGCUUGGAGGAAGACCAGGGCUUGGCUUUGGAUGUUGAAGCCCGGAGUCGUUGCCAGGAUGUUGCCGUCCACUAUUCUGAUGAGAGCGGCGUUGGCAACAUGCUUGGUCCGAGUGAGGCCGUCUAUCAGCAUACUUUGUGUCUGGUUCAUUUUCCUCUCUCCCCGGCUCUCUGCUGUUAAGGAUUUGUCUGCUUCCUUGGUUACACAAAACAGCUUCAACUGCCGUGGCUUCUCCCAAAGCAUUCUGGGAAUUGUAGUUUGUUUGGUUCCCCCCCCCACCACCACUCCUGGCUCCUGAAAUGAACUAGGCCUUCUCUCUGAAUUUUUCAUUUCUCGUUUCUUUUUAGAAAGCCUUCUUUAAAAACACACACAGAGAGAUACAAGUCAAAGGGUGCAAGCUAUUUGGGAAAGGGAGCUGGUUCUGGUCUGGGAUCAAGUAACCCCUUGCUGACCAUGCCGAUUCUCACAUUCAUUCAUUUCCUUUCUUUUUCAUUCGUUAAACGUCAGUAAUGACAAGCUGAGAAUGUGCAUUUGGCAGGAAUUCCCAGGAGGUUUACCUCAUUUUCCCCCCUUGUUCCCCAUUUGUUUGUUUCUUUAAGGCAUUUAAAUCCCACCAUUUAGGCAAAAAGGUUCUCGGAGUGCCUUCAAAAAUUCAGUAUUUCUGUGUACAAUUGGGAGGGGAGGGAGUUUUCUCAGGUGUAGGGGGAGCAGUGCUAAAGUUAGGGUGGCCACUUAUCUUUAUUUACAGUGGUGCCUCGCAAGACGAAAUUAAUUCGUUCCAUGAGUUUUGUCGUCUUGCGAUUUUUUUCGUCUUGCGAAGCACAGUGUCGGAAAAGUUUUGGAAAAGCUUCAAAAAUCACCAAAGUCUUUAAAAACCUCAAAAAAGGCUACCACAUGGCAUUCUAUGAGUUGCUCCUCGAAGUCAAGUCACAAUUGUAUUAACGGUGUUAAGAAAAAGGAAACAAACUUGCAAGACGUUUCCGUCUUGCGAAGCAAGCCCAUAGGGGAAAUCGUCUCGCGAAGCAGCUCAAAAAACAAAAAACCCUUUCGUCUAGCGUGUUUUUUGUCUUGCGAGGCAUUCGUCUUGCGAGGUACCACUGUAUCUUGUUUUGCGUAUAUAUGACCUUGUUUUCACCAAACGUCCCAGGGCAGUUUACCUCAUUAUAAACAACAAAAAAAUAAAAUUGAUAAUAAACAAUGAAAACAACUAUCAACCCUUUGUGUCAAAGACACAUAUUUGCACGUGAUUUCCAUAUUUUAAUGUGUUAAUGCAAAUUUAGAAAAAGAAUGGAGGAUUUGAAUAGAAGCUCAAUCCAUCACAUCAUAGUGAGGAACAUAGGAACAGAGGUAGCUGCUUUAUACUGAGUUAGGCUGUUGGUGUUGGUUUGUUUCAUUAGUUUGAAAUGGACUUGGAUCAUUGCUGGUCAAACAGGCCUUGCAGGUGUUGCGAUGUUUCAAAAAACCUGAAGAACCCGUUUGAUUUCGAGGCAAAGAAAAUGCCUGUACCUUAAAGAAAGCAAUACAUCUGAAAAAGCCACUUCGAAAAUCUCCUAUAGCUUUACUAUAAUUUCUUUUAAUGUUUCCUUUUACUGGUUCUUAAAGGCAUCGUCUAUCAAAUGGACCAUUCUCUGUGUUUUGCUCUUAAAUAAAACCAUUUACAUCUCCAGGCUACCCCCUGGCAUUCCCCCUCCCUUCCUCAAACCCACAAAAAGCAGUCCGCUUGGGAAGACUGAGCUGAACAACACCAGAUUUAUUUCUGCAAGAGGCCCUGAAUGCAUUUGGUAAUCCAGCUCCCCAAGAGAUGGGCUUCCUUUGUCUGUACAACUUCCAAAAAUGAUCCAGGAGUUUUCCCUUUAUAUUGGAGCAAGAUCUGGUUUCUCAAAUGCUGUGUUUUUAGCCAAAAGCACACAAUUGCUCUCUGCUUGGGACUACCAAGAGACUGGCGUGGGGCAGGGACUGUAGGAAGAAUAGAAAUACACUGUAUAUCUCAAGCUCAAAAAAAGAAGCAGCGUUUUAUGGGGGUGAAAGCUUAAGAAACGGCAGCAUCUUGUAGGUUUAUCAAGGUGUCCCUACUUCAGGCUAAAUUUACUUUUGUUAUAUGCACAUCAUACAUUUAAAGCAGAAUGCUACCCUCCCCACAAAAGAAUACUGGACAAUGUAGUUUAUCUCACACAAAACUACAAUUCCCAGCACCCUUAGAAAACUACAGUGCACAGGAUUAUUGGGGCGGGGGGAGCCAUCUGUUUUAAACGUAUGGUAUGGAUUUGUAAGUUAGUGGCAGGAGGAAGUAUUUGUUUUUGUAAGUUAGUGGCAGUAGGAAGUGUGUGUGUGUUUGUUUGUUUGUUUCCCACCCUAAGGUCCCAGGGUGUGUUACAACAUUAAAGCACAACGUUAAAAGCAGUUAAAAGCAACUUAAAAUUAUCAAAAUAAGAUGGUUCCUAUAGAUUUGCACUGCAUGUGCCAGAAACCGAGGUAAAGGGGUGAGUCUUCAGCAUUUUCCGGAAGCUGUGCAAUGAAGGCGCCAGGCACACCUCCCUCUGGGGAGGGAGCUGCACAAUUUAGGGGCAACCACAGGGAAGGCCCUGUCCUGUGUCCCUCCCCCAACAGACUCUGAGGGCAGAGGAACUACCAAGAGGGCCCCCUCUGCCAAUUUCAGCACCCGAAAGAGUCUGUAGGGAAGGAAGGAGGUGGCCUUUCAGGUAUUCAAAUAUCAAAAUGUGCCACUGGAAAGCUUACAAGGUGCAACUGGAAGAAUUGGGGGUGGGGAGUAAGACACCUUAGGUGUAUAUGUUUAAAAAGGCAGACAGUGUCACCAAUUAUACAGGCCUUGUUCAAGAUCGAUCAUCUAACAACUAUCUGACUUUUAGAAGACACCUGAAGGCAGUCCUGUUUAGGGAAGUAUUUAACGCUUUAUAUUUUAGCGUGUUUUUAAUUUUCUGUUGGGAGCUGCCCAGAGUGGCUGGGGAAACCCAGCCAGAUGGGCGGGCUAUAAAUAAAUGAUGAUGAUGAUGAUGGCUGAAGGGCAUUACGAUAUAAGUGCAAAACACUAAUGUGUAAACAAACAAACAAACAAGGGGGGAGCUAAAGGAUCAUCAAACCAAUAAGUUGGGAAUAAAAAGGUAAAGGUAAAGGGACCCCUGACCAUUAGGUCCAGUCGUGGCCAACUCUGGGGUUGCAGCGCUCAUCUCGCUUUAUUGGCCGAGGGAGCCGGCGUACAGCUUCCGGGUCAUGUGGCCAGCAUGACUAUGCCGCUUCUGGCGAACCAGAGCAGCACACGGAAACGCCAUUUACCUUCUCGCCGAAGCGGUACCUAUUUAUCUACUUGCACUUUGACGUGCUUUCGAACUGCUAGGUUUGCAGGAGCAGGGACCGAGCAACGGGAGCUCACCCCGUCACGGGGAUUCGAACCGCCGACCUUCCGAUCGGCAAGUCCUAGGCUCUGUGGUUUAACCCACAGCGCCACCCAUGUCCCUUAAGUGAAUUCAAAGAAACAGGAUUUAAAAAUUCAAGCUACCCUUAACUUUUAGCACUUGCACAGUUCAGAAAGGCUUAUCCAACCUUUUCUGCAGCAAACAGAGAUGACUCUACCCUAUGGCUGAUAUACUUACCUGCAUCAUCCAGCAGCUACAUGAUCUUAAAAUCAUCUGGUUGGCCUGCUGAGGAAGGGCUGAAAGGCAAGAUUAAACUCUACAGGUUAACUGCAGGUUUCUCGGGAUUAGCUUACAGGGACAGGAAACCAUUGGCCAUGCUGGCUGGAGCCGAUGGGAUUUGGAGUCCGUCAACAUCUGGAGGAGGGCUACAGAUCUUCCCACCUCUGGCUUACAGUCAUGUGCUCUACAAAGGAGAACGUGUCCUCGCUCCCAUCAUACGUUGAGGAGGAAGCAGUACACUAUAUUAACUCCCCCCCCCACUUUUAAAGCCACCUAACUACUCUUAUUUUGAAUGAAAUGCAGCUGUGUGGGCCCCUGAUUUCCUGCCCACCUCCCAACUGCUAUUUGACCCCUAAAUAUGCUUUCUACUGCGCCUUUGGGGGCAGCGGGGGGUGAUUUUUUGGCAGGAAACCCAACGCUGGACCCUGCUCUUGAUUGGAAGGCCGAUAUAGAGCCUGGCCAGCUGUUUUCCCUUCAAAAUAAAAAUGGCCUGCAUAAUCAUGCAUGCACAUCUCACACAUGUACACAUGUUUCCCGUAGCACGUAGUUUGCGCCCGAGAUUUAACUUCUGCAAAGCCUCUGAGGUUAGGAGCUGAGCCUGGAAGGCUAUCAGCUGGUACGACUCAAUUUUUUAAAAGUUUGAAAUCCUUCAAAGGUAACAGUGGGCACAAAUUAGAUACAGUAUGGGUGCAUCGUACAUGCAUUUAGCUUGCACAAUUUCAACCAUAUGAGUCUGGAGGCCACUGGUUGAAAUCCUGUAAGUUAAAUGCAAGCAAGGCAAAGAUUUCAAAAUAGGUUUUUUGUGCUGGGAAAGCACAGCAGAAAAAGAGCCUUUAAGCUCUUUCCCUUGCUGAGGGUGGGGAGGUGGGGCAAAAAAAUCUCUGCAUGUUGCCUCCAGAAGCCUUGAGAUGUUUGUGGAGGAGUGACUCCAAGGGUCUGAGUAUAUCCAAGAUUUUUUUCCCCCCAGCCAGAACUCGCUGGAACUCAAUUCUAGUACCUCUCAGGUGGGCGUCAUUGCAAUUAAAAGAGAACAAAGGAGACGUUGAAGGUGAGUUCCAGCACCUCUUUUUCUAGAAAAAUAGCACUGAGCAAAUGCAUUUUUGUGAAUACCUUGGGAGUCGAACAGAAUCUGUUCCAGAAGUCCGUUCGACUUCCAAAACGUUCGGAAACCAAAGCGUGGCUUCUGGUUGGCUGCAGGAAGCUCCUGCAGCCAAUAGGAAGCCCCGUUGCGUGUUUGGCUUCCAAAAGAACGUUGGAAAACUGGAACAGUCACUUUCGGGUUUCAAUCAUUCGGGAGCCAAAAUGUUCGAGAACUAGGCUGUUCAAAAACCAAGGUACGACUGUAUGUGGAAUCCUUGGAACUGAACCCACGCACAAGAUGUGAUUGAACUUUUAUAGCAGUUGUCCUUUAUAAGAGGGUUGUCCAUUUAAUAGAGGGAAGCCUUUUGCUCAAGUCCCACAGCAGCUCCACGAUCUGUUUUGCAAAAGAAUCAAGGGUCUUGCCUUUCAGCCUUCACCCAUGCGAGUAGAUCCUGGCCGCCAUCCACAGCUGGUUUCCCUUCAUGGCUUUAAUAGGAACUGUUCACACCGAAACCAUUUGCGAAUCGGAGAUUAUCUGCGGUAUGUGUCGUUCUCCCUCACUCUCCCUUUUGCUUCCCUGCAAGGGAUAGCGGUUCAGUGUGGAUUCGAGAGCAUUGUUAGGGCUCCGUCUCCUUGGCAGAAAACAACAGGCUAUAAAAACCGCUCUCCAGAACAGCUGCGGAGAGAAAGGCCUUUGUGAUAUUCCUCCUCUGCUCCUCCACCACCGCCACUGCCCCCCUCCACUUCCCAGCCCACUAAUCGCCCCUUUUGCUGACCUGAACGAAGGCAAUUAUACAUCCUGGUUAUUGUAAACGGACCACAGAACACCAGGCAUACCUUAAAAUGAUGUCAUGUCUAGACGAGCCAUUCAGGUAUAAAUUAUUGAGAGAGAAAGGGGGGGAGUAGCUUGUUCAGUGGUUAGAAUUGUAAAAAAAAAGUUAACGAGAUAUUUUUGUGUUUCUCUUGUGUGUCGUCUCUCGAACACCGUACCGUGCCUUUGGACUGGGAGAAUUCUCAGCUGCCUCUUGGUUUGACAAUGAGGGUUGACUUUGUGAAAUUGGAGAGUUCUUCCUCUGUUUUUCCCCUCCUCCCUGCCGAAAGAACUCUGUCUCAUUUCCUGUUAGUACAGAGUUUCGGGGGGUGGGGGUGGGGGCAUGAGACACCUGUGUAUAUGAAGGUGGGCUGAAUCUUCUAUAAGCCAGAAGGAAGUGGACUAAUAAUAAUAAUAAUAUAUUAUUUGUACCUCACCCAUCUGGCUGGGUCUCCCCAGCCACUCUGGGCGGCUUCCAACAAAGAUUAAAAAUACAUUAAAAUGUCACACAUUAAAAACUUCCCUGAACAGGGCUGCCUUCAGAUGUCUUCUGAAUGUCAGGUAGUUGUUGUUCUCUUUGACAUCUGGUGGGAGGGCGUUCCACAGGGUGGGCGCCACUACCGAGAAGGCCCUCUGCCUGGUUCCCUGUAGCUUUGCUUCAGAAGACAGUCCUCUACCAGCACUUCCCUUUUGGGGGGGGGGCACUGCCCCUUUGGCUUCAUAAACUCACCCCCAGUGCCCCCACCCUAUAUAAAAAGCAUCACCCACUGCAUAAUCCACUAAGGAAGAUAACAACACAAUAAAAUCCAAAAUGAUAACAAUUGCACAUUUAUUCGAAAUCCAGUUACAGCUCUUUAGUUUAAUUAUUUCAACAAGAUCUGUGAACUUGAUCCAGUGAUACCAGCUUUCCAAAGUCUGAUCUUCAUUUUCAGAUCCAGUGUCUCCCUGCUGCCCCCCCUCCGCCCCCAGGAUGGUACCUCCCACCUUGAGAAAUACUGCCCUAAACUUCAUCCUCCACUUUCCUACAUCACAUUUUUAGCUAUCUGCUGGUAUCUUUCUAGGAGGACUCUGAGGAAAGGAGAGUGGGAAGGAGAUUGCACUGCAGGAUGCACCAGUGGCCCCCAAGAAGGAAUUUAAUACCUUUUCCCUCUGUGUUUUUUCUUUUUCUUUUUAGAGCUUUUGUGCUUUAGGGACUAAUGCUUCUGUUUCCAGAUGCAAAAUAAGCACUGGUUGUUUUUAAAGCAUGGGUCGGCAAACUAAGGCCCGGGGGCCGGAUCCAGCCCAAUUGCCUUCUGGAUCCAGCCCGCAAACAGUCCGAAAAUCGCUGCAUGGAUCGGCAUGGGGAUUCUGAUGGUUUGGGCUGCGCCAUUUCCCCCCUUUCCCUCCCUCACAUACACCACGUCGGCGCCUCCUCCCUCCCUCCCUCCCUCCCUCCCUCUCUCCUGGCUUCUCCCUGCCCUGCCUAGAGGAGGAAGAGGGCUGGGCUUUGUUGAGCCGCAGUUGGCUGAGCACCAUUUUAAGCAGCCCCUCUCUGGAGCCAGCCCUUUCACGCCGCUCAUCGUCCCGCUGCUGCCACCAGCCCCUGUCACUCUCAAGGCACAGGUAAGCAGCCACUGGGGCUCGUCAUGUGCUGUGGAGAAGGGAGAGGAGAGUUGGGGGGAUUCCCCCCCCAUAUAGUCCGGCCCCCCACAAGGUCUGAGGGACAAUGGACCAGCCCCUUGUGAAAAUAGUUUGUUGACCCCUGUUCUGAAGCCUGAUUCGUUAACUCUGCCAGAGGGUCUGAAGGGCUCUUGGGGUGUACAGAUGGACUAUUUGCCUUGGAAUCCUCUGUGUAGGGGAUUCUGCCAGUUUGCUGUGUACGUCCCAUCCCCAAAAGUUGUUGGGAGAAGGCAUAGAAUGAGGCAACUGAAUUGAAAAGAGUUGAGGCACUUCUCCAGCGCGGGAAAGCUACAAGUUUUGCCCUGUAGCCUAUCAGUUUAGACGCCAGAAGUGCACCCCAGUCUCCCUCACUUUCCCAGCGUUUGGUUUCCUUGGAAUAAAAAACAAUGGAGACUAUGGUGUUUUUAUGAUACAUGGUUUUGUUUACCCAUAUAUACAACCUCAGUAUAAGAUAGAGGUGCUCACAGCAUUAACACCCCAACAGAUCUUGCUUCCCCAUUGGGUUUCCAGGGAAGCUGCAAACCACAUCUCUUGAUUCCAGCACAGAGCAAGACAUGUCUCUGUGUCUCCAGCUUCUAGCAUCCAGCAAUACUCACCCCUUCUUGGCCUGUUGGUCUCCAUCCUUCAGCCAGCCAGGUAAGGUGGGAAAAGGCCCACCCAUUUAUCUCUGUGGCAACCUCUUUGGACAUGUAAAUGAUAGUAUUUUAGAAAAGCAUGGCUGCCCUGAAAUAGGUUAUCAACUGAAAAGAAAAGAAAAAUCCCCAGCUGCAGUGUUGGUAGAUAGAUUAGAUAGAUGAUAGAUAGAUAGAUAGAUAGAUAGAUAGAUAGAUAGAUAGAUAGAUAGCAAUUGUGGUGCCUUAGGGUUCAAGUAACUGCAUUUUCACACUAAAUAUGACUUGCCCACUCUAACUUUUCAUUUCAGUACAAAAUAUGUCUCACCAGCUGCAAUAUGUACAGUAAACACACACAAAAUUGGCAAGCUGUGCACCUUGUGUUCAUGCACACACAUUUGCAUUUAUGUGUACUAAAGAGGUGUAAACUCACUCACACUGAGAUUUAGUUUGAGUUUUAUAUAUCUAUAUAUACCCUCUAUGAGGUCUACUUUCUAAAAACUAAAAUUCUAAAAUUCCCAGAGUGGUUUAACAACCAAUUUCUUUCCCCAGGAAACUAUGAGAAUUAUAGCUUUGUGAGAAGAAUGAAUUUCCUAACAAUUCUCAGCACCUACAUGUUUCAGGAUUCUUUGAGGGACGCCAUGACUGUUUAAAGGGGCAUGACACUGCUUUAAAUGUAUAAUGCAGAUGGUUCCUAAGUCUGAGCAAAGGUCCAUCACACUAGCAUCCUGUUUCCCAUCAUAGCUGCCUAAUAAGCUUUAGAAUUUUGCCUCCACAUUUUGCUUUCUAACUUUCUUUGUCUGAUUGACACUUAUGGUUCCUAGCAACUGGCAUUCAGAGAUGUACUGUCUCUGACAGUGGAGGCAGAGCAUAGCCAUCAUGGCUCAGUGAGGGAAAUAGGGGUCUCCAAACAACUCUCAGCACUCUUUACAAAUCAUAGUUCCCAGGAUUAGGAGAAGCCAUGAUUGCUUAACGUGGUGUGCUUUAAAUCUAUAGUGCAGAUGGGGCCGUAUUAGAGCUCUUCUUAAGAUUUUGCUGCUUAGGAGGGGAAGUGGUUUUUCUAACCAUCCUUUCCCAGGAAGACUGAAAUGGGUGACAGGCAGGCAAAAUGCCUUGGACUACAAUCUUAGACUUGAUUGCUUCCCCCUCUCCUAAUUUUCCCCUCGCAACCUCCCUGGUGCUUAACAGCUAACAAGUAAGGGUAGCGCGAGAGAAUCAGCUCACUGUCAGAAAGUUUCAGAAUUAAUGGGAUAGUGUCCGAUUCCAAAAACCCCGCAUAAAUUACAUCCUGGAAUCCAUUAUGUCUUGCUCUUGUUCGACAGGAGGAAACACGGUCUAUAUAGUGAAAUAAAAGACAUCCUGGAACCUAUUAUACUCUCUGAGAAAAAGACAAAAGGAACACAGGGAAGGAUGUUAUAGGUUCGACGGGUCUAAUAAAUGAAGUGUUGGCAUCCUUCUUCCACCAAGACGUGGAUUAACAACAGAUGUAUUACACUAAUGUCUAUUUAUACGUUAAUCUAAAACAACUGCAUUGCUGUUACGGACAAGAAUUCUGUAUAUUCAACUCCCUCCAACUUUACUCCUCACUGCCCCCCCAUAUUGAUUCUGCUUCUAGGACAGCCUUCCACAACAUUGUACCCUCCAUAUGUUCUGGACUACAACUCCCAUCAUCCACAGCUAUGCGAGCAGUGGCUGAUGGGCAUUGUAGUCCAAAACAAAUGGACUGGGCAUUAUGUUGGGGGAGGUUGCCAAAGUUGGGGAAAUGAAGUCAGAUGGAGGGUGGGGAUGGAAGGAUUGGUCAAUUUAAUCCUCUCCAUCUCUCCUUUUUCCAGACUUAAAUUCAGGUCUCCACAUCUCUGUAACCAUUUGCAUUAAAAAAAACCUCAUGGAAAUUCUCCAGCAUUGAAUUUAUCCUAAUAAACACAUUUUUGUAUGCAGUUUUGAGGAAUGUACAUACUUUCUUCAAGCAGUAUCUCCUAACAUAACACAGUUGUGUAUGUUAUUUUCUCUGAUGUAUUAAUUUAUAUGCAAGCUUUCCCCUAAUAUAUGCAUUUCUGCAAACAUUGUUCGGUUGGAGAAAUGUACCACAGAAUUCAGACUAUAAUCUUUAAAGGAUGGCUGUGAUUCGGUUUUCCUAUGUUUUUGGAAACCGCAGGUUUUUAUUUUUUUUUUAUAAUUGAUAUUUAUUAAGUUUUCAAAGGAUAACAACAAAAAUUUCCAAAAAAUUUUGAGAAUACAAAAAACAAAAAUAGUACAUAAACAAAAAAGAAAAGAAAACCCAGCCGCAAAGAAAAAAAAAGAAAAACAGAAAAACAAAAAUAUAAAGUCCUUUACAAUCUCUAUUGACUUCCUUUCUAGACUUCCUCCUCCUCCCCUCUCUUGUUUCUUAAUUUUUAAUUUUUACAGCAAAUCCUUUCUGUUUUUUUCAUAACAAUCUGUCGUUACGUUUCCUUAUUCUAUUUUCCCUCUUGUCAUAUAAAAACUUUAAGACUCAUAGCUUAUAUUCAUUAUUUACCAAAUUCUUACAUCAUUACCUUUUUACAAAUCAUUUACCAAUCCUUACUUAGGCCAUGUAAUUUCAUUCAACAUCCUUCAAACAUUUGUAAACAUUCCCAAUAUUAAAAAAUAAAAAGAAAAAAAUAAUAAUAAAUCCAAUUCAGUCCAGUCAGCUUCCAACCUCCCCUCCCCUGGACCCGGGAUUGUCAGUCCUUUUAACCUCGAUAAUCCGGCUCCUUAACCUGGUUGUCUCGUAUCCGAGGCCCUCAAGUCUCUUUCUUGCCCCUUUCGCCACUCUUGUUGAUGAUUCCCUUCCAGUCGUGGAUGCUCCAGCAAGAAAAUGCUUUUGACCCUUUGCAGCAAAUCCAUCCCAAACCCAUUGCCCAAGCCAGACAGCAAAUAAUACCACUUCAAAUUUCCACAAAGCUUGGAGACUUCGGCUACUCCAAUCCUCUGAUAGCCCAUCACUAGACUCGGAAGGUCCAAAUAACCAUAUGGAGGGGGGUCGAUCCAUCCCCCAUUUCCAAAUCUGACCACAUUUCAUCUUUCCGAAUCUGGUUUGUCCCAAGUUCAUUUGUCAAGUUCAAAGGCUGAUCUUGCCCGUCCAAAGGUCCCUCCAUCUCUGAAGCCUCCGUCACUACAGCAGGUUCAUAUGCUUGUAUAGCCUUUAACUGAAUUUCAUUUGUUUGCUGCUGUGCUCUGGUAACUUCCAUCAUCAAGGUCGUCUCCUGACGCAUCUGGUCCAGCUGGGCACUUAGUUUUGAAAAACCUUCCAGGAACAAUUGUUCAAGCCUUUGUACUAGCAUUGUCCUUCAAGGUCAAAGAAAAUUCUUUCCCACGACAAUAGUCCAAUAGUCCUUCUCUUUUAAUCUCUCUGCGUUGCAAUUUCACUGAAUUCCACUAGAUGGAAUUUUUUUUUUAAAAGGAAUAAAAGCAACAGCAACAAUCUUUCUUUUUCCAGAAACACUUUAUCCAAAAUUCCCCCUUCCAAAUUCAAGAGGCAACAGUAGAAUCAAAAUGUUACCCUUCUUUUAACUAACUGUCGAGCUGGAUAAACUUCAGAACGUCAAUUCUGACAGCCCGCUCCUGGUUCAGGGCGGUGGAAAAUUGCUUUAUUUUAAACUCACUCCCGCAGGAUUGAAAAGUCCAAAUACAACCCCCUUCUUCUCCUGCAGUCAAAGGGGGGGUUCAGAAAUCUUAGAUGUUGAAUUCUAGUUCUCUUAGAAUUUAAUUUUCAAGCUUUAGUAUAUUUUGUCUUUGCUUUCUUCACAUAACAAAAGAACGGAGGCUGACUUCCUGUUUAGACCUUUCCGUUCCGAGUCCCGAUUAAGUUCAAUUUCAAGUCCAAUAUUAUUUGUUUAUUCACCAGUCUUAAAAGUGGUUCAACUCUUCCAAGAUCAGGUACUCACGGAUAGAUGUUUUAGAUGCCAAAUUGUCCAGGAAAAAGGCAGCGCUCUCCGAUAACGGCAGUGCGGCUUUGCUGCACGGAGGAAGCAGUCGACUCACAGCACCACGCACCUCCCGCUCCGGAGCCCGUUACCGGGCUCCUGUACAAGGGGAGAGAGCGCUCACGGUGCCCGCCGAGUCCCACGUCCACAGGCUUCUUCCGCCUGUGGUUUUGGAGGGUCCCCGCUGCGCCGUAGCGGCAGGACCCAAGCCUCCGUGCAGCGGGUUCCCUUCAGUCCGAAGGGAAUUCCGCCAUUUCCCGGAGGCGCCACCCCGGAAGUGGAAACCGCAGGUUUUUAGAGUUCCCUUCAAAUGCAAACCAAAUCCAAUUCUGCCCAUCCCCAGUUGCGGCAGAGGACAUAAGGCACCCCAAAGUUAGAUGCAUAAGAGGAGAAUUAUGAAUUUGUACCUGUCGUUUAACCAGCACUGUUGCUUCAACACUUCGUUUCAUAACUGAGAGUCAGACGAUGUUCCCUGAGUCAACAACACAUAUCACCAAUAGCUUAGACAGCCCACACCUAGUUCAGUGGUGUAUCCCGAUUUCAAGAGAUGUCAAAUAAAUCUGGAAAUACCUGCUAGUUUCUCUGGGUCUAGCCCAUUAAGGACAUCCACCUGAACACUUGUAAUAAGAGCAAUUAUAACAUAUCUGGACUGUGUUGGACUCCUCUGAAGGAACAGGUAUGCCAUCUAGGUAUGCCAUUGGCAUCCGUCCAUCUUGGGAGACGAUGGAGGAGUGUGCCUUUGGGGUUGAGGUCAAACUAUUGGAUGGUUGCAACGCCUGCAGUGACUGUAGAGACCGAAUUGGGAGAGACAUGUUUUGCUGCAGCUGAGCAGAUGAAGGUGUCCUGUUGUGCUUCUCCCAGCAGCCAUUUCUCCCCCGGUCACUGCUGUGAAUGCACAGAUUGACUGUCUGUCUCUGCGGUCGUCUGUAAGGGAUUCCCACAUGGGAAGGGUCAAUGUUGCCAACCUUCAUGUCAUGUCUUACAAACAGCAGUACAGUGGUACCUCAGGUUAAGUACUUAAUUCGUUCUGGAGGUCUGUUCUUAACCUGAAACUGUUCUUAACCUGAAGCACCACAUUAGCUAAUGGGGCCUCCUGCUGCUGUUGCGCCGCCGCUGCAUGAUUUCUGUUCUCAUCCUGAAGCAAAGUUCUUAACCUGAGGUACUAUUUCUGGGUUAGCAGAGUCUGUAACCUGAAGCGUAUGUAACCCGAGGUACCACUGUACUAGGGGCUGCCACCCCUGUUCACUAUGGGAAUGUUCAGGGUGGCAGGAGAGGAUACAUUGUUUAUUCAUAUCCUUCCUAACUUGCACUAGCAAGUUCUUUUACUUAGUAGAGUGCAUUCCCCUUUACUAGUUGCAAACUCAUGUGAGUUUCUUAAGACAAUACAUAAUUCAAUCUGGCUUGUCCAGAUUGAAAUGUGUUCUAAUAUUUUUCCUGGUAAGACCCCUUGAAUCCCCCCUAAAAGAAUAAAGACACCACAGUCUUAGUCAUAAGUAAUAAAAAGAAAGUUUACUCACAAUCAAGCAGAGCGCAGUGUGAUCCCUGAAGGCAAGCUUUAGGCUUAAAGUUACAAACUUAUACUAACAGGUUUACCCUAUAAGGGAGAUGACCUGGGGGACUGCUUGGCUGGCAACCAGCAGUUCAUUCCAGGAAGUUUGCAGGACGAAAAGAAGAUGGAGAAGAGAAGGGUGGCAGCAUGCCUUGUCCUUUUACCAGGUCUGGAAAGGUCAUGCUCACCUACUAGUCACAUGCGAAGAAAGAUGUUCCAGACCAGGAGGAACAGGAAGUUUCGACUGGCUAGAUCAAACAUUUCUUUGCAUGUCCACUCUCGCAAAACAAGGAAUGUUGUAUUUGACUGCUCCCAAUGGAUUACAUCCCACAUUCACUCCAUGUACCAAACCUGCCUACCUGACAACUUCUUUGGUGGCUCCCCGUCCUUCACAUCUAGCUAACUGCUCCUCUUUUUACAUCUGACCAGACCCUCCCCACUCUUUACAGCUGCCCUAUCCCCUUGCCUAUCCUUUCACAGUUGUCUCCUAGCUUUUUCACCUUUUAAAGGAGGUUGGGAGGAGCUUUGGAGAGCACUUGGACAAACUGCUUUCUAUAGCACCUCCUCUCCAUUGUUAAACAUCUUGCCUGGGCUGCCUGCCACCUGUGUUGCUUGCUCGCUUGCCUGCCUGCCUGCCAUUCGGUCAUCGGUCCUGACCAUUGCCCAUGAUGGCUGCCACGCAUGAAGGGAGAGGGACAGUGUGGUGUAGUGGUUAGAGUGUUGGACUAGAACUUGGGAGAACAGGGUUCGCAUCCCCACCAAGCCAUGAAUCUCACUUUGUGUGACCCUGGGCCAGUUGCUGCCUCUCAGUUUAACCUACCUCACAGGGUUGUAGUGGGAAGUCAGUGAAGAGAGGGAGAACCAUGUAUGCCAGGGGUCAGCAAACUUUUUCAGCAGGGGGCCAGUCCACCGUCCCUCAGAACUUGUGGGGGGCCGGACUAUAUUUUGGGGGGGGGGGGAAUGAACGAAUUCCUAUGCCCCACAAAUAACCCAGAAAUGCAUUUUAAAUAAAAGGACACAUUCUACUCAUGUAAAAACAUGCUGAUUCCCGAACCGUCCACAGGCCGGAUUUGAAGGCAAUUGGGCCGGAUCCGGCCCCCGGGCCUUAGUUUUCUUACCGAUGAUGUAUGCCCAUCAUGAACUCCUCAGAGAAAAAAGGUAGGAUGUGAAUUUAAUAAAUAAAUAGUUUGACAACACUGUCUACCUCCCUCUCCCCGUUUUAAAGAAAAAAUAUAAAUGUAUCAUGUGAAGGGGCCCAACAGGUUAUUGAUUCUGUUCUAGAAACAUCUGACAGAUUUAUAGCCGUCUCGCCUCUUCCUCCUGAUUUGUACAACCUUUAUUCCUUUUGCUUCCCCUGCCUUUUCAUCUUGAAGGGAGCUGCAUAAUGCAACUUAAUUUACCUCACGCUGUUACUCUUCCUUCUCCACCUGCUGGGUGUGGGUUCAAGCCAUUGGGGAGUACCGAGGGGCAGGCAGGAAGAAAAGAACUGAUGGAAAAACAGGGUUGGAUGUUAAGCAACCCCCUCCACCCCAUUUUGCAGCUUUUUAUUUGUUAAUAAGAGUUUAAAGCCUCAGCCCCACCCACUCCCUCUGUUCCUCCUCUUUAAAGUCGCAACUUCAGCCGACAACCCGAAAAACUUUUUACAUUUGAUCUCUCAAUGGAGUUCGUGAACUGGUUGCUAACGGUUACUAUGAUGUUAGACAUCUGGGAAUAGCCCUAAUCAAAUAAACUGCUGACUCAGUUAGGCUGGAUAAACCCAGACUAGUGAAUUAUUAGGUUUGACAUAAUGUUAUAUUUAUUUUUUCCUUGUGUUCAGAUGUCUCUGGCGAACAGGCCCUGUCUGAAAGAAGGAUAUACAGGGUUUUUGAGUUGUUGGGUUGUUUUUUUUAGUUGAGGCAGAUAACGGCGCUAUAUCCCUGACAUAAAAGGCUUCUGCUCAAUCAGUGCGUAUUCAUCUGGCCAGCGUUUUGGAGAAUUUGCCAACUAAAGAAGCCACAGAGACUUUUCGUUGCUAAGUUAACUAUGAAGACAUAUGUGUCUGUAUACGAGAGAGAGAGAGAGAAGAGUGUCUGGCAUUGCUUGGGAAAUCUAAGAAACAAGUGCAGUAUUAAAAUCAGUACAGUUCUGAAUGCUUUGGUCCACCAUCUUGAUUCCAAAUGGCGUCCGAUGGUCUGAAAACAUAGAAGAAAGCCUUGUUCUUCCAUCUCAGGCACUGUCAUGCCAAAUUAGGCGAUGAUAUCCCAAGAGUCAUCCGAACGCAUAGAGAACAGAUGGACAGACGCUUUCCUAAACGCACGCACGCACACACACACACACACACACACACACUGCCCAUGCUUUCUCCAUGAUUUUAUGGGGAUUGGGGGUGCAAUGUAAAAACAGCCCCCCCAGUUCAGAUCAGGAGCAGCUAUCUUCCCCCCCCCUUAAGAUGAAGCAUUUUUUUAAAAAAAUUAAAAGGCGAGGGGAAGCCCUAGCAACCUCAUGGUAAGGUAAGAAGACAUAGGAACAUAGAAAACUGCCUUACAAAAUGUCAUACAGUUGGCCCACCUAGCUCAGUACUGCUUACACAGGCUGGCAGUGCGCUUUGAUGGCCCCUCAGAAAUAAUUUUAGGAUGCAAUCCAAACUUCCUAUGUGCAAGGCGGGGGCGGGGGGGGUUGUUGGUUAGAAUGGCAGAGCUGCCCCUUCACCUAGCCCUGCUGGCCUGUGCCUGCUCAUUUACUCAGAUGCUGCCUGCCUGUGUCUGUUGUGUGUGUGCGUAAUAGUGUAAUAUAGCUAGAAAGCAAACAGAAGAAUGAAUCACACCGUUCUGUGUAAUGUAUAGUUUGAACCUCAGACAGAAGACCUUUGCCACGCAUGCCAAAUUUGUUUCCCAUCAUCUGCCAUUGAGUGUGCAAAACUUUGCUCGGCAAUUAAAAGGAUUUAAAGACUCAGAACUAGGAGACCGGUGUGACGCAUUGCCCUGGCACCAGUUUGUUACUUGGCUUAAUAGUAUAGAAGUGAGUUAAUCUCUGAGCUUAAUUGAAUUGAAGGUGUCAUGUCAAAAGAUAAACAGUGUACGCACAACCUCGGUUAAAGGCUCUGGCACCAGUUCUUCUGUAGAAAUGGAAAUGUUUCCUUUUGCGGAGGGGAGCCUGUGUAUAAAAUGCGAGGCUGAGUAGCGUAAUUAGAUCACAGGGUGGUUUAAUUUCUUGUUUCUUGUUGUGUGAGGAAUUGAUUGUGGUUUCUGUUUACCUUGAUCAAGCAGGUGGUGCUUGAUGGUCAUUUCUGACAAUAAAAUAAAAAUAUGUUCAGGGACAGCCAAAAUGAUCAAGGGUCUGGAAACCAAGCUUUCUAAGGAACAGUUGAGGGAGCUGGGUAUGUUCAACCUAGAGAAGAGAAGAAUGUGAGAUGGAAUGAGAGCCAGCUUCUAAUAUCUGAAGGGCUGCCACAUGGAAGAUGGAGCAAGGAAGCUUCUCAGCUGCUCCAGAUUGCAGAACCUGAACCAGUGGAUUGAUAGAAUCAUAGAGUCAGAAGGGACCCAAUGGAUCAUUUACCAUGCAGGAGCUAUGCAUCCGUACAGGGAUCAAGCCUUGGCCUUAUCAGCUCCACGCUUUAACCACCUGAGCUAAUUCAAAUGACAAUAAAGGAGAUUAUGACUGAACCUUAGAAGAACUUUCAGGUGGUUAGCAGCUGCUCCACGAUGGAACAGGCUGCCUCAGAAGACUCUUGCGUUGGAGGUUUUUCGAAGAAGAAGAAGAAGAAGAAGAAGAAGAAGAGGAGGAGGAGGAGGAGUUUGGAUUUGAUAUCCUGAUUUAUCACUACCCUAAGGAAUCUCAAAGCGGCUCACAAUCUCCUUUCCCUUCCUCCCCCACAACAAACACUCUGAGGUGAGUGAGGCUGAGAGACUUCAGAGAAGUGUGACUAGCCCAAGGUCACCCAGCAGCUGCAUGUGGAGGAGCAGGGAAUAGAACCCGGUUCACCAGAUUACGAGCCUACCGCUCUUAACCACUGUACCACACUGGCUCCCUGUCAAGGAUUCUUUCACUGUGAAUUUGAGAGGAUGGCCUGGGGCAGGCUCCGGCAGGGAGUACCAAGAUUGGAGGUGAAGCUGACACAAAAAAAGAGGUGGGAAAGUGGGUGCAGCACCUCUGGGUGACAAGAGGAGGAUCUGGAGCAGUGUCCUGGGAGUCUGUGCCACUGGGACCCACCUUGAGAUUUGACUCCUCUCCUGGAACAUCCUCCUCCCCCAGUGCCUUGACACAGCCUAUUCCAACGCAUUGGGCUCCUCCCCAGAGUCGUCAGUGGGCAGUUCCUCCAGUACCCUGCUAGACUUCCCCACUCUGGUUCCUUUCACAUAAUAAUAUUAAUAAUAAUAAUAAUACAGUGGUACCUUGGGUUACAUACGCUUCAGGUUACAGACUCAGCUAACCCAGAAAUAGUGCUUCAGGUUAAGAACUUUGCUUCAGGAUGAGAACAGAAAUUGUGCUCCGGCGGCGCGGCAGCAGCAGGAGGCCCCAUUAGCUUCAGGUUAAGAACAGUUUCAGGUUAAGUACAGACCUCCGGAACGAAUUAAGUACUUAACCCAAGGUACCACUGUAAUAAUAAUAAUAAUUAAUAAUAAUAAUAAUACCCCACCCAUCAAACUUUAAAAACUUCCCUAAACAGGGCUGCCUUCAGAUGGCUUCUAAAAGUCAGAUAGUGGUUUAUUUUCUUGACAUCUGAUGGGAGGGCGUUCCACAGGGUGGGCGCCACUAACAAGAAGGCCCUGGUUCCCUGUAACAUUAGUUGUUGCAGUGAGGGAACCACCAGAAGGUCCUCGGAGCUGGACUUCAGUGUCCAGGCAGAACGAUAGGGGUGGAGAUGCUUCUUCAGGUAUACUGGGCCGGGGCCAUUUAGGGCUUUAAAGGUUAGCACCAACACGUUGAAUUGUGUCUGGAAACAUACUGGGAGCCAAUGUAGGUCUUUCAGGACUGGUGUUAUAUGGUCUCAGCGGCUGCUCCAAGUCACUAGUCUAGCUGCUGCGUUCUGGAUUAGUUGUAGUUUCCGGGUCACCUUCAAAGGUAGCCCCAUGUAGAGCGCAUUGCAGUAAUCCAAGCGGGAGAUAACCAGAGCAUGCACCACUCUGGUGAGACAGUCUGCGGCCACAGGGCCAGCCAUAGUAUUGGGAAAAGCAAGGUGAUAGUCUCACGCCUUUGCCCCUGACCAGCGGCUGCUCUCCAAGGUCUCUCAGGCUGCAAUCCAACUGGAGAUGCUCUGGAUUGAGCCUGGGACCUUUAUUUAUUUAUUUUUUUGCAUGUGGGGCACGUUCUCUAUCCAGCAAGCUAUAACUUCCCCACUGGCUUUGCUCUUCCAUCAGACAUCAUUAGCUGUGCUCAUGGACCCUAUGACUGUCUAUAUGCCCAGGCACCUUGUGAUGGGGUUGAGUUAAUUGGCUUAAACAUUAAUGUUUAGCUUUUUGGUAUGUAACCUAUUGGCAGCUGGUACUGAUGCCAAAACGCAGCGGAGAGUGAAAUUCGAAUAAUACCUUUUAUUUCCAUUUGACUGCGUGGUGGUAAAAAUAGGUUGGCGGGGUCAGAAAGUGAAAGGUAGCUGGCAAUUGCUAUCCUUCCCUUUUGAUUAAAAUGGAUGGCUUGUUAGAUAUUGAGCACAACAAUUUCUUUCUACAGGACCUCUGUGCUUCUGUUACAGCAAUAAAGCCUUUUCUGCUUUUGUGCAGCUACGACAACCACCUUUUAGUGCAACAGCAUCCAAACUAUGGAACUGCAUGUCUUUUUUUAAUUUCAGAAUAUUUAUUUUUAUUUUCUGUACUAAGUAAGGAAACCUAUUUACACAGAGGAACGCACUUGUUCAGUAAAAGCAGCAGGUACGCUUGCUUUACAGUAACUUAAUUCUGCCCUUGAAAAUUUAAAAGACAACAGCAAAUAGGCAACUGCUCCCCACCUGCGGAAACCAAUAGUCUUGAUGGUUCCAAGUAUUAUAGUCUUUGUCAUAUUACACAGCAGCAGAAAAACAGGCCAAGGAAGUAGUUAACAGUUAAUAGAAUUACAGUGGUACCUCCGGUUAAGUACUUAAUUCGUUCCGGAGGUCUGUUCUUAACCUGAAACUGUUCUUAACCUGAAGCACCACUUUAGCUGAUGAGGCCUCCUGCUGCCGCUGUGCUGCCGGAGCACUAUAUCUGUUCUUAUCCUGAAGCAAAGUUCUUAACCCGAGGUACUAUUUCUGGGUUAGGAGAGUCUGUAACCUGAAGCAAAUGUAACCUGAAGCGUAUGUAACCCGAGGUACCAAUGUAAUUUAUAAAUAAUCCAAUCCAAUCCAAUCCAAUACAACAAUACAAUACAGGAGAAGGAAAACUCUAAUCCUAAACCUCCGCUGCCUUGCAGGAUAUCUUCAAGAGAAGAAAAGGUGUUACCUCAGGUUAAGAACUUAACUCGUUUUGGAGGUCCGUUCUUAACCUGAAACUGUUCUUAAUCUGAGGUACCACUUUAGCUAAUGGGGCCUCCUACUGCCGCGCGAUUUCUGUUCUCAUCCUGAAGCAAAUUUCUUAACCCAAGGUACUAUUUCCGGGUUAGCGGAGUCUGUAACCUGAAGCGUCUGUAACCUGAAGCAUCUGUAACCCGAGGUACCACUGUACAAAUCCAGAGUGGAAUCCCUAAGGCGGUUGGAAGGUGCCUUGUAUGCUUCCUUCCAGCAACUCCUGUAGCCAAUCUGGUGCCAAACGUGUUGCUCUGCUUUCCUUUGGACCACAUCAGCGAGGCCAAGAGGGGGGUCUUGUGGUCUGGGCAGCCCUGGACCUCCAUACACACCGCCAUCCAACCUCUGCUUGAAAAACCUCCACGGAAGGAGAGUCCACCCCCUCCUGAGGGAGUCCGUUCUGCUGUUGAACAGCUCUUCUUGUCAGAAAGUUCUUCCCGAUGUCUAGCCAGAAUCUCCUAUUUUAAUAGUUUGAAUCCAUUGGUUCGAGUCCUCCUCGCUGGAGCAGCAGAAAGCAAGCUUGCUCCCUCUUCCAUUUUUGCAGCCCUUCAGGUACCUGAAGCCUAGAAUUGCAUUCAGAAUGGGCAACAGGCCUGUUCCUUAAAAUACAAAUUCUGCGCUCUCUCUCUUUCUUUCUCUAGCCUUUUUAUAGUGUAAAGCUUCGUUAAGUUCUCCAGAAAGCCUCUUUGGUAAUUUAAGCCCUCCCUGGGAGUAAUUCAAUGUGUGGUUUAAUCAUCGUUACUAACGGUAGAUUAAAUAGUCAUAGGAAAACAGAAAAAUACUUGCAGUGCCAUAGCAACUGCUGCGUGACUCAGGACACAGGCAAUUGCGACCCCCUUCCUCGCUUCCAAAGCAACUCUCUUGGCUCCCUGUGAUAUCAGAAACGCAGCAGCAGCUGUGGAAAUAUGUCAGGAUGAUCCUCCGUUUGCAGGACAGGGCAAUUUGCCCUCCGUCAAAUGGCAAAUAAAAUGGUGGGCAGGGACAUAUUUCACUUGGAUAUAAACAGGGAAUUUACUCAUCCUACACCCAGGCUCAGACACGGUUGCCAUCUUUUUCCCCCAGCCAAAGUUAAGAGAAAUUUCUUAUCUGUUUGUGAGUUGGACUGGCUGCUGCCUCGCCCUUGCCGGAGGUGUUUAAGGAAGGACUGGGUGUGCCAUUUGUCAAGAAUGCUGUAGUGUCACGCUAAAUCCAGAAGUCCGUAAGACUUCAUGAUAGUCACAGCCACCCUCCAUCCCCUAAGAUUAUACCACCUUCCUUGAUUAGAAAACAAUUUUAUAAUUUGCACUCUUACAGGUGCCAUCUAAUAUCCAUUCCGUGUUUGCACGAAAGUGACUUUUCGGUGUGGCAGCACAUAUCCUUUGGAACUCCCUGCCGAUUGAUAGUAGGCAGGUGCCUUCACUGCGGUCUUUCCGGCACCUGUUUAAAACCCAGAUGUUUAGAAAGCUGACGCAAGUUUUAAUUUGUUUUUAGUCUUUUGUUAAUUCAACUUUUUGAAAGGCUUAGAUUAUUUCUCUUAGUGCUAAUUUUACUCUUUUAUCUUUUUUGUAAACCGCUUUGAGGGUAGUUUUUUUGAGGGGUUUUGCAACCUAGCAGGGUUUAAAUGUUACAAAAGAAAUAAAUGAAAUAAUUAUACAAUAAUAAUGACAACAACAAUAAUAAUAAUUAGGAAUGCAUUUCAACAAUGAAUGUGUUGCACACCAUUCUCUUGAAACGAAAGCUUCUUGUGUUUUCAGUGCUCCCAAAUUAUUUAUUGCCAUUAUUAUUAUUAUUAUUAUUAUUAUUAUUAAAAUUUGUACACUGCCCUUCACCUGAAGAUCCCAGGGCAGUUCACAAAAAAAAUACAAAAUGAGAGUACAAAAUACGUAAUAAAAGAAAAAGAAAAGCAAACCAAUACCCCCCUCCCACAAGCACAUUUAAUUGCUUAGCUUUGGAGCAAACAGAUGUUCUUCCCAUGUGCCUUCUUCAGAGUGACCCUGGAAGCCAAUCCUCAGUGGCUGAUUCAUAUCCUUAUACUCUGCUUGGCUCCAAUCAGCACAAAGGAUGAGAAGACCUUCUCAGUAACUACAUUGGGGUGUGUGUGUGCUGUUGCAUGCUGUUACAUGCUUGAUGUGCAACUCAUGCUUCUGACGACGCACAAUGCGUGUGUAAUUGUCGCAUUGGGAGGUCGAUAGUGAGAGGAGGCCAGUCCCCACCGCAUGGCAUGGCGUUGCGCUCACUCAGCUCCUGGCAGAGGAAGUGAGCUUGGCGAAGGGCGUGGAGGCAUGAUGGGACGUGUAGUCCCUACUCGCCCUGCCCUGGGCUGGGCAGCAGAGGCGACGACCCAUUGGGAGACAGUGCAAUGGCAGGGCCGUGAAGUCCUUUUGAAGAGUUUGGAUUUGAUAUCCUGCUUUAUCACUACCCGAAGGAGUCUCAAAGCGGCUAACAAUCUCCUUUCCCUUCCUCCUCCACAACAAAUACUCUGUGAGGUGAGUGAGGCGGAGAGACUUUAGAGAAGAGUGACUAGCCCAAGGUCACCCAGCAGCUGCAUGUGGAGGAGCGGAGACACAAACCCGGUUCCUCAGAUUACGAAUCUACUGCUCUUAACCACUAUACCACACUGGCUCUUUUGCUGCUACUCCAGAUGACCUUGUGGGACCCCCACAGUGAAAUGCCCCCGGGACCCUUUAGACCAGUGGUUCUCAACCUGUGGGUCCCCAGAUGUUGUUGGACUACAACUCCCAUCAUCCCUGAGCUCUGGCCUUGCUAGCUAGGGGCGAUGGGAGUUGUAGUUCAACAACAUCUGGGGAGCCACAGGUUGAGAAAGGCUGCUCCAGACAGUCCUGGUCACUCCAUCGUGAGAACAGCACUGGUUGAAGGAGGCCGACCAUCUGGCUCUGUGCUUGGUCUCCUCUGCCCCCUCAAGAUUGGGUGGUUCAGCCCCAUCCCAACAGACAUUGUGGGGGCUGGAGACACCGUAGCCCUAAAGAGUUGGCAGGGAUGCUUCCAUUUUCAUGCUCAUGGGGCAACUCCAGGACUCUGGGGACAGGAAGCCCUUUGAGACCCUGCUGCAGAAAUAUUAACGGGCCUUCAACGGGCCGCCACUCUGAAACACUACACAAUUGGUCACAUCCUGUACUGCAGAACCUAGAGUGGGCAGAUCACCUUCCAGGUGUGACCGUUGCAAUUCUAUGUGGCUCCAUCCUAACUCACCUGCAAACGACCGGCCUUUGUGUCCUUUGCUUGGGAACUGUUCCCCCACCCCCGCUUCCCGCACCUGGAAGGACAAAGGCCCUCUUGUGCAAUCUGAAGUGUCAGCUUGGCCAGAGAUCAUUGGAAACGAGAUGCUGAUCCUGUGUCAACUCGGUGGCCAAGGAGGGGAGCCCACUUCCCCUUCAGCUACACCCUGGCUGAUUCAUGGGGUGUUUCCCCUUCUGAUCCUCUCUGGCAGCUCAUGAAUUUAUUGCCAAACCAGAAUAAUAAAAACAUCAGCAAAGUUGUAUCUGUUCCAUGGCUCUGCUGAUGUGGGAGAGGUGUGAGGAAAGGGCGUUUUGUUCCAUGCUCCUGACACUCCAUAGCUUUGGGUGGGUAGACAGUGGACCUGUUCUUCUCGAGGUGAACAGGUCCAGAGCUUUGACAUGUGUUGCUGAGCUACUCAGAUCCACCCACAGAACUGGGGCUGCAGUGUUCAGUUCAUUCGUUGGUUAGGUUUUUAAUGAGGAAUUAUUUUCAAUAAAUCUGAUUAUAUAUAUUAGGGGCUGCCACCCUUGCUUGCACAGCUGGCCAACCCCACCUCCUUCCACCCCCUCCCACCCCUUCCCCUAUCUUGCCAACCCUUUACAACUCACCCAACCCCUCAUCCCCUCACAGCUCUGUCAAGCCCCUCAUAUCCUCACAGUUUCUCAAGCCCCCCCCCCAAUAUCUGUACAGCUCAUCCCUGCUUCAUUCAAAUCUUUGCUGUUGUUAAGAGCUGCUUUCUGACAUCAUUAAAAUCCAGGAUUGUGAUGUAGCACUACAAAUGUUCAAAUGCGGACUGCAUGAUGACAGACUUGCGUUUUUAUGUCUAUAGGAAGAUAUAUAACUGAGCCAAAAUUUCUCAAAGACCUGCCCUACCAGAAACAUUUUUUACUUUUUUGGGGAGGGGGGCACCUGCUAUCUCCCCUGAUAUCAAUGCUAACUUCUCUACUAAUAAGCUUUCACACAAGCUGUGAAAAAGUUUGAUGUGUUUCAGAUGUCCAUUCUAUCUAUUCUAUUUGAUAAUUUUUCUCAAUUUCUGAGGUUUCCCUUUCUUUUCUGCUUUUUAAAUCCUUUGCUAACUUAUCUGAAAAUCGAUAAAAAAUACUUUAAAAAAAAAAGAAUUACAAGACCACAAAUGACCUGCACCUUCUUAGAAGUUUAUAUUCCUGUCUUAGAAGAGAUGUUCCCCCUUCACUCCCACAAAGGGUCACAUCACUGGAAGUACAGUCAUAGCUUGCUUCUCAAAUGCCUUGGUACUCGUACAUUUUGGCUCCCAAAUGCCGAAAACCUGGAAGUAAGUGUUCUGGUUUUCGAACGUUCUUUGGAUGUCAAAUGGACUUCCAGAACAGAUUAUGUUCAAGAACCAAGGUACCACUGUUUUGCCUGCAGCGACAUCUGCAUGUGUCAAGUAUUCUCCCCUGCCCCCGGGUUAAGUAACAUUGCUGAAUUGCCAACAUAAAGUAAAGGGUAAAGGGACCCCUGACCAUUAGGUCCAGUCGUGGCCGACUCUGGGGUUGCGGCGCUCAUCUUGCUCUAUAGGCCAAGGGAGCCGGCGUACAGCUUCCGGGUCAUGUGGCCAGCAUGACUAUGCCGCUUCUGGCGAACCAGAGCAGCGCACGGAAACGCCGUUUACCUUCCCGCCGGAGCGGUACCUAUUUAUCUACUUGCACUUUGACGUGGUUUCGAACUGCUAGGUUGGCAGGAGCAGGGACCGAGCAAUGGGAGCUCACCCCGUCGCGGGGAUUCGAACCGCCGACCUUUUGAUCAGCAAGCCCUAGGCUCUGUGCUUUAACCCACAGCGCCACCCAUACGCAGCUGUAAUUGGACAACUUAAACAGGGACGAGUGAUCAACUGACUAUAAAACUAUAAAACAGGUACGGUUGAUCAACUGACUAUAAAAAGAAAGAAAGCUGAGAAUUUUAUGCAGUAGCUGUGUCAUGGAGUGGGGGUGGUGGUUCUUGAGAGCAGUAAAGGAGAAAGGUGACAAGACAUUUUUGUGUGACAUUUCUUGCUCUUUUAUGGGCAUCAUUCACCAAAGUGGUUGCACAUGGAACUUUUGGCCCAGGUACCGUUUGACGUAAUGCUUCCUUCAUGCUUGAGGUGGGUCAAGCACACUGGCUGAGGGCACCCUUGGAUCUCAUGUCCUUUUUUGGCCUGUUUGUAUUUUUAUUUUUGCUGUUGAAAUGUUGCAAACAUAUUGCAAGCACAUGUUCUUGGCAUGGGAUAUUUUUAACACCCCCCACCCCUAAAUUCCAAAUUCUGCUAUGCAUAACAAGGAAACCUAAAAGCUGAAAACCACAUUAGAAAAUGAUGUUUGGGGCGAGGGUGUGUGUAUGUGUGAGGUUACUCUUUCGCUAAUGGUUCAGAGCUUUCAUUGUUGUUGUUUUGUUUAAAGAGGUGGAAGAAGGCAUUCUGGCCACUAGCCAGAGAACAGGCAUGCUCUUAAUAACACAAAUGUAUAACUUUUUCCAGCACCCUCAGAGCAAUGCAGUCCAACCCAGGGACAUAGGAAAAUGGCCUGAGUUAGUCCAUUAGUCUCCCUGGCUCAUUAUUGUCUGCACUCAGUGUUUCUCAAACUAUCUGAUGUGGUGGACUGGCCGUUCCACCCGCUCCCCAAUUUGCCAGGGGUUUCGCUCUUUCCCCACAGUCGCCGGAAACCACAGGAAGGGAGAGGUCUCCUGUCCUCAAAUCUUGCCUGCGUGCUUUAUUAUUUAUUGUGAUGAUUUUUAAAAUUUCGAGAACGCCCUUCAUCUGAAGAUGGCAGGAAGGUUUACAAUGUAAAAGCACCAAAAUACACACCAAAAUAACAAAUAAAAACAACCCCCUGGCUGCAGUUUUAAAAGGCCAUAGGUGAUUUAAUGAGCCAAAAGCCUGGGAGAAGAGGACUGUUUUUGCCUGGUGCCUAAAGAUGUGCAGUGAAGGCGCCAGGUGAGUCUCCCUGGGGAGGGCAUUCCACAAGCAGGGAGCCACCACAGAAAAGGUCUGUUCUCAUGGAGGAGUCACAUGAAGAAGGGCCUCACAUGAUGAUUGCAGGGUCCGGGUCAGUUCAUGUGGGGAGAGGCUGUCCUUGAGGUAUUGCAGUCCUGACAGUGGAAUAGCCUCUCUUGGGAGGUGGUGGAUUCUUCUUCCUUGGAGGUUUUUAAGCAGAGCUUGGAUGGCCAUCUGACAUGGAUGCUUUGGUUGAGAUGCCUGCAUUGGAGGUGGUUGGAUUAGAUGACCCUCAGGGUCCCUUCCAACUCUACAAUUCUGUGAUUCUAAGCAUGAACUCUGCCACUGAGCAGUAGCUCCUUCCCAUAAAUCUUCAGGUACCUUAUUUUUGCACCAUUCUUGGGGAAUCCCUCCCAUGGGUUAAUGAAUGCCAGCCAACUAGACCUAGAACCACGACCAUUUCUCACUAUGCUUCAAAUAACUCUCUUCCACCAGUGUCUGUUUCUUCUGUCCACUUUGAGGUUUACAUCUCACAGCCUCUGAAUUGUUUAGCAGUCUUGAUUUAACGGGGUUGGCUUUUCAGCUCUCUGCUGUGACGGACCUCAGCAAACAAUAUUUUACAGAAAGGAGACGAAUGCUGGAUCCGGCAGUUUGGAGGGCCUUACCUCCUCCCUAAAUCAAAGCUCUUUUAUUGGGAUAUGCUGGAAGGAGUGUGGGACUUAUGGAAGCCUGGCUGGCCUGUGUUCAUGCUCUCAUCUGGAUCUGAUUCUCUCUGCUUUGGGUAAAUGAAAAGUGGUUUCUCUGCCGUUUGGCAUGGCGUUAUAUGCAGAGAAGUCAAGAUGAACCAGAAUGCUACGGAGAGAGAACUGUGUGUUAUGUAGCAAAGAACAAGCCAUGGCUGUGUCGCCUGCAUAGGAGGCAACUCCUAGGGCCUGAGGUCCUUUCUGGCCCCCCAAUAAAAUUUUGAGGGGGCCAGACUCCCCCAAAGUUAGCCAGGUAAGCCCCAACCUCCAUAACCGAUCACAUGGCAUGGUGCAUGCACACCAUUUGAAUGGUAAUAUCCAUCAUCUUUGUGGGGGUCCCUCAAAUAUUUUAUUGGGGGGGGGGUCUGAAGACUCCUCGGCCCCUGGGAGUUGGCUCCUAUGAAACAGUCCAAGCAAACGUCAGCCUAAUUGCAUUCGAGGGAGAAGAAUCACACCCAGAGGAGCAUAUGUAGCUCUUUGCAAACAAAACAAAAAAUGUGCAUUGUGACUAGUACGGUCAGCUUCAGAGCAUGGAAUAAGGGUCUCCUCUUUCGCCUCAGGCGGCAAAAUAUCUUGGGCAGGCCCUGCUUCACAAAAUCCUGGAGCAAAAGACUGAAAGCACUUAGAGAAUAUCCAGCUGCCUCUUCCUGCUGGUUUCCUCCCAUCCCCUUGCUUCCCACCCCACACCCCCCUCUGGAGCACUCUUGACUUAUCUCCAGAAUGCAGAGCCCUAGAUCCAGGUGUCUGAAAUGAAUGCAGACUUUGUGCAAGUCGGACCAGGGAGGAGGGUUAUGGUCUUGCUGUUUUCCCCCUUUCCUUAAUGCUUUCAAGACAAGAGAAUGCGGACGGCAGAUCACCCCAGAUGUCUGGACAGUAUAUCAACCCCAGGUUCACGCUUGACGUUGACUCAGCGUGUUUGAGAGGAAUCUUUGACCUCUGUCUGGUUCAGAAGGAAGAAGCCAUAACUUUCCAAUCCCAGCUGCUUCGGGAAGGGACGUCACUUUCGAAUGGCCAUCCCAGCUGUGUGCAAGGAUACAUCUGCACCUGGGGAUAGACAAAUCUGUCAAUUUGGGUUUCUCAUUUUUCCAGUCUAGAGCUGAUUUCCGUAUCAGUUUGCAGUUUUGUUUUGUUUUUUUAAGGUCCACAGAGAAAAUUCCCCAGCAUUUUAGUCUCCAUUUCUCUGAAUAUACACCUUCUUUUUGCAUGCAGUGUUGCCUGAUAGACACAUUUUUCAAGCAAGCUUCCUCCAUGUUGUGCAUUAAUGUACAUUAUUUUCGUGAACAAAUGCAUUCUUCUAUACACUUCCUCUUAAUGUGCACACACAUUGGAAAAUUGCACGUGAAGAAGUGCAAAUAUCCCUGCAUUGCAGGGGGUUUGACUAGAUGACCCUUGAGGUCCCUUCCAACCAUAGCUGUCAACUUUCCCCUUUUCUUGCGAGGAAUCCUAUUCGGAAUAAGGGAAUUUCCCUUAAAAAAUGGAAAAGUUGACAGCUAUGCUUCCAACUCUAUGACUAUGAUUCUAAGAUGCAAUUGCACUGAAUAAUCAAAUAAGGAGAAGAGGCACCUGACCAAAAAAAGAGAAAAGAACCUUUUAUUUUUUAACUCUAUUUUAUUUUUUUUAAGAAAAGAAGCCAUUGGUUUCAAAAUAGCAUCUAAUUCCCUCUCCGAUGACCCCCAGAAACCAUUGCCAUCAUUACAACAAUUUGCUGAAUCAAGCUCUUUGCGUUGGGAUAAUAUGCUACUAAGUGCUUCUCACAUGUAUUGCUUUUGGGAUGGAAACUGGAGCGAGCUCCCAGAGGUCUGUUUAGAAUUUGCUCUUCUGUAAUUUCCAUGUUAUGUUUCCUUGUUCGGCGGUCAGACUUGGAAAUGUUUGUUGGCAUUCCGUGUGCCUCGAGAUUUGGUGCGUUGCAUGUAGGCGAGGUUCUGCUCCAAGCCAGUGCACCAUGGGAACCACCAUGCCAAAAUCAAUUCACUACAUAUUUUUUAUGGCCUGCUGGGGGUCGAUCGACUCCUUUGCUUUUUUUCAGCCCCAGGCAGAUAGCAAAGGAACAAGUUCAUUAAAGUCCUGGGUGGGCCAAGAGAUGCCCGAUUAGGCAAGAGCACGAACUCCCAUCUCUAAACCUGGAAGGGAGCCUUAGAAGACUAUGCUUCAGAACCUGGUGGUACAACCCUACAUCUUUUAAGAGCAUAAUAACACAAGAAAAGCCUGCAGGAUCAGGCCAGUGGCCUUUCUUGCCCAGCAUCCUGAUCUCACAGUGGCCAAGCAGAUGCCUGAGGGAAACCCACAAGGCAGGAUUUGAGCGCAAGGAGCCCUCUCUCCUUCACGUUGGUGCCCAUAGUUUUAACUAUGCAUUGUGUAAAGAAGCUCCUUUAUCCUGAAUCUUCCAUCAUUCAGCUUCAUUGGAUGGGCACAAGUUCUACUAGCAUCAUAUUGGUUCCCAUCACAGCCUCCUGUGGCAGUGAGUUCCACAGUUUAACUAUGCACUGUGUGAAGAAACUCCUUUAUCCGGAAUCUUCCAACAUUCAGCUUUAUCGAAUGGCCACAAGUUCUAGCAUCACAAAGGAGGAAGAAAACCCUUUCUCUCUCCACGCCAAGCGUAAUGUUAUAAAUUUCUACCACAUUGUCUCUCACGCGCCAUUUCUCUAAGCUGAAAAACUCCACAAACGCUGCAGCUUUUCCUCAGAGGGAAGUUGUGCCAUUCCCUCGAUCAUUUUGCUUGCUCCUCUCUGAGAGAGACUGCAAUGGACAGGCUUUCCCAUCUCUAUCCGCAGUCCCACAAGGUUAUCUGCAUCCACAAUGGAAACUUGGUCAAGAUUUCCACAGUAACCGCAGGUAACCUUAGCCAUAACGGCCCCUCCCGGCUUUGCUGCCCUCAAUGUUUGGUCAUCACCCAGCUCACCCGCCAACCAUGACAUAAGUCCAAAAACAUCUCGGCUGACACCCAUGGAUUCUUGGGUUUUGCCGCAUUUCUCAUGACUUUGAGAAACAUGUACAGUGGUACCUCGGGUUAAGUACUUAAUUUGUUUCGGAGGUCCGUACUUAACCUGAAACUGUUCUUAACCUGAAGCACCACUUUAGCUAAGGGGGCCUCCUGCUGCUGCCACGCCGCCGGAGCAUGAUUUCUGUUCUCAUCCUGAAGCAAAGUUCUUAACCUGAAGCACUAUUUCUGGGUUAGCGGAGUUUGUAACCUGAAACGUAUGUAACCUGUAGCGUCUGUAACCUGAAGCGUAUGUAACCUGAAGUGUCUGUAACCUGAAGCGUAUGUAACCCGAGGUACCACUGUAUCUGCUGUCAUGAGAGAUGGAUGUCUAGCUGGAUUCCUUGAAAUACAGUGGUACCUCCGGUUACAUACGCUUCAGGUUACAGACUCCGCUAACCCAGAAAUAGUGCUUCAGGUUAAGAACUUUGCUUCAGGAUGAGAACAGAAAUCGUGCUCCAUCGGCGCAGCUGCAGCGGGAGGCCCCAUUAGCUAACGUGGUGCUUCAGGUUAAGAACAGUUUCAGGUUAAGUACGGACCUCCGGAAUGAAUGAAGUACUUAACCCGAGGUACCACUGUAUGUAGAACGGUUACGCCUUGAACAUGCUAUCAGGGGUGCAAAAUAUCAGGAUGAGGGCAUGCACAGCCUUGCUUACAGCCUGCAAGCAGAAUUCUGUUUGCCUGCAUCCUGCAAAGGGCCACCUCUGCCUCCCACUUCCUCUUCCCAGAAGUGAAGAAAUUUAUCCGUACUCAAGGACAAGAAAAUGUAUUUUUCAAGCGUGCUUGAGGCCAUUGUACAUCUACUCUUAGAAUGCGCUGAAUGCAUUCCGCAGGAAUCCACAGGUAUAAUGGGGGGGUAUUUUUUAGUUAGAGGAUGGAAUUGGGAAAUGGGAUUGGAAGAAGUGGAAGUACAGGAAAGAGGAUUCAUAGAAGUGGAGGAGAGGGAUGGGGAAAUAGGGGUUUGAGAGAGGCAGCAGGGUGUAGUGGUUAGAGUUUUGGGAGGGUGCUUUGUGAUAAAAAUGCAUCAUCCCAGAUUUAUGUAGAAACGAGGCAGAAUGGCACUUUGGAAAGACACAGAUCAGAAAUAUUCAUUCAUUCAUCCAUUCCAUUCAUAAACCACCUUUUCCUACAAGGAGCUCAAGGUGACGUUAGUGGUUAUCUCCCUAAUCCCCACAACAACCCUGUGAGGUAUGUUAGGCUGAAAGGCAGUGACAGGCCCCCUAAGGUCACCCAAUGAGUUUUGUGGCUGCCGGGGGAUUUGAACCUUGGUUUCCCAGGUCGUAGUUUGACACUCUAACCACUAAACCACACUGCCCCGACCUGAUCUGUCUAUCCCUAAAACAUGGGAUAUCUUACAGUGGAUGAUGAGAGGUCGAAUGGUUAAUGUUCCAUUGUUAUAGUUACCUUAUACUUCAAAUGUGUUGGGAUACAACAUGAGUCCGGGGGGGAGGAGGGGGCAUUCACUGAGACAAAACAGAUACACCCAGAUGGUUCAUAAGGUCUAGUUCAUGGCCCAAGUCAUAAACAUCUGCUUAAAAUAAUGUUCUACGGUGGGGAGCAUAAAAAGGGAAUUAAAUCUUUACUUCCUCUUCCAUGGCUAUAUGUUUGUCAGCUGGAAAUCCGAUACACCAGGCAAAUAUUAUUCCUUGCAGUUGUUGGCUAGAGUAUGAUUUUGUGUGUUUGAGGUCCGGUGGGUGGGAAAACAAUUGGAGUGUGUGUGUGUGUGUUCCCAGAUUUUGAAAUGGAAAAUGUUUCAUUUUUUUUUUAAACAGAGGGCACCAUCUGUAAAGGCCAAGUCUGCCAUUUAUUGAUAUUCCUUUAGUGUUAUACCCUGAGUCACAUCACCUGGGCAGUUCCUUAGGCUUUUAGUUUUGAGUUUUAGCAGAGGGCCUUGGAGCCUCCUCUGAACAAAGCUCUGAAUAAACUAUUCCUCAUUCUUGGUACCUGUUAUUGGACCCAGAAAUUUUACAUGGUGUCAGAAGUGGGGAAUGAGGAGCACGUUGCAUUAACUGGCUGACCCAUUCAUUGGGGAUGCCAAACAUCGACUUGAAGGCGCAUAAUGAUGCCCUGGGUUUUAAACAGCUGUUCAGUUUUUCAUUGCUGCCUGGCUUUGCUUGGGUAUUCUAAGAAACAAAACGAAACAAAAUCAGUUUUGAAAGUAGUGCAGUUGUGAAAGGUUCAAUCCACAAUCUUGAUCCAAAAUGGUAUUCAAUUGUUUCCAAACUUGGGGUGGGGGAUGGGACUGCUCCUUGAUCUCAGGAAGUACCAUGAGAAAUUCAGCUGAAGCCAGUGCAGUUUUGAAAAAUAUCAGUCUGAAUCAUGUUGGCAUCUAUCGAAUCACAAAUGAAAACCAUAAUGUAAAAUUUGGCUAUGAUAUCUGAAGUGGUGUUCAAAUAAUAUAUAGCCGAUUGUGCUCCCCCCUGUUUUUAACUCCUCUAUAUUUGGCUGGAAAAGCAAACAGUUUUUAAAUGAGCCAUACCCAGUAGAUUUAAACACUUAAAGAAUAUUGAGCCUGCUAUGGCAGGAUGAAGUGACUUCCUUCUGACAGGUGUCGGUGAUAGGUAGGAGCAAGAAUUUAUUUUAUUUUAUUUUUUUAUUUCACAACAUUCAUAUAGUGCUAUAAACCUCAACAUUGCGUGCACAAAAAAAGAUGCCUGAGAUGUUUGUUGGGGCACCAUUUGGGCGCCUGUUUCAAAGCAAAGGGUAACAUUCAACUCUAGCCCUACUCAGAGUAGACCUAUUGGAAUUGAGGGACACGACUAACUUAGCUUCAUUGAUUUCGGUGGGCCUACUCUGAGCAGGAUUAGCAGCUGGGGUUACCACUGGCUGUGUUGUGUUCAGAUCUGAUUCUGGCUCCCAUGGGGAUCCAGGGUGCUAGUAGUGGUCAGGACCAUGGAUAGCUCCCAGUGAGCAACUUUCUCUAAUGAAGGCAGAAAGCCAGCCUAGCCUUUGAAAAGUCUCUGCUUGCAGAUUGCCUUUCCCAGGCUCUGCCCUCUUGUGGAUAACUUUAGAGUCCUAAAAGCCCAACCCUGUGGCCUGAAGAGAGGCACUCCUCCUCAGUCCCAUAGCCUGGUAUGCUCCCUGUACCACCGGGUGCCUUGGGAGGCAUUGGGUUCCCCAGGCUUACAGGAAGGUGUGUGUUAGGGAAGAACAAGUCUUGCUGACACUGAGUCAGCAUGGCUUCAGCGAAGGUGAGCUCUGUCUCACUGACCUAUCAAAGUUAUUUGAGAGUGUCAACAACCAAACAGAUAAAGGUGAUCCCAGCUCUGCCCCUACAGGCCUGGUGGUAUAGGAGAUUGCUCUAUGGGCUCCUGUCAGCCUUGAGCUCAGGGACCUCCCAAAUUCAGCCCCUGAACUUUGUGUGUGUGUGUGUGUGUGUGUGUCUCCUGUUAUUCUUUUGUUUUUAAAAUUAAAACAAAACAUAUUAUCCAGAAACAGAUCAUCCUUAUUUCCCCCCCCCCAUUUUUCCUCCCUCCCCUCCCUCCUCCAUAGAACCCACCCACCCCCACCCCUGACGUCCCUCAGUUCCAGUCUUUGAUUUCUCUAAAAAUGCUGUUUUCUGCAUGUUACACACUUGUAUAGAUCCUCAAACUAUUUAGCUGAUUAUUAUCAAUAAAAAGUUUGUGAAUGUUUAUUCAAAGCCAGCCAAAGAGUCCAGUUCGCUUUGUUGUGUCUUCAGAUACGGUACUUUGUAAAGGGUUCCCAUUCAUCUUUAAAGUCACAGUUAUCCUUGUCCUGUAGCUUGUAUGUCAGUUUUACCAGUUCUGCAUAGUCCAUCAACUUUUCUUGCCAUGAUUCUUUAGUUGGGGUUUCUUCAGUCUUCCAUCCUUGUGCUAUUAAAACUCUUGUGGCCGUUGUCGCAUACAUGAAGAUGUUUUUCAGCUUUUUUGGCAUAUCUUUCCCUACAAUCCCUAAUAAAAAUGCUUCAGGUUUUUAAACAAAUGUUAAAUGGAACAUUUUCUUCAAUUCGUUGUACAGUGGUGCCUCGCAAGACGAAAUUAAUCCGUUCCGCGAGUCUCUUCGUCUUGCGGUUUUUUCGUCUUGCAAAGCACGGCUAUUAGCGGCUUAGCGGCUUUUAGCGGCUUAGCGGCUUUAAGAAAAAGGAAACAAACUCACAAGAACUCGCAAGACAUUUUGUCUUGCGAAGCAAGCCCAUAGGGAAAUUCGUCUUGCGGAACGACUCAAAAAACGCAAAACCCUUUCGUCUAGCGAGUUUUUCGUCUUGCGAGGCAUUCGUAUUGCGGGGCACCACUGUAUAUUCAGCCCCUGAACUUGAUCUGGAUUUAUAGCUGGGGAUUCUGCUGUCUCUCGUGCUGAAUCUUGGUUGCUGCUAGUCUCUGGGGUCAUGAGAGGCUGUUUGCCGUCCUGGCGACUGACACAAGAAGAAACAAGGAUUAUAGGCAUAUAGAGCAGAGAUCUUGCACCCACAGGCUGCCAGUUUGUUUCCAGGCCUGUUCCAAGUUGCUCACGUUAAUGUUUAAAGUCUUAAGCGAUUCGGGCCCAAAUACCUGAAAGGCUGCCUCCUUUCCUAUAGGCCCUCUUGGGUGCUAAGAUAUGCCGGGGGGAGGGCUCUUGGUUGUUCCACCAUCCUUAAAAGCUCCUAAGUUGUGGAACUCCCUCCUUGCAAAGGUGCGUCUUGCGUCUUCAGCUGUCAGCGAAUUCUGAAGAUCCACCUCUUUGUGUUCUAGCAAAACAACAAAUGCAGUAAGCUUAUUUUGCCCUUGACAAGCAAAGACACCAGCAGGGAAAAUCAUUUCCGGGCAACUUGUAAAGUUUUGAGUUAAAACAGUAUCCUGUUGAAAACUGUUCCUGGGGAUGGCUGUGCUGCCACAGCUGAGAUCUGGAAGUUCAGUCGAAGGAAAAUGUGUAACCGUUUUAGCUCCGCUUAAGGGAUUGCCAUCCUCCCAGAGUUAGCCAGUGGGAAUUCUGGGGAAUUUUGCCAGAGGAGAAAGAUGGCACCCCCUUUCAGAUGCCGCCAUUGCGGGUGGGAGGGGGGCAGUGGGAGGGAGAAAGGAGAUUAACUUCACAUAUGUUACUCCACUUGGGCUGGUGGUUCUUGUUUCAUGCUAUUAAUCUUCAGUUAUCAUUUGAUACACUGUUCUGAUCAUGACUGAGACAAAAUCACCUGCUGUUCACUGGGAACAUUUUCAGCCGUGUCUAAAUCCGCCCCAAGGUUUUCAACGAUUGUUUGCUUUCCAGAAGCAUUUGCCAGUCUAUUUGCAUUUCUCCCUUCCUUCCUUCCUUCCUUUCUCUCUCUCUCUCUCUCUCUCUCUCUCUCUCUUUCUCUUUCUCCGUUGACAAAAUUUGCCUUCAUUGAUUGGCUAUCUAGCAUUCACUUGUCGUCCCUAGUUGACUGGGAUCAUCCACAUAACUAAUGAGGAGGUGUUGAAUUAUUAUUAUUAUUAUUAUUAUUAUUAUUAUUAUUAUUAUUAUUACCCCACCCAUCUGGCUGGGUUUCCCCAGCCACUCUGGGCAGCUUCCAACAAAAGAUUAAAAAUACAUUAAAACAUCAGUCAUUAAAAACUUCCCUAAACAUGGCUGCCUUCAGAUGUCUUCUAAACAUUGAAAUCUCGGCCGAAUUAACUUGCCUUCUGUGAUCUCAUCCUCACCACUGUGCCCAACCGCUGCCCCCUCCCUCUGAUGCCAGGACUCACGAAGAAGCACCUCCAGCACUUUUCACCAAGCUGGAUUUGAGAAGCACAUAUAACCUAGGUAUGCCAGGGAUUCUUUGGCUGUGAGUCCAUCAUCGCAGGGGGUUGAACUAGAUGACCAUUGGGGGUCCCAUCCUACAUUGUGAUUCUGUGAUUAGAGUGCCGGGCUCCGUGUUGGAGAGAAGGGUUGAACGUGGGCGGAAAUGCAGUUGUCCUUCCAAAAACAAUUGCAGAGGGGAGUGGGAUUUGGGAGCGGGUAGCAUCCAGAGCAAAUUACAGAGCACAUCUUGCGUGUGUUGUUCUUUCCUAGGGUUCACCGACUUUGGAGUUUCCUGUUUGAAGGCUGAGCAAUAACACAAAGGUUGUAAUUUAUCUUAGUCACUCAACGUCAAGGCAGCCCCUCCGCUCCCAAGUCUGCGGCGCGAUCCUCCUGAGGGCACUUCCGUCCUUUCCUUUCCCUUUCUUGUUGCAAAGGGCAGGCACAUCCUGAGAGAAUGGGGCUGUGUGUACUUUGAGCCGAGAGCCACCAGCUCCUCCCGGGAUGACAUAGUUAAGUGCAAAGCACUUCGGUAAUUCCAGCUUGCCCGUAAAAAAGAUUAUAGGCCCUGGGAAGGGAAGUGGGGGACUCGGGCAUCCGUAAAAGUUUAAAGCAAACGGCGGGUUGUGCUGUGGGAGCCCUAGACAGUCUUUCGUUUUAUUUUUAGAAAGCAAUCUUGGCUACUUUUCCCUGGGGACAAUGUGAAACCUAAGGGCUCUGCUUUUGCAGAUACAGUACUGUAUUCUGCAUUCAGCUCACUGCCUGUUGUACAGUGUGGCUCAGUGGGCAGAGAAGCUGAUUUGUAUGUAGACCAGGCUUCCUCAACCACGGCCCUCCAGAUGUUUUUGGCCUACAACUCCCAUGAUCCCUAGCUAGCAGGACCAGCGGUCAGGGUUGAUGGGAAUUGUAGUCUCAAAACAUCUGGAGGGCCGAGGUUGAGGAAGCCUGAUGUAGACGGUCGUAGAUUAAAUCCCUGAUGUUUCCACAUAGGGCUGGGUGAAAUUCUUUAUCUGAAGCCCUGGGAAGCCACUGCCAUUCAUUGUAGGCAAUGCUGAGGACCACUGGCCUACAGUGGUACCUCGGGUUACAUACGCUUCAGGUUACAGACUCCGCAAGCCCAGAAAUAGUGAUUCAGGUUAAGAACUUUGCUUCAGGAUGAGAACAAAAAUUGUGCUCUGGUGGCGCGGUGGCAGCAGGAGGCCCCAUUAGCUAAAGUGGUGUUUCAGUUUAAGAACAGUUUCAGGUUAAUUACGGACCUCCGGAACGAAUUAAGUACUUAACCCGAGGUACCACUGUAUUUAGAAAAGGCAGCUUCCUUUGUGCUUAAUAAUGACAGAAUUUAACCUACAAUCUUAAACACACGCUUUUAACAACAACAAUAAUAAAAAGCAUGGGGCGAUCACAUCUUACGCACAUUUAACUUGUGCGGUUUUGGCUGCAUGCUGUUGAAGGGUAAAGGUAAAAGGACCCCUGACCAAUAGGUCCAGUCGUGGCCAACUCUGGGGUUGCGGCGCUCAUCUCGCUUUAUUGGCCAAGGGAGCUGGCGUACAGCUUCCAGGUCAUGUGGCCAGCAUGACUAAGCCACUUCUGGCGAACCAGAGCAGCGCACGGAAACGCCGUUUACCUUUCCGCCGGAGCGGUACCUAUUUAUCUACUUGCACUUUGACGUGCUUUCAAACUGCUAGGUUGGCAGGAGCAGGGACCGAGCAACGGGAGCUCACCCUGUCACGGGGAUUCGAACCGCCAACCUUCUGAUCGGCAAGCCCUAGGCUCUGUGGUUUAACCCACAGCGCCACCCACGUCCCUCUGUUGAAGGGAGGCCAAUUCAAAUGGUGCAAGAGAACUUAAAAGCUGUUUUGUGCCAUGUCUGCUUGGGGUUACCUGGCAUGGAAAGAGCUUGCUUGCUGGGGACAAGCCCAACUCUAGGAUGCUCAAUUGUGAGACAAUCCAUGAGUUUUCAUGAACCAUCUUUGGGCCACUCUUUGGUUGGGUGAUAAGGUAGAAAUAUUUUCAUAGAAUCAUAAAACUGUAGAGUUGGAAGGGACCCUGAGAGUCAUCCCCUGCAAUGCACGAAUCUUUUGCCCAAAGUGGGGCUUGGACCCGACCCUGAGAUUAAGAAUCUCAUGCUCUACUCAAUGGGCUAUCCCAGCUAUCCCAGUUUUUAUUUUAAUCCACCUGUUGAUUGAAAUUCUACUGGGGAAGGGCCAUGGUAGAGCAUCUGGCUUGCAUGUAGAAAGCCCUGAGUUCAAUUCCUGGCAUCCCCAGGUGGUGCUGAGAAUGCCUGAAACCUUGGAGAGCCAAUGCCAGUCCGUGUGUAGACCAGGCACAGGCAAACUCGGCCCUCCAGAUGUUUUGGGACUACAAUUCCCAUCAUCCCUGACCACUGGCCCUGUUAGCUAGGGAUCAUGGGAGUUGUAGUCCCAAAACAUCUGGAGGGCCGAGUUUGCCUAUGCCUGGUGUAGACAAUACCCAGCUAGAAGCACCAAUGAUCUGAUGGCGUAAGGCAGAUUUCUGCCUCCUAUUUAAAGGUAACACCCCCUCCUUUAUUUCUUUAAUCCAGUUCACCAUUUUACACUCUCGUAAUUUUCUGCUGAUGUGUUUUGGCUGCAGACCAGGACCUGAGACUCUGCACUCAUAUGGUUUCAAUAAAACAACAACAACCCCCAAACGCAGACAAUACGUCUUCUCGAACAUGGCUUCCUGUAAGAUUGGAGGGCGAUAGCGAGCAGCUAAUACUUUAUCAGAAGCAGAUAGACAUCUGAUGCUGUGGAUCUGCAUUAGCUAGGAAAGCAUCAUGGGCGCAACAGUUUGUGGAACGAGCCCAUCAGUCUUUUGGACAAAGAAGCGAGCAGACAAUGUUUUAUUUCGCAGAGAUUCUUAGAUUUAGCCGUGUUACUUAAGAAGAGGCGUUUGGCAAUGAGAGAUUAGAUUAGGCAGCAUCCCUCUGCAUUUUAGCGGCUGGCACUUGAUUCCUAUCUUCGUGCAUCUUUUCUCAAGCAUUUGGCUAAGGCUUAUCUAGCUGCCUCUUGCAAGCUUGUUAGCCGGCUAGGAGUGAUGCAGGCUGGCAGCAGGAUCCGAACUGGCAGCAGCACAGAAGCAAAAAGAGAGAUAAGUUGUCUGAGUGAAGAUUAUAAGGCAACUCCCAAUGACUAAAGCGGAGGAAGGUGAUAUUCUGGUUUUGUUUUGUUUUUUUAAAUUAAAAAACCCACUUGUGCUAGCGUUGCAUCUCACCUCUGUGUGUAGCUGUCAACUUUUCCCUUUUCUUGCGAGGAAUCCUAUUUGGAAUAAUGGAAUUUCCCUUAAAAAAAGGGGAAAUUUGAGAGCUAUGCCUCUGUGUGCUUAGUAGCAAGAGGAGCCCAAUAAGAACUGCCUGGCCAGAUCAAACUGAAUCUCUAGUCUAGUAUUCUGUUUCCAGCAAUGGCGGGAUAAUCCAUGGGGUGCAAAAAAAGUUCAGGUUUGUUCCAAACAUAGGAGCCAAUUGCUAGGGGCUUCUAGCAGAGAGGGCAGGUUGAACAGGCAACCGCAACAAGGAGGAAUAGGAGAGGCUGCAGAAAGGCCAGCAGGCAGCAAGGUUUGGCCAAACCAGGGGCCCCAGCAGGAACCCAAUGGAGCCAACCUCUCAUUGACCUGAAGAUGCAACCUAUAUGGCUUCACAUAGAACUGAAUUUUCAUUUUAUUUAUUUGCAUUUGUUUUGGGGUUGUUGUUUUGUUGCAAAUGCCUCCAGACUCGAGCAAGGGGUUGCAAAUGUGAAAUUGGGCUUGGGAACCUGCUUCUAUGCUGGGGAAGGGUUUGGGUUUUUAAAAUUAUAUAUAUAUUUCAUUGCAGUGAAUCAAACAAAUUGAUACAAUAAAAAUAAGGGAGGUACAAAAAAGCAGUGCAGUAUAUCCAGAAAAAAAACUUAAUAUUAGGUUGGUAGCGAACUUAAGACCACGAGGAAUGCCAGAUGUCAUGCUGUGCUGUACUGAGGGAGUCCUGUGAGUCUGCAUUUGUUGUAUAUAAAACAAAACCCUACCAAAAAAGUGUAUACUUUUUCAGGGUGUUCCAAGCUUUUGGCAACACGCAAUUUACGAGUUGUUGUCCCUCCCCCCCCAGCCAAUGCUAAACUCCACAUUUAAAAAAAAAAUACAAAAGUGAAAGUUUCAAGUUCUGUAAGGUUUUCCAUUUUGGGGCAAUUUUGAGGUUCUGGCAGCCACCACCGUCCCCGUCAAGAGUUCCCGAGAGCUGAAACCUUUCAGCUGAUUGUCCCAUAGAUUUAGUAAACAAAGCUGUUGUGAAAUUGGAACAGGAUGUUUGGGUAAUGUAAUGGUUCUAGGGGUUGCUCGUGCUUAAAUCGGCGCCCCACCUGGCUGGGUUGCCUGAGUGAACCUUUUCUGUCCGGACAGCCACUCGCCCGUGGCUGUCUCAAUCGCUGGCAGAAUCCGUCAGUGGGCGUUUCUUGAACUUCUUCCAGCACAGAAGUUCUUUGACGCCUAGUCUCCGCCUAGUCUCCCUGCGCGGAAGCCUUCUGCGCAGGGAGGGUGUGGGCAGCGGAGGACCCGUGCUCUCCCCGCUGGUCCCCGGCGAGGAGUCAUGGAGCCACCUCGCCGAUUCCCCCAUCUGCCCCCCUUCUCCACUGGUGCUACGCUGAUUUCCUUCCCCAGAAGAUGUGCUGCUUCUCUCCCUCCCGAGACGCUCUCCGGAAUCCCUCUGGAGCCCUCCCUCUCCCCCUGGCUCCGAUGGCAGUUCCCUGACAGGUAAUCUCUUGACAAAUCAUUGUCCAGAAUGGAAGGAUUUAUACUCUGAAGGUGCUCUGGCUGCCAGUGUGGUACAGUGGUUAUUGUUUUGGGCUAGGACGUAGGAGAGCAGGGUUCAAAUCCUGCACUCAGCCAUGAGGCUCACUGGGUGAUCUUGGAGGCCCAUCACUGCCUCUCAGCCCAAACUCACAAGGUGGCUGUUCUGGGGGUUAUAUGAAGAAGGGGAGAACUAUGUCCGCCACCUUGAGCUCCUUGGAGCAAGACACAGGCAAGACACAAGCAAGAGGGCACAGACUGUUGUGUCAUAAAUUCAGGCCUUAUACAGUGGUACCUCGGGUUAAGAACUUAAUUCGUUUUGGAGGUCUGUUCUUAACCUGAAACCUGAGGUACCACUUUAGCUAAUGGGGCCUCCCGCUGCCGCCGCGCAAUUUCUGUUCUCAUCCUGAGGUAAUGUUCUUAACCUGAGGUACUAUUUCUGGGUUAGUGGAGUCUGUAACCUGAAGCACCUGUAACCUGAAGCAUCUGUAACCCGAGGUACCACUGUAAUGAGUGGGAACCUCUAUUAACCACUGUGGUGAAGAGUUUUAGUGGAUGGAGCAUUGGGCUAAGACUUUGUUCUGCCACGAAACUUACUGGGUGAGACUGGGCCAGUUACAAACUCCCAACCCUAACCCACCUCACAGGGUUGCAUCCCCUCUAACAUUUCUCCAAUUAAAAUAGGGACGUCCUUAUAAACAAACAAACAAACAAACAAACAAACAAAUAAACACAUACCUCGCCAAUCUGACUGGAUUGCCCUGGCCAAUCUUGGCAGCUUCCAACAUACAGUGGUAUCUCGGGUUACAUACGCUUCAGGUUACAUAUGCUUAAGGUUACAGACUCCGCUAACCCAGAAAUAGUACCUCAGGUUAAGAACUUUUUUUCAGGAUGAGCACAGAAAUCGUGCUCCAGCGGCACAGCGGCAGCAGGAGGCCCCAUUAGCUAAAGUGGUGCUUCAGGUUAAGAACAGUUUCAGGUUAAGAACGGACCUCCAGAGCAAAUUAAGUACUUAACCCGAGGUACCACUGUAUAUAAAAACAUAAUAAACCAUUUAACAUUAAAAAAAAACUUUCCUAUACAGCACUGCCUUCAGAGGUAUUCCAAAACUUGGCUUGGGGAAGACACCCUCCAACAUUUCUCCGAUUAAAAUAAGGACGUCCUAAGGGAAAGAGGGACAUUCUGGGAUCAAAUCAGAAACUAGGAUGGCUUCUGUAAAUCCAGAAAAUAGGGACCUUUGGAAGUUCUGGGGGCUGUUGUGUGGAUUAAAUGAGGAGAGGGAGAAUUGUGCACCCCACCUUGAGCUCCUUAGCCAGGGGGAAGAUGGCUAUAAAUGCAGUCGCGAAAUAAAUAAAUAAACUGCCUGCCUAACAGGGCAGCUGUGAGCGGAUAUGGGAACAGAGCCAUGUACCCCACCUUGAAUUCCCUGAAGGGAAUAGCGGGGUCGUUUGCGAGGUUAAAAUGGGGAUAACGCCCAAUAUGUUACCCCUGAGCAACAUGGACAGAUAGAAAAAUAAAUGGAUAAAUAUUGCUUUCCUUCCCCGCCCCCGAGAUAUACUCCCUGGAAGCAGCUCUGCAUGAAUCCUUCAGGUUAAAUUAGAUCAACCUGCAUUAAUUGUCUGCCUCUAAAUAUAUUGUAUUUGGCCCAGAAAGUCAUAUAAAUCAAGGAUUUAAAAAGUCCUCGUCCCAAGCAGGUGGAACCUCUGUUUCCAUGUAAAAACAUAUUUCUACUUUGGCACUCGCCCUACAGGAUUCUCUCAUAAUCCAGGGCUCUUUCUUUUUCUUUUUUUAAAAAAAGGAAAUAUUUAUGAAACGUAUAAAACAUAAGUCCUUCUUUCCAACCAGCUUUCUAGAUUCCUUGCCAAGCGUAGUUUUCUCUGAGCCAUAGGAAGCUGGACGGAGAGGGUUUUUUGGUUUUUUUUACAGGAAUCUUUACAGAAAUGUCCUCCUUGCGGAAUACACAUUGCUUACAUUACAGCACAGUCCCCAAUGGAGAGAGUAAGAACUCUUUGCUGCUCUUUUUCAGCUCGGGGCCACGUUCCCUUCUGGGCAGGCUUACAGGGGCCACAUGAGAAAAGUAAAAAUGUCAAUGUAAAACAAAAAGGGGGGGGGAGCUAAUGGCAGAGGAGUAUAUUCCAGAACAAGUCAUCACAAUUAAAAUACAGUGGUACCUCGGGUUAAGUACUUAAUUCGUUCCGGAGAUCCAGUCUUAACCUGAAACUAUUCUUAACCUGAAGCACCACUUUAGCUAAUGGGGCCUCCUGCUGCCGCCGCGCCACUGGAACACGAUUUCUGUUCUCAUCCUGAAGCAAAGUUCUUAACCCGAGGUACUAUUUCUGGGUUAGCGGAGUCUGUAACCUGAAGCGUCUGUAACCCGAGGUACCACUGUAACCUGGGACCAGUUUAACAACUUGGGACCAGUUUUCCUGCAAGAAAUCUCCUCUUGCAGUGGAGGGCAACCAAGAUGAUCAAGGAUCGGGAAACUAAGCCUUACAAGGAGCGCUUGAAGGAGCUGGGCAUGUUUAGCCUGGAAAAGAGGAGACUGAGAGGAGAUAUGAGAGCCUUCCUCAACUAUCUCAAGGGCUGUCACAUGGAAGAGGGAACAUGCUUGUUUUCUCCUGCUCUGGAGGGGAGAACUGAAACCCAAGGCUUCAAGUUACAAGAAAGGAGAUUCUGACUAAACAUUCGGUAAAAACAUUCUGACAAUGAGAGCUGUUUGACAACGGAGCAGUCUCCCUCGGGAGGUGAUGGACUCUCCUUCCUUGGAGGCUUUUAAGCAGAGGUUGGGUGACCGCCUGUCAUGGAUGCUUCAGCUGAGAUUCCUGCACUGCAGGGGGUUGGACCAGAUGACACUAUAUCCACAAUACACAUUUAGUAAUGGCAGAACACACACUUUGGAACUCCCUGCACUCUUUGACAACACUGCACUCUUUUCGCUGCCUUCUAAAAAUACAGUGGUACCUCUGGUUGUGAACGGGAUCCGUUCCGGAGGCCUGUUCGCAACAUGAAAAGAGCGCAACCCGCAGCGGCGCAUCUGCGCACAUGCAGGUUGCGAUUCGGCGCUUCUGCGGAUGCGCGUGACGUCAUUUUGCGCUUCUGCGCAUGCGAGAGUGGCAAAACCCGGAAGUAACCUGAAAUAAUGUAACAUGAAGCAAACGUAACAUGAGGUAUGACUGUAUUUCUGUUUCAAGCCCGCCUAGAUAGGUAGUGCAUUGGCACGUUGUCAGGAGCGAGCCAGCAAUAAAUCACAAGGAAUAAGUCAAGUUAACUGUUUGUUAUAAGAAACCAGGCCUGAUCAGGAGCUGCAGGCCUAUUGAGCACAGCAACUCUUAAUCUCGGUAGGUCUGCCCUCUGUGAGGCAGCUGUGGAGGCUGAAGGUCCCUGACUUCCCACAGCUGCCCCACUCGCACUGGCCGCCAUUCUCCUGCCUAGCAGCUACAGUGGUACCUUGGUUCUCAAAUGCUUUGGUACUCAAACAACUUGGAACCCAAACACUGCAAACGCAGAAGUAAGUGUUCCGGUUUGUGAACUUUUUUUGGAAGCCGAAUGUGCUCCGUUUUGAGUGUUACACUUCCAUUUCGAGUUCCAUACUUCCGUUUUGAGUGUUACGCUGAGGUCUGUCUGUUUUUGCUAUUUAUUUUGUUUUUGCGGCACUUUUUGUUUUUGCAACUGUUUGGAACCCUGUUCAGCUACUGCUUGGUUGAUUAAGUGACUGCAGUACAUUGUUUACUGCUUUCAUUUUAUAUCAAUGGUCUCAUUAGAUAGUAAAAUUCAUGUUAAAUUGCCGUUUUAGGGGUUGUUUUUAAAAGCCUGGAACAGAUUAAUCCAUUUUGCAUUACUUUCUAUGAGAAAUCGCGCCUUGGUUUUGGAACGCUUUGGUUUUGGAACGGACUUCCAGAACGGACAAAGUUUGAGAACCAAGGUACCACUGUACAUUAGGAAAGACCUACCAGCUAAGGUCAUUGUCUCACAAAGAAACAUGUCUGGCUAGAUCAGCAGCCUUUUCCUCCUCCCUUAGAAUCUAACUCCAGGACCCCAAGAAUUGAAAGGGACUCUGUUGCAAAAUCUGCUCUGUUUCCCUUAGCAGGCUUCCUCAACCUCGACCCUCCAGAUGUUUUUGGCCUACAACUCCCAUGAUCCCUAGCUAGCAGGACCAGUGGUCAGGGAUGAUGGGAAUUGUAGUCUCAAAACAUCUGGAGGGCUGAGGUUGAGGAAGCCUGCCUUAUGGGGUAUCCAAGAGCCCAUGUAGAGUCCUUAAGUCGGUUCCCUAUCGGUAGGAGAAAAUAACAGAGGCCAACCAGAGAAUAUUGAGAAGCAACACAGCUAGUAAGCCUGAUCUUUAUUAAACUGUUGCAACAGGGUCCCCACUCACCACAUGCAGGAGGGAGGAGGAACCCCGGCCAGUGGUGUGCAAGCCCUUAUAUAGACUUUUGAAAUUGCCACCCUGUAGCCCAAUACAUCAUACAUACAGAAAGAGGUGGUCCCCAGCAGAAAUACAUGGGGGGGGGGCAGUCUACAGGAGAAUCCUGUCUGGCAGGAAACCUGUUAAUGGUCAUUGACUGCUUUUACCUGGGCACCCUGGCCAUUCUUUUGUGAUGAUAAAUACUUAAUUCCUGAGUCCAGGUCACAGGCUCACCCUAUUCAUAUCUUAAAUGUGCCCUUAAGGCAGGAUCUGUGAGCACAGAGACAUGGGGAGGGUUUUCCCAUUUCCAUCCAAACUGCAGAGGAAUAUUUGAGGUCACUGGGAGAGUCAAAAUGACUUCUGGCUUGUUCUCCUGUACUAUUUCAGACGUGUGGUUUACAUACCUAUGUAUGUGUUCGCCUUGUACAUUCAUGAACAUUUAAUUUAUAUAUUUGAGACCUUAAAUCAAACUAAGGCCUGCGGGCCGGCUCUGGCCCAAUCACCUUCUAAAUCCUGCCCAUGGUCGGCCCAGGAAUCAGCGUGUUUUUACAUGAGUAGAAUGUGUGCUUUUAUUUAAAAUGCAUCUCUGGGUUAUUUGUGGGGCAUAGGAAUUCGUUCAUAUAUAUUUUUUUCAAAAUAUAGUCCGGGCCCCCACCAAAGUCUGAGGGACAGUGGACUGGCCCCCUGCUGAAAAGGUUUGCUGACCCCUGCCUUAAAUUCUCAUAACGCCGCCAACCCAUAAUACCAAAGGUGUAGCAUUCUGUUCAUCUUCCCUCUGGACUGUGAAACACUUGCUUUUCCCAAGCUGGUAAAUGCAUGCAGCUGGAAAUUGCUUCGGUGUGCUCACACUAAAAAAAGAAAGUAAAAAGAGAAGAAUCUGAGCUCAGAUUUGAAAAUAGAUUUCAGGUCUCCUGCGAAGGCUAAUCAGGAACCUCCGGGGAUUUCCAGAGGAGGUAAAAGGUUGCUUAGGAAGCAGCUUUGUACCUCGAUUAACAUCUGCAGAUUUGUUGUAAGGGAAAGCCUUGGGAGCUCUGGGAGCCGCACAUCUGCUCGGCAGAUGAGCUACCUAAAAGCGCACAACAAGAGGGGCUUUUGUGAUGGCAGCAAGGCACAUCUGGGGAGAGGGAAGUUUGGAUGCCUGCCUUUUGCCACCCUUGGAAAAAAAAGCGGGGAAAGGGAUAAAGCAGGCUUGGAAGGAACUGAAGUCCAGCUGUGGUGUGCACACAUGCCAUUUACUCCAGAGGAGUCCCACAGCUGCAGAUGGGAUGCGGUGCUGAAGGAAAGUGGAGGUUCAAGGACUGGGCUCCUUGGGACGGACGGGCCUCCACAAAGAAGAUACAGCGGUACCUUGGAUCUCAAACGCCUUGGUACUCAAAUGCCUUGGUUCUCAUACGCCGAAAACCUAGAAGUAAGUGUUCCGGUUUUUGAAUGUUCUUCAGAAGCCGAACAUCUGAUGCAGCUGUUGGCUAUUGUUUCUGGGGUUCCUGCACCAAUCGGAAGCUGUGCCUUGAUUUUCAAACAUUUCAGAAGUCAAGCGGACUUCCGGAACGGAUUAAGUUUGGCGCUUUUGUUUUUGCUAUUUAUUUUGCGUUUUUGAGGCAUUUUCGGUUCAUUUGUUUUUGUGACUGUGCGGAACCCAGUUCAGCUACUGAUAGACUGAUUGUGUGACUGCGAAAAAUUUUUAAAUUUUGAUUUUUAUCAUCUACAACACUGUCUUAUUUAUUUAUUUUAUAGUACAGUACAGUACUUUGAUUAUUGCUUUCAUUUUAUGGAUCAAUGCUCUCGUUAGAUAGUAAAAUUCAUGUUAAAUUGUUGUUUUAGGGGUUGAUUUUAAAAGUCUGCAACAGAUUAAUCCGUUUUGCAUUACUUUCUAUGGGAAAGCGUGCCUUGGUUUUGGAACACUUUAGUUUUGGAACGGAUUUCUGGAACGGAAUAAGUUUGAGAACCAAGGUACCACUGUAUUUAUCUUGAAAUGGUAAGCUUGUGUGGCUGGGCCUCCUGCAAAAUCAGGCCUCUGGGGUUCCAUGUGGAAAUGGCAACAAUGAUAGCCGUCACCAAGGAACGGAUAGGCAGAAAGAAACCAUAAGUAAUAGAUCCUCUAGUUGCUAGAUGAACUCUUUGAGGGAUGCUGUUGGGGUUUUUGCAAAGGCUGUUAAGAAAGCACAAAAGGGUAACUCUCUGGGAAGUUCUCUGUCCUGAAAUCUGGGCAAAACAGAUAUAAGAAUGAGGCAGCUGAAACGAUGGUGCAUUGGAAUGCCUCCUUUCCUUUUUUAAAAUCCCUGCAAGUAGAAAACCAGUCAAAUGACUGGAUUAGAAGCUCUCUCCCUGAAGACCUGGUUUUCUACUUGCAGGGAGUCUCUCAGAAUGUUUCUGAAAUUUGCAAUGAAGAGAAUUUUGGAAGAACUGUUUUUAAAUGUGUGAUGGGGGGGGGCAUAUGGAAUUACCUGACUUUCCAGAGUGAAACCAAUGCCUUAGAAACCCUCCAUUGGCCCAUGUUUCUUCAGUUUGCAGUCGUAGAAGGUGCUGCGUUGAGGUUUGCCACAGCUUACAGUUCAUUCACGUUUUCCUCCCACUGAAGUCGUGAUGGGCAUGAAACACACCUCGAUAAAACACUACAACAAAAGGAAACUUGGUGUAAAAUCACAGCUUGAUAACAUACAGCCCCUAGCACAGUGUGUUACGAUGGCUGCAGCAUUCAGAAAAACCAUUAAGUGGCCUGCCGAGACACCAAACAAUUUUCAAGUGGUCCGGGGGGUUGGGAGGGUUCUCUUGGCCCUGCGUUACAUGACUGAUUGCUAGGGGAAAGCCCUGGAGAGGAGGGGACUUUCAGUCUUGGCAACCGAUUUUCGUGGAGUAAGACCACUGGAAAUGAGCUAGCUGCUCCUCUCAUUAGGCCUGACACUCAACCAAAUCUGUGGGGUUCGUGUUUUUGCUAAUACAGUGGACGCUUGGGUUGCGAACGUGAUCCGUGCGGGAUGCAUGUUCGCAACCCGCAGCGUUCUCAACCCUCGUCUGCGCACGCAUGGAUUGCGAUUCAGCGCUUCUGUGCAUGUGCAAAGUGCGAUUUAGCGCUUCUGUGCAUGCGCGACCGCCGAAACCCGGAAGUAACCCCUUCCGGUACUUCUGGGUUUCGGCAGGUGUGUAACCCAAAAAAACGCAACCUGAAGCAGCUGUAACCCGAGGUAUGACUGUAAAGAGUUCAACUUGGAACAGUGUGAUUACUGACCAGCAUGCUCCGGCAACAGGGACAGUCCUGUGGGAGGGAGUUCCGUAGAUUAACCAUGCCCUGCCCUGAAGGAAUUCUUUGUUCUAGGUUUGCUGAAUCUUCCUCCAUUCCUCUUCAUUGAAUGACCAUGAGUUUGGACAUUAAUGAGGGAGAGAGAACCAUUUGUUCCUGCCGUUUAAAAUAUUGCUGCUGAAGAACCUGCUGUAGGAGGCUCACCUUAACCCCGUCCUCUUUUUCUUCUCUGGUAGAUUCUCCUCCAACCUGUUGUCCUCUCCCCCCCCCCCCCGUUCCUUUGCACUACAAUUCCCAUCAGCCUCAAGCCAGCACAAGCUGGAGAAGGAUGGUCUACACUGUGGCCAUAGCUUUGCCAAUGCUGCCAUCUAGUGGCUUGAUAUAUAGCAUUGUUGCUAUUGCCUUGGUCCAAGUGGCUGAUUUCAUAAAAUGUGUGAGUCCGCAAGCAGUGGCCCUUACUGCCGUAUGUCUCUGUCUUCUGAUACUUGAAGGAAGAGAUGGAUGGAUGAAACUUUGCGUUCAUGCAUUGAUUUGCUAAAACUGCUGAGAAUCUUGCAACUAAUCUGUAAUGAAAGAAAACGAUGUUCCUUGGUUUGGAGAUCAAUACGCACCGUGAAGGAUCUUUUUGUGUAUUUUUGCUUCUUUAUAUAAAUAUUUGUCCCUAGAGGAGAUUUCAUUAAUCUAUAGUUGAUCUAAUAAAAUAGUUCAUUGAAUGAUGGGGAUUGGGAGUGGAGAUGUUUCCCCCCCAAAAUGACUUUCUUCUUGACCAAUACUUGCUGAAAAAUUAUGGCUGACAGUCCCAGAUACACUGGUGGUUCUUUGCAACUCUCAUUGUAAUUUGACAACCAACCUCCUAACAACUCUCAGCAUCCUUAACAAACUACAGCUCCCAGAAUUCUUUGGGGGAAGUCAUAACUGUUUAAAGUUGUGUCAUAGUGCGUUAAAUUUAUGGUGCAAAUGUAGCCUUAAAGACAUUCUGUUGCUGUCAGGGGGAACUGUAUAGAGAAGAAACAUGGCAGCCCCAUGUAAACACUGGAGGCAGCCAUGUUUCCCCACCCCCCCCUUACGAUUGGCAUCUUGAAGCCAACUGAUUAUUUAUUUUCAUAUUCAACCUAGGAAAGAGGGUUUUUCUUGACAUUUAGUUGUGCCAAAUACAAAUAACUUGUUAGAAUCCGCCACUCAGAAAGUCUUUUUUGGCUGAACAGUGGGGCAGAAGCAAACAAUAAAUGUUAAUACAUACAUGAAAAUGAAAAGAAUGGCAAAUAUUUCAAAAUGUUGUUAAUUUGUUUUUAACUGUGUUUCCCCUGUCCCCCUUUUUAGAAUGUAUGAAUUGCACGAGACUCACAGAUAUGACUGAGAGGCUGAACACCCUUGAAGCCAAGGUAAAGUAUUAUUAUUAUUUCUAUUAUUACUACUACUACUAAAAGGUAAAGGGACCCCUGACCAUUAGGUCCAAUCGUGACCGACUCUGGGGUUGCGGUGCUCAUCUCACUUUAUUGGCCAAGGGAGCCGGCGUACAGCUUCCGGGUCCUGUGGCCAGCAUGACUAAGCCGCUUUUGGCGAACCAGAGCAGCACACGGAAACGCCAUUUACCUUCCCACCAUUUACCUAUUUAUCUACUUGCACUUUGACGUCCUUUCGAACUGCUAGGUUGGCAGGAGCAGGGACUGAGCAACGGGAGCUCACCCCGUCGCUGGGAUUCAAACUGCCGACCUUCUGAUCAGCAAGCCCUAGGCUCUGUGGUUUAACCCACAGCGCCACCUGCGUCGUCUACUACUACUACUACCACUACUGUCUAUUACCUGCCCUUCACCCCAAGGUCCCAGGGUGGGCUACAGCAAUUAAAACACAUUACAGUGCAGUUUAAAACAAUAAGCUUCUCAAGGAAGAGUUGGAUAGGCUAAGGGCUCUUAUGCCCUAGAAUCAUAGAAUCUUAGAGUUGGAAGGGAUCCCAGAGGUCAUCUAGUCUAACCCCUGUAGUGAUGGAGUCACAGCCCAAGAAUGGCCAUCCAACCCCUGCUUAGAAAUCUCCAGUGAAGGAGAGUCGGAAUCUCCUUUCUUGUAACUUGAAGCCACUGGUUCAUGUCCUCCCCUCUGGAAAAGGGGAAAACAAGCUUGCUCUGUCUUCCAUGUGACAGCUCUGUAGAUAUCUGAAUCUGGCUAUCAUACCUCCUCUUAGUCUCCUCUUUUGCAGGCUAAACAUUCAAAGCUUGCUCCAUACAGCAAGAAAGAUUCUGUUCAAUCUUGUAGGGUGGGCUUCCUAUUCUUUAGACCAGCUUCCCCCAAACCUUGUAGCUUUCCAGAUGUUACUGGACUACAACUUCCAUCCUCCCUCCCCGGUGACUAUGUCAGGUGAGGCUGAUGGGCGUUGGGGGAGUCCAUCAUCAUCUGGAGGGCUGCAGGCUCUCUCCAUCCCUGCUGUACAGUGUCUGCCCAGAUGCCCAGUUUCUGGGGAACACAAGGAGGCAAAGGCUACUGGAUUCGGGUCCUGCUUGUGGGAUCCCCAGAAUCACCUUGUUGGGCAGAGUGAGCUAAGAUAUUUGAAGAUUCUGUGUUUAGUGAUAGGCAGUUCUAGUAUUUUUUUCUAAAUUUGCACCCGUACCUACAAAUUUGUUGUUGUUUAGUCGUUUAGUCAUGUCCGACUCUUUGUGACCCCAUGGGCCAGAGCACGCCAGGCACUCCUGUCUUCCACUGCCUCCCGCAGUUUGGUCAAACUCAUGUUGGUAGCUUCGACAACACUGUCUAGCCAUCUCGUCCUCUGUCGUCCCCUUCUCCUUGUGCCCUCCAUCUUUCCCAGCAUCAGGGUCUUUUCCAGGGAGUCUUCUCUUCUCAUGAGGUGGCCAAAGUAUUGGAGCCUCAGCUUCAGGAUCUGUCCUUCCCGUGAGCACUCAGGGCUGAUUUCCUUAAGAAUGGAUAGGUUGGAUCUUCUUGCAGUCCAUGGGACUCUCAAGAGUCUCCUCCAGCACCAUAAUUCAAAAGCAUCCAUUCUUCGGCGAUCAGCCUUCUUUAUGGUCCAGCUCUCACUUCCAUACAUCACUACUGGGAAAACCAUAGCUUUAACUAUACGGACCUUUGUUGGCAAGGUGAUGUCUCUGCUUUUUAAGAUGCUGUCUAGGUUUGUCAUUGCUUUUCUCCCAAGAAGCAGGCGUCUUUUAAUUUCAUGACUGCUGUCACCAUCUGCAGUGAUCUACCUACAAAUUAGCACGUGCAAACCUGGGUCCUCUUUCACCUCUUCCUUUUGGUGAUGCAUCUCCUCUGUUUUUGGACAAGAUGCCCCCCUAGCCACUCUGCACCCCAUCCAUCCUUCUCCGUGGCUUUGCAUUCAGGCGGCGAGUGUCCUUCAUCUGGCUGUGAGGACAGCCCUGAUCCACACACGCUCUUUGAAGCCCCAUUUAAUGACUAGAUUCCUCGCAUGACCACAUUCCCUAGCCUGUUAUUGUGAAACCCGCCCACAUCUUUUAACAGAAACCCUCCGGAGUGCAAAUUAAAUGUCUGCUAUAAAUCCUAGCUUCCAGGCACUCUGUCUCAAACCUUCCAGUAUUUGACCUGAGCUGGUGUCCCCCAGUCCAGUGGAAGAAGCAGGCCAGGAUGAUCGGAACAUCACAAAAUAACAUGACACAAAUCACAGAUACGAUUGAUUCCCUAUGGGAUUGAUAGAAUGACCCGCAUCAUUUCUGCAUGGCUGCAGUUUCCUAUAACGUGGUCCCGCUUUUCCAAUGGGUUCCAAAAUGGAAAAAAUGAAUUAUUUUCUUCCUAUAUACAUACAAAUGUAAGGCCGUCAUCACGCAGCCCUCAUUGGAGGAUUGGCUCAUCACAGUCCUUGAUUUGCAUGAAGUCAGGCAUAGGCAACAACUCCCAAGGCCAAGGCACUUUGGGGCCUUCCACUGUUUUUUGUUAUAAGGGGGCCGCCAUCCCUAUUAUUUAGAGGGUGGAAGAGGGCGAAUAUGGAGCCGAGUGCAGCUUGGCUUCGGUGGCUGGUGGCUCCUGCUGCUGCAGCCACCACUGGCCAAUGGUAACUUGGCCGCUGGCCUGUGGGGCCAUGCUACCGCUGUGUUUGGGUCCAUGCCUGGCUCCUCAUGAUGUCGUGAAGGAGCGUCUCCACCCACAUUGUUCUGCCCGGACACUGAAGUCCAGCUCAGAGGGCCUUCUGGCACUUCCCUCACUGUGAGGUUACAGGGAACCAGGCAGAGGGCCUUCUCGGUGGUGGCGCCUGCCCUGUGGAAUGCCCUCCCAUCAGAUGUCAAGAAAUAAACCACUAUCUGACUUUUAGAAGACAUCUGAAGGCAGCCCUAUUUAGGGAAGUUUUUAAUGUUUGAUGUUUUAUCGUAUUUUUCAUAUUCUGUGGGGAGCCGCCCUGAGUGGCUGGGGAGGCCAGGCCAGAUGGGUGGGGUAUAAGUAUAUGAUGAUGAUGAUGUCAGGAUGUUGCGUCGGGCCCCUGCAAUCUUUUUUAGAAGUUGGCGCUUCUGAAGUCGGGAGCAAAUGAGAAGGCAGGUUUUUAAAUGGGGGUUUUAAACAACAGCAGGGGUUUGAAUAAAGUAGUGAUAGGGCUGCUGUGAGGAGCUGAGGGGUUUGGCUGAAUGAGUAUCAUGUGGCCUCUGUAACAGUCCCAGUUUUGCAGAUCAAAUUGGUUGGAGCGGGCGUUUGCAGGGUAAGAUGACCUCACGGUUAAACGGGUCUCUCAAGCUGUUUGGGGCUCCGGUUGAUUGUUGUGACUUGAAUCCAGAUCCUUCUGCUUGAGGCUGCAGAGCAGGCUCCGCCGUCGGAAAACGACCUGCCGAUGGCAAAGACGACAGUCCCCACGUGGUACGACGGCUUGGUGCCAGAUGCCAUUCCCCUGGCCAAUCCAGGGACCAUCUUGAGGAAAGCAACAGGACCCAUCGGUGAGCAAACUGCAGAGAAUCCUUUCUCUGCCCAUCACGCUGUGCGAAGGAGGAGCCGAUCAGACUGCAGCGGAACUGUGUCGCUUUUGCAUGCGAUUAUCUGUAAUUUUAUUUGUUUACUUGCAGCCCAAGUCCGUUCCAUCCCACUUCUGCAUUACAGUGCUUUAUUUCAUUUAUUCACUUGCAGCAUUUAUACCCGGCUGGUUUGCAAUAGCUGCUCUUAGUUCAAUAAAUUAAUUUAAUUGGUUAACAUUUUUCUCAUGGGGUUGUCGCCCAAGUUAGACCACAGGGAAAGCUCUGAUAAAUCAGCAGAGGGCCAUUGAGUCCAGUAUAUUGUUUACUGUAGUAGCGGACCAGGAAGUUACAAAGGCAACAAACAGCCCUCGGCUGAAUCUAAACACAUAGAAAAAACACUGUGAAAAUGUGUUGUUGUUUUUUUAAAAAAGUUGUAAAAUAUAUAGUACAGUGGUACCUUGGUUUACUACCAUAAUCCGUUCCGGAGGUCUGUUUGUAAACCAAAACAGGUUGUAACCCAAGGUGCACUUUCGCCAAUGGGGCCUCCCCCCAAAAAAUUCCUAAUCCCCCCCAAAAAUGGGUUGUAAUCCAAAUAAAGGUUGCAAACCGGAACACCCACUUCUGGGUUUGAUGUGUUUGUAAUCCAAAAUGUGUGCAAACCAAGGUACCACGGUAUAUGGAAUUUGCCAUUAGCUCAUCGCCGCCAUCUAGUGUUACAUUUGUAUAAUGCACUUAAAACACACUUAAAACAUUAUAUUUGCAGCUGUAUAGCUGAGUCCCUGGUAUGGCUAGCAUUGGAGCUCACCCUCCUUCUCCAGAGACAGGAGAGAGCCUCUUCCCAUUUUUGAUGGUGUUUGAUAACAUUUUCAGACCUGUGCCCCACAGAGGACCUUAAGGUCCAUAAAUAGCAACACCCUAGAGGUCCCGGGCCCUAAGGAAGUUAGCUUCAACCAGAGCCAGGGCCUUUUCAACACUGGCUCCGGCCUGAUGGAACGCUCUGCCUCAUGAGACCAGGGCCCUGCAGGAUCUGAUUUCUUUCUGCAGGGCCUGUAAGACAGAGUCGUUCCGCCUGGCCUUUGGCUUGGAGUCAAUUUGAUUCCCUCCCCCUCUUUCUUUUUUUUCCUUUCUCCUCCUGUGAUAAGGCUGCAUUUUAAUGUUUUAAUGUUGUAUUUUAAUCUUGUUUUUAAGCUGUAUUCAUUCAACUUGUUUUUAUUAUUGGUUGUUAGCCGCCCUGAGCCCGGCCUUGGCUGGGGAGGGUGGGGUAUAAAUAAUAAUAAUAAUAAUAAUAAUAAUAAUAAUAAUAAUAAUUCACCGAGAAGGCAUUUUCUUGCAGAGUCUGCAAGUGUAUGUUUGUGUGUGUUUUCAUUUUGAAUCCUACUGGCUCAUCUCUCCACCCAAGCCCACCGCUUGGGUUGACCUGAGUGAAUUGCACUCUGCUCUUGCUCAUGUUACAUAUUUGUUUUCAGCUUCACACGUACAUCUUCUCUUCAAAGGGGUGCAGCUUCUUGUCUUUUCUGCCAAACUGUUUGUGCCCUCAAUGUUUUCAGGAUUACCGGGGCCAGCUGGGAAACCAGGACCGCAAGGCCCGAAAGGUGAAAAGGGAGAGACUGGUGAGAGGGGCCCGUCUGGACCACCAGGUGAGUCUCGGGAGGAAGGGCCACAGCUCAGUAGUAGAGUGUCUUCCUUGCAAACAGAAUAUCCCGGGUUCAACCCCCCAGCAUCUCCAGACAGGGAUGUAGUUUCCCCCUCACAGACCCAUAGGUGGCUGUCUACCAGCUCCAUCUGGUACACCAGCUGAGCCCCUACCUGCCUGUGCACUGUCUUGCCAGAGUGGUACACGCCCUGGUUAUCUCCCACUUGGACUACUGCAAUGCGCUCUAUGUGGGGCUUCCCUUGAAGGUGACUCGGAAACUACAACUAAUCCAGAACACAACUGUCACACUGGUGACUGGGAGCGGCUGUCGGGACCAUAUCACACCAGUCCUGAGAGAUCUACAUUGGCUCCCAGUACAUUUCCGAGCACAAUUCAAAGUGUUGGUGCUGUCAGGAUGCUGUCAGCGGCCCCCGGCUGGUUGCCCAGGAAAGUAUAAAGACAAGGAAAAGUUUCUUGCAGUCCUUUUAUAUUUCAAACUUUACAGAGAGAGGCUAUAGAACCCAGCCUCUUGGAUAAUGGCGUUGUCCCGCGUGAAUCUCCAUCCCCUUCUCUCCCACUUCCUCAUUCGUCAUCAUCAUCACCUCUUCAUGUACUGCUAAGGGCCUUCUGUCUUCAAGCUCUUUGCUCUCCUACUUUUAAGGCUCACCAGGUUCUGGGAGAUGGUGGGCCUGGGAUGCUUUCUAGUGACAACAUGUAAGUCAGCUGCUGCUCUGGUUCUGCCUGCUCCUCCUCUCCCAUUAUUUCCCAACUUUCCCCCUCAUCUGCCCCUGAGCUUUGACCUCCCUCAAACCACUGUUAUAAGUCUAUACUGUCUUCCUCUUCCUCCUCCCUGGAAGGGUCAGGAUCAGGAGGCGGUCUCCAACUUUCCUCCUCCUCUGCCCAGCCCCUGACAGGUGCUGACUUUUAAAGCCCUAACCGGCCUUGGCCCUGGAUCCCUGAAGGUGUGUCUCCACCCCCAUCGUUCAGCCCAGACACUGAGGUCCUGCUCCGAUGGCCGUCUGGCAGUUUCCUCACAGCAAGAAGUGAAGUUGCAGGGAACCAAGAAGAGGGCCUUUUUGGUAGUGGUGCCCACCCUGUGGAACGCCCUCCCAUCAGAUGUCAAGGAGAUAAAAAACCACACAACUUUUAGAAGACAUCUGAAGGCAGCCCUGUAUCAGGAAGUUUUUUUAAUGUGCAAUGCUCUGUUGUGUCUUUGUAUAUUUUGUUGGAAGCCACCCAAGAGUGGCUGGGGCAAGCCAGUCAGAUGGGCGGGGUGGAAAUCAACAACAACAACAACCAUUCCCAAGAACCCUUAAAAAACGACAGCUUCCCAGGAUUCUUUGGUAGAAACCAUGUGCUUUCAAUGUGUGUUGGAUGCACUUUAAAUUUAUGGUGUGGCUCUCUCCUUGCUGGCUGGUCUGGACUUCUGGCUUCGUAGUCACCAUUCCUGGUCUCCACCUCAAUUCGGACUCCCAUCCAUGGCUCAAAGCUGAGACACUGAGGAUCUCUUGCUCCUUGAUCUACCAUGACUGCCUCCUGGAACAUCUGGAACUUGCAUGUAAACACAUGGUGCUUGAUGUUCCAGCUGUGGUACGGCUGUGACUUGGCAAUGGAACAGCAGCGCAUGUCCAGCCAGGCUUUGGUGCUGGGGGAGAGGCUCUCAAUCAGUGCUCCUCAUGUUCCAGGGUGAUGCCUUGGCAUCCGGAACAGGACCUUGCUAUCUCAAGUGCAUGCAGUGCUAGCAUUCUCCAAAUGCCUGGGUAAUCCCUGACUUCUCUUUGUUCUGGUUCGCAGGGCUGCUUGGACCUCCGGGACCCAGGGGAUAUCCAGGUGAAACCGGCAUUCCUGGCCCUCCGGGACCCCCAGGACCCCCAGCAUCUCCUGGCUUCCCAUUAACCUUCCAGCAAGGAGUUCUGUACUCGCUGCAGCCCAACGCUGAGAAAGAAAGUAGGUCUCCUUCCAUUUCGAAGAGGAGCCAAUCAUCUGCUUAACCCAGGGGCCCUCAAACCUUUUUCUCUGGGCCACGCUUUCAGAAUAAAAAUUUGCUCAUGCCAAUUUUUUGUAUUGCUAGGAAAUACAUUAGCAAACUUUUCUGAAAUUGUGAUAUGUAAGGCCUUCUUAGGGACACAGGUGGCGCUGUGGUCUAAACCACAGAGCCUAGGACUUGCUGAUCAGAAGGUCGGCGGUUUGAAUCCCCAUAACGGGAUGAGCUCCUGUUGCUCGGUCCCUGCUCCUGCCAACCUAGCAGUUCGAAAGCACGUCAAAGUGCAAGUAGAUAAAUAGGUACCGCUCCGGUGGAAAGGUAAACGGCGUUUCCGUGCGCUGCUCUGGUUCGCCAGAAGUGGCUUAGUCAUGCUGGCCACAUGACCCAGAAGCUGUCUGCGGACAAACGCCGGCUCCCUCGGCCUAUAGAGCGAGAUGAGCGCGCAACCCCAGAGUCGUCCGCGACUGGACCUAAUGGUCAAGGGUACCUUUACCUUUAAGGCCUUCUUAAACCAAACAUGAAGGGAAAAGUCUGACAUAUUUCUCCAUCCUUGGGCAGCGGUCAAUCUGGCUGCAUCCAGAUGUUUUAGGACAACGUGCUUGGCCACUGGUCAUGCUGGCUGGAACUGAUCAGCCCUGAAAGGUUCCCGGAGUGGUUUACAACAAUCAGUGAGAAGACCCUGCGAGGUCUCCUGUUCUCAGGCUCACAAAUCUAAGAGGCACAACCCUGGGAGUUGAGGAGAGGGGGAAAGCACGCUCAGGCACUAAUUCUUAGCUUGGUGUUUGGUGACAAUAUGAUUGGGACUUGGCACGGGGAUAGCAAUAUCGUUCAACAGUGUGUGAUGUUUGGGCUUGCUAGCUGCCUUGGGUUUCUUUUGAGAAUUCGGGAAUGUGCAUUUUUAGAAUAAAUAUAUAAAGCAAGUGUGAUACACCAAGCAGGCUCUGCAUAGCUUGCUCUCAUCAGAACUUAAGAGCCUGCUGGAUCAGGCCAAUGGCCAAUGACCAGUCCAGCGUCCUGUUCUCACUGUGGCCAACCAGAUGACCCCAUGGAAAACCCUUAAGCAGGAUUCGAACACAAGAGUCCUCUCCCUGUGGUAUUCAGAAGCGUUGCUGCCUCCAGCCAUGGAUGAGAUAUCUUUGAGAUGAGAGAUCUUUGAAUUCUACUUGCUGGAACACCAGCCAUGUGGAGAAAUGUUGUUGCCCUCACAUCCUGCUCAUGUGCUUCACAAUAAGUAUCUGCUUGGCCACUUUGGGGAACAGAAUGUUGGACUACAUCAGGGUCUCCCAAACGUGGGUCUCCGGCUGUUUUUGGACUACAGUUCCCAUCAUCCCUGACCACUGGUCUUGCUAGAUAAUGGGAGUUUUAGUCCAAAACAGCAGGAGACCCGAGUUUGGGAAACACUGGACUAGAUGGUCCUUGGUUCAGAUCCUGCAGGGAUCUAUACUGCCUUGUAUCAAAGCUGGCCUUGCACUUGCAAAUAUCGGAGCUUGGCUAGUUUUGUUUAUUGGCUUUUGCGCAAGUUCCCUUCCCUUGAGGCUGGCUGGAAACGCCGGUUCUUCAAGCUGUGGAGACCUAAUGCAUAAAAGAUUCCUUUGCAUAAUGCAGCACACCCAAAAACCAAUGACAUGGGAUUCCAAACUGCCAACAGCAGAGGGAAGUAGAGCCCAGCUUAUGGACGACACACACUCCCAAAACAAUUAUGGGAAGAACAGACCUAUUUGGGGUAUUUUGGGGUGUGGGUGUGCCUGAUUGUGACUAUCCAGCAUGCUUUCAAUGCACCAGAGCUUCCUGCUGUCAGCAAUUGCCUGUCAUUUUUUCAACCAUCCGUGGUAAGGAAAGCAGGCUCCAUUCUGGAGCAAGCCGCAACUAUGAUCUCUUAGCCUCACAUGGAUCCAAUUGAUAGACCUUCCAGAAUACGGGUGGGGAAGCAUCCAUACAUUACUGAAGCAGUUAGGUUAGGUCCCACUUUUAAAUAGUGCUGUACUGUUUUUAAUCUAUCUCUGUUUUAACAGACCUGAUUUUGUAUAUUACUUUCCAGCUAGUAUUAUUCUUAGCCUUCUGUACAGUGGUACCUUGGUUCUCAAAGUUAAUCCGUUCCGGAAGUCCGUUCCAAAACCAAAGUAUUCCAAAACCAAGGCGUGCUUUCCCACAGAAAGUAAUGCGAAAUGAGUUAAUCCGUUCCAGACUUUUAAAAACAACCCCUAAAAUAGCAAUUUAACAUUGAUUUUACUAUCUAACGGGACCAUUGAUUCAUAAAAUGAAAGCAAUAAAUAAUCUACUGCGGUCUCACGAUUGAUCAAUCUGUAGCUGAACUGGGUUCCACACAGUCACAAAAACAAAACAAAAAGAGCCGCAAAAACAAAAACGCAAAAUACCGUAUUUUUCGCUCUAUAAGACGCACCAGACCACAAGACACACCUAGUUUUUGGAGGAGGAAAACAAGAAAAAAAAUAUUCUGAAUCUCAGAAGCCAGAAGAGCAAGAGGGAUUGCUGUUCAUUGAAAGCGGCAAUCCCUCUUGCUCUUCUGGCUUCUGGGAUAGCUGCGCAGCCUGCCUUCGCUCCAUAAGACGCACACACAUUUCCCUUUACUUUUUAGGAAGGAAAAAGUGAGUCUUAUAGAGCAAAAAAUACAGUAAAUAGGAAAAACAGACAGACCUCAGUGUAACACUCAAAACAGAAGUAUGGCACUCAAAUUGGAAGCGCAACAUUCAAAACAGAGCACGUUCGGCUUCUGAAAAAAGUUCCUAAACCAGAACACUUACUUCCGGGUUUGCUGUGUUUGGGUUUCAAGUUGUUUGAGUACCAAGGCGUUUGAGAAACAAGGUGCCACUGUAAUAAUUUUUCACUGACUUGCUCAAGGCGGCUAACAAAGGGUUUACCCUCUUGUUCCACUGCUUUCCCCAGGAGGGAAGCCUCUAUUUAGCGCUCAGUUGGAACAAAUGGCAAUUCAGGGGUUUCCCCGCAGAAUGCUGUUUGUUCCGAUUUAUUGCUAAAGGCCAGGUUUUUCCUGGGAAAGGAAUGAGACAUGGCGAAAACUGCUGGAACCCCUCCAUGGGGCUAGUGGAAGUGGGGACGAGCCCCAAAUCACUACGAUGUCCCCAAAUGAUGGGAAACAUUCACCAAAUUCCUGCGCUCCUCAAUUACAGCAGUUUCCUCUCCUUGAUUCUCUCUAACGCAGAUGGGGAGCCACAGCUGGCAUCCACCGUGAUUGACACCAUCCUGGCUGGUUUGCCUGGGCCUCGUGGCGCACCUGGGCCCGUUGGACUCCCAGGUAAAUAGAUCUGGAUGAAAGAGGCAGGGAGUGGGAAGCAACAGGGACAGCAGCUGGAACAACAACAACAACAGCAACAACAAAAUUAUUUAUAUCCCGCCCUCCCCAGCCGAAGCCGGGCUCAGGGCGGCUAACAACAAUAAAAUAGUACAACAUUCUAAAAUCAUUUCAUUAUAAAAUUAAUUCAAAUCAAAUUGAUGGCAACCAUUAGGCUAAAGUUCUGUGAAGAUUGCCAAAGGAGGGAGUCAGGCUGUGCCCUGACCAAAGGCCUGGUGGAACAGCUCUGUCUUGCAGGCCCUGCGGAAAGAUGUCAAGUCCCGCAGGGCCCUAGUCACUUGUGACAGAGCGUUCCACCAGAUUGCAGCCACAGCCGAAAAAGCCCUGGCUCUAGUUGAGGCCAGCCUAACCUCUCUGUGGCCUGGGACCUUCAGGAUGUUUUUGUUUGAAGACCGUAAGUUCCUCUGUGGGACAUACCAGGAGAGGCGGUCCUGUAGGUAUGAGGGUCCUAGGCAGUAUAGGGCUUUAAAGGUUAAAACCAGCACCUUAAACCUGAUCCUGUACCCCACCGGGAGCCAGUGCAGCUGGUAUAGCACCGGGUGAAUGUGAUCUCGCAGCGAGGACCCCGUAAGGAGUCUCGCCGCGGCAUUCUGCACCCAGUGGAGUUUCUGGGUCAGUCUCAAGGGAAGUCCCACGUAGAGUGAGUUACAAUAAUCCAGUCUGGAGGUGACCGUCGCGUGGAUCACAAUGGUUAGGUCAGGGCGAGAGAGGUAAGGAAACCAGGCACUGCCAUGGAUUCUUUAGCUGAGAUUCCUGCUUUGUGGGAGCUUGGACUAGAUUACUCCUUGGGAUUCCUUCCAACUCUACAAUUCUACAAAGAAUCCCAGCUAUUAGACUUGAGUGUGCACUUCCAUUUUUUUAAAAAAUGUUGAUUUAAAGAAGAAGGAAAAACUCUUAAGUGGUUUUGCAUGAGAGGCACUCAGAAAUGACCUCCCGUCAAGAGCGCAAGAGGGCCUCCAGCCCCCCCCCGUUCUUAUUACCACAUUCAUCCAUUUAGACUUCAUUUCAUUUCAUCCCUGACUUUGAUAUAUGAGGGCUGCAUUAAUUAUGGAGGCUGAUUCAGUUGCCCUGGUGGGUGCCUGAUGCUUGUGGGGGUUUCAUCCGAAACAAUUAAAAGCUGAGUUUGGAAGGAGUCCUCAUCCGUCCCCCCCCUCUCCCCCAACGAACUGCAAGUGUAAUUAAUAGUCGGCGUCUGGAAGAAAUUAUAAUCCCCCCACCCACACACUCCCUAAGUGGGAUAAAGCCAUUAGGAGACAUCUCCUUAACAAUGCAGCUUAACAAGUAGAUAUGUUCAAAUGAGUGUUCUCAUUCUGCCAAGCACUUCAGCUCCAUGCCAGGAAGACGCUCUUAAAAAAAAUAAAACGCUUCCUUGUUAGAAAAAAAGAGACGUUGAGAGAAUCUCUCGCCCAGAGUUGCAAACUUCCGAUUCUGGAGCUGGGAAAGGUCAAGGGCAAUAGCAAAAAUAGUGGUGGGAAGUAGGGGGAGGAAAGAGAGGUGGGAAAAUAUUGUUUAAAAUAAUAGGUAUAUCAGUGUAUUCAAAUCUGAAUCGUCAAAUUGUGUUAUUAUUGUCAUUAUGGUUUUUGUUGUAUGUGUCUUUUGUGGUUGAUAUUUGUAUCGAAAAAAUGAUUAAACAAUUUUUUUAAAAGGGCCAUAGGAAAAAUAAAAUGAAAUUGGUGGGUUUUGCAGAUGUCCAGGGAUGAAUGUGAGAGGGUUAGCUGGGUGUUGUUGUCCAUGUGUAAAGUAUUAGCGGACAAUAUCCAGGAAGCCGGCUUUCUUCAAUGGCUACUCCUCAUGAUGGCUGUGCUCUGACUUCACAGCUGGAGGCAGCAAUGCUUCUGAAUACCAGUCGCUGAAAACUACAGGAGGGCGGAGGGCUCUUGGGCUCAAGUCCUGCUUGGGGGUUUGCCAUGGAGGCGUCUGCUUGGCCACUGUGAGAACAGGAUGCUGGGCUAGAUAGGCCAUUGGCUCUUCUCCUCUUCUUAGAGUUCUUUGGGUUUUGUCUAACUACAAUGGUACCUCUGGUUACGAACUUAAGGACUCUUAAGCCGAAUGCUGGUUGUUCAAGUAAAGCCGUAUCCUAUACUUUCUUGUGCCGAUAAUCCAGACUAGCUCCUAAUAUUCUCACCUGAUGAUCUAUUUUCUCCCCCCAACUAGGGCCACCUGGAUCUUCAGGUCCCAAAGGGGCCCUGGGACCUAUUGGCGCACCUGGGCUGCAGGUAGGCAAACCAGCUUUCUCACAGAUGGAAACGGUGGCAGUCUUCUAACCUCCUUAUUUCUCCUGCCUCAGCCCUCCUCACACCUUCCCCCAUUCCCAAAGGCCCAAGGUCUUAUCUCAGGGGUUGGGAACCUCCAGCCCAUGGUUCUCUCCCCUCCUUUGGCCCACCAGGCUGAACCAUGCCCACCUUCCCCUCAUUGAUAUCCCACGCAACAUCAGAUGUGGGGCAGGUUUGCCUAAUAAACAGAAGAUACCUUUCAAGAGAGGACUGCUUUUUCUGAAGUUCUAGCCGCUCCCAGAUCAAGGUCUUGUUCCACAGCACAAGAUAUUGUAUGGGAGCAAAGCAUUCCUACACUCAUCAGCUACCCCCUUCUCUUUCUUCCCUGCAGGGCAUGCCUGGUUCUCCUGGACAGCCCGGAUCAAAAGGCUCCAAAGGAGAUCGAGGAGAAAGGGUGAGUUCACCUUCAAGUCCAUGCAUGGCAAAUCACCUGGUGCCUCCUUCAUUCAUGUAUUUGGGUGGCCUCACUUGGCAACUGCAAGGAAAUCAGGGAUGGGGAACUUUGGGCCCCCCAGUUGUCGCUCCCAUCAGCCCCGGCCAGCAUGACCAAUGAUCAGGGAUGAUAAGAACCUAAGAAGAUCCCUGCUGGAUCAGACCAGUGGCCCAUCUAGUCCUUCUUUAAUCGCACAUAUUUUAAACGAACAAAGCUAUUCAGUAAUCCAUUGUUACACCAUCAAAACUUAUUUACACUGUUGAAUUUAUGCUACCAGCAUUUUUAAAUGUACACAAUUUUCACCCAUAUAACCAGUAAACAUUUUCCAGUCUUCUUUAAACGUAUAUAUUCUUCUUCUUCUCUUAUGCUAUAUUUUAAAUCUGCAAGCUGCGCUUAUUCCAUUAGUUGAAGUUGCCAUUCUUCUUUGGUUGGGACUUCGCUCGUAUUCCAUUUCUGAGCUAGUGAAACACGGGCCAUAAUAGUAGCAUACAAAAAUAGUCUUUUUUGACACCUGGGAAUUUCCCCCUGAAUUAUCCCCAACGAAAAGGACUCUGGUUUGUUGUUUUUUUGGAAAGGUACUUCUAAACAUUUUUUUCAAUUCAUUAUGUAUCAUUUCCCAAUACUCUUUUACCCUUUUACAAGUCCACCAUGUAUGAUAAAAUGUAGCCUCUAUCUCAUUAUAUCCCCAGCAUACUUCUAAUAUCUUCCAACUAUGGAGGCAGAGCAUAGCCAUCAUGGCUAGUAGCCACAGAUAGCCUUAUCCCCCACCCUCCACCUCAGAAUUUGUCCAGUGCAUCCAAGUUGGUGGUCAUCACUGCCUCCUGGGGGAGCAAGUUAGUAUCAGCUAUCCCUGUGCAAAAUCUGCCACCCACAACCAUUCACUCCAAAAGGAAGUUCUAUGAAAGUCAAGGGGUUCCCUUGUGGCAACGCAUGUAAACUAUCACUAUUUUCCAGUGGGAUCCAGUUGCAAUGAAAGCCGGUUUGGGAGUGUGGGAUAACUCUUGCUAGCCUCCCCACCAACAAAUCAAAGUAAAAACUCAGCCAAACAGCCAACACCAUCAGUUCCCCUUGCAAACAAAUCAGGCUCAAUGUUCAGUAAACAGAUUGUUUGAAACACCCCCUAGUUGGCGACUGGGAUUCUUCUUCUGCUUCUGUUCCUCAUUCUUUCCUGGUGUUCUUUAUUUUUUUAGGGGGAACCCGGUAAAAAAGGCGACGAAGGAGACAAAGGCACAGAUGUAAGAGCACAACCAGUUCUUUAUUGUUGCUACACUCUCCCCCCUUCCCUUGCUAGUAGGUAUUUAAGAUCUGCCUUCACCAGUCUGAUGCUCUCCAGAGGUUGUGGACUACAACUUCCAUCAGGCUGCGCAACUGCGCUGUUGCUGGCUGUCGCCAAUGGGAGCCGACCUCCAGAGGGCACCAUGUUGGCAAAGGCUCCUUAAUAUCGUAGGAUUUGCCUUGUGGUCCUUUAUGUAUUGUGUAUGCAAAGUCCCCGCGAGGUGCCUUGCAGCUAAAGUAGAUCCCAGAAGAGAUACAUUUUAAUGGCCGAAAACAUAAGAAUCUAGAAUGGCCAGGCUACACUAACUCUCCGAAAAUGGCAACAUUAAAAAACAACAACCCCCACCCAAUAAUCUGCUGUAUAUUUUGGAAAGUUGCAUGUUCUCUAUGCAUUUGGAUGCUUCUUAAGAUAUCAUGGGAACGUGGGGGGCGCUGUGGGUUAAACCACAGAGCCUAGGACUUGCCGAUCAGAAGGUCGGCGGUUUGAAUCCCUGCGACGGGGUGAGCUCCCGUUGCUCGGUCCCUGCUCCUGCCAACCUAGCAGUUCGAAAGUAUGUCAAAGUGCAAGUAGAUAAAUAGGUACCUCUCCAUUGGGAAGGUAAACGGAAGCUGUACGCCAGCUCCCUCAGCCAAUAAAGCGAGAUGAGCGCCACAACCCCAGAGUCAGUCACGACUGGACCUAAUGGUCAGGGGUCCCUUUACCUUUAUCUUUACCUUUACCUUUACCUUUACCUAAGAUAUCAUGACCAAAUUUUGAACCAUGGGUGAACAGGUUUUCACCUAUGCUUGGACGCAUUUGAGUGCCAUUUUGAGUCAAGAUGACACACGGAACCUUUCAAAACUGCAAUUUCCAUGCAAUGCCAGGUUUCAGGUUGCUGGUUGUUAAUUAACCAUUGUUAACGGAGAGUUGUGCAGACGGGAACGAGUGAGUCCUAAGGACCUGUUGUAGAGACCUAUACCGAAGGCAGCCUUCCCUUCUCCCUAGUGUGCGUGGAUAUAUAGAUUAUCAACCAUCUAUAUAUAUUCUACCAUGUGACGCCUCCCCCUCCUGUCUGCAGUGGUACAGUCCAGAUACAAGUUGGCUGUUUUAGUAAGGAAGGAAGAAGCCUAAGCAGGGUGGUUGCAAUUUCCCUAAGGAACGGGUGUCCCUUGCAUGCAUGAACCAAUGCCUUGCCUCCAGCAACCCAGACCUCCUCUCCUUUGUAGGGUGAAGGUGUCCAACAGCUUCGGGAGGCCCUGAAGAUUUUAGCAGAGAGGGUGUUAAUUUUAGAGCAUAUGAUUGGAAUCCAUGGUGAGUGAUGGGGAAAUGUUCUGCUUAGCUUUGCCUUAUGGGGAGAGAGGAGGCGCCUUUGAUUGAAUAAUAUUUAUGGAGCUCUUCCAUCAGAAAAGGCUCUCUGAGUAGCUUACAGAUCCCGGUAAGCAAGACUUCUUGGUGGCUGCUCCCAGACUCUGCAACUCCCUCCCAAGAGACGCCAGACAGGCUCCCUCCUUAUUCUUCCACCGACAAGUGAAGACUGUUUUAUUCUGACAGGCUUUGGGAGUAGACUUUUUUUAAGGAAAGGGCUUUCAAAAGUGCUGUGCUGUUUUUGUUAUCUGUAUUUUCAUAGAUUUGUUUUUCUAUUGUUUUAAUCCUGUUACAGCUUAAUCACUUUUUAAAGCAUGAUCUUUGAUAUGUUUUUAGCUUUCUGCCUUGUUUUAAUUUGCGUAAGCUGCCUUGAGUCCCAGGCCAGGAAAAAGAAGGGAUAUAAAUAAAUACAAAACUAUUUCCAGUCAUUGGGUGAAGGGCAGUAUAGAAAUGUAAUUAAUAAAUUGUAAUGAUGAUGAUAAUAAUAAUAAUAAUAAUAAUAAUAAUAAUAAAUAAAUAAAUAAAUUCCCUUGCUGGGGGUGGGGAAAACUGCAUGCAGAGGGUGGGCAGGGCUAGAAGCAAGAGUGGAUGAUAUACAAAGGCUAUGAUGCUUACCUUCAGUACAGUAAGCUUCUGCAGCUGUGCAAAAGAGGUUUCUUUCUCCCAGUUCCUGCCACAUCACAUCUCUCUCCAUCGAGGCAUUGCCACAGUUCAGAGAUGUAUUCCAGCCAUGCAUUAGCACCUGUGGAAGGGAUAGAUUGGGGCCAGUGAGGGGGGUGGCCCAGGGAAGAAUCCCAAGGGCCGCAUCGAGAGAUCCUGAGGGCCACAUCUGGCCCCCAGGCCUGACUGCCUCUCCCUGUCCCUGGUUUUCCUUUGUUUUCAGAUUCUUUGUCUUCCGUUGAACCAGGCUCGGGACAAGACGUGAUCCUGGGCGCCCCUCUCCGCGCAAACGUGAAAACCAAGCGGCAUCACUCCAACCAGAUUCUUUCCUCGCUUUUGGACAGCAGCGAGAGCAAAGGGAAAAGGAGCCGAAGGAAAUAGGACACCAGUAAGGGCCCUGAUCCAUUGUGUCUAACCACAAUGACAAAUUGCAUGCAGAGGCUGUGCUGGGGAAGGGCUCGUAGCUCAGGGGCUGAGCGUCUGAUUUGCCUUGCAGAAGGCCGCAGGUUCGAUCCUCAGUGGCGCCACUGGGAAAGACUGCGACGUCUCCAUUGCCAGGUUAUAAGGGAGCUGAGUUGCGUCAUGUGCUCAUUGAGCUUCGGCUGGCCAUGCCUUGACCCCACUGAAAUCAAGGGGACAAGUUGGUCAUGCCUUAACUUAACUCCAAUUGUUUUAUAUGCAGAACAUCCCAGGCUCAAACCCCAGCAGCUCCAGUGAGGGCUGGGAAGGACUCUGUCCUGGAUCCCUGGAGAUCUGCUGCUAGAUCAGCCCUGCUAGUUUAAAGUUUCCAUUUAUUCAAACCCUUUUCCUCCAGGGUACUUGAUUUUGUGGGUCUGCUUUGCACAGAAGGCUUUCUUUGCACUGGUUGGAUCAGUACAGCUUUCAUCACCAUUUUGCUUCAAAUGAAAUAAUAAUAAUAAUAAUAAUAAUAAUAAUAAUAAUUUUAUUUGCACCCCACCCAUCUGACUGGCUUGCCCCAACUACUCUGGGCAGCUUCCAGCAUAUACAAAAAGUCAAAUAGUUUGAUAGGGCAGGUGCCACCACCAAGAAGGCCCUCUGCCUGGUUCCCUGUAACCUUACUUUUCACAGUGAGGGAACUGCCAGAAAGCCCUCAGAGGUGGAUUUCGGUGUCCAGGCUGAAUGAAACAAUCUUGCUCCAUCUCAAGGAGGAAAGUUUCCUCUUUGGAAAGAAAACUGUGCAGGGGCUGAGGUCAGACAAAAUUGCAACAUGUGUAUUUUUUCACAUCUGGGAGGCGUCCCACUAUAAUGAGCCCUUUUAUUGAUAGGUCCAACAGCGAGGGCUGA